AUGUGGGAGAAACCAACAUGCUUCCUGCAGCUGGGACCGCGGUACGGAGGGGAAACGCUAGAGAACAUAUUGGAGGAUUCCCUCACACAGGAAGGGUAUAAUCUAGAGCCCGACAUAGGUGCAGGUGGCCAUGUCAUAGCCAAACAGCGUUGGGCUGUGCAGAGAGAAACUUCUCCCACGAUGCAUACAGAGGAAUGGUUAUUUUUUUGCGGCAGCUGUGCAGGAUGUCUUACACCUAGAGUCCCAUCGCCAUGGUGUCCUUAGCAGGCUGUCGCCAUGGUGUCCUUAGCAGGCUGUCGCCAUUGGUGUCCUUAGCAGGCUGUCGCCAUGUGAUUGAUGAUGAGGGGCCGGCUCCCACUGUCCACACACUCUGACUAAUGGCUCUGUGACAGACAGGCAGCCUACACCAGACAAAGGUCUGUCUGGAUCAUGAGCUACGUGCUAAGGGGCCUCACAGAUCAAGCACAGGGGAUGAGGGGGUGAUGGCUUGGCGAAUCAGUCAUUUCUGACAAGCAGAAAGCUGUUAUGCUCGAUACAUUUACAAAUGGAUGGAAGGACAGUUGCUUUGGACAGGGUGGGAUUAGUUGGAGAUGAGAGGGUUUUGUGUUCCCCCACUGCUUUUGAGUAAUGAUGUCAUCACUAGCUGGGCUACACUUCCCAGAAUGCUAGAUAGAAGAGUAACAUUUUUAUAAUAGAAUCCAGAUAAGCCUAAACAAAGAGAGAGCUGGAACUGAGCACAGCACAAAGUCCAGGAACGGUCCCUCAUACUGUAAUGCCACCAACCUGCUUGGCAACACCAUGACAGGUGCUGCCCACUCAUCCUGUGCCUACUGUCAGGGUCUGGGCAGGGCUCGGGGGCUGGGAUUCCUAUGGAGAGUUGGUGGUUGGUGGGUUGCGUUUGUGUCCCAGAGGGCACGGGCCCCUGGUAGGGCCUGCAGGCUGGAUUGUGAGAGCCGUGUGGAUUCUGUGUCUGUGUGUCGGCUAUGACAAGAGCUCAGCGCCUGAAAGAAAGCUCUGUUACAGCUGGGAAAGCUAUGUCUGAAUAGAGGUGUGAAAGCAGAGGGGAUAAGCUCUUUCUUUCACUCAGUAUCUCAUACACACAGACACACACUUGCAUGCAUGCACACCCGCAAACACACAAACACACACACACACACACACACACACACACACACACACACACACACACACAGACACACAGACACACUCACACACAAUGGUUCUGCCUUGGGCACACUGUUUGUGUGUCUUUGGCCGAAAGAAAAGGGGGGGGGGGGAAGAGUUGCAUUUCUUAAAUAAGGUUAUCAUUGGUAACAGGUUAUUAUUGUUCAUAUGAUUUCGAUACAUAUACCAAGCGACAUAGAGUUAGGGCCGGGUAGUUUAAUAAUAGUGGACCCUAUACGUUCUUAUCAGGGCCGGGUAGUUUAACAAUAGUGGACCCUAUACGUUCUUAUCAGGGCAGGGUAGUUUAAUAAUAGUGGACCCUAUACAGUCUUAUCAGGGCCGGGUAGUUUAAUAAUAGUGGACCCUAUACAGUCUUAUCAGGGCCGGGUAGUUUAAUAAUAGUGGACCCUAUACAGUCUUAUCAGGGCCGGGUAGUUUAAUAAUAGUGGACCCUAUACAGUCUUAUCAGGGCCGGGUAGUUUAAUAAUAGUGGACCCUAUACAGUCUUAUCAGGGCCGGGUAGUUUAAUAAUAGUGGACCCUAUACAGUCUUAUCAGGGCCGGGUAGUUUAAUAAUAGUGGACCCUAUACAGUCUUAUCAGGGGUUGUGAAGCAUCAACAGUCAGGCAGGAGUCAGGUGCAGAAUGAUGGUAAUCAUUUACAGGUGCAGAAAGUAAAUCAAGCUGGAUCCAAAACAACGAGGAAGAAUGUCUUCAAACUAGACAGAGCGUCUAUAAAUUUGACAGUGUUAAUAAUUCCUCACACACAGAUUAGCAGUUUAGCUGAGUCUGAUGUACGUCACCCUGGUCUUAGCGCUCUCUUGAAAUGAGCACGUGAACAAGUUAAAAGCCCUGUGCCUAACACUGGAAUAAUCCAAAACCCACCUGAACAGGCAUUUCAUCAAUUAACAUGAAUAAUUCCCAUCACAAUCAAUACUCCUCAGGAGUUAUCAUAACAAUGGCCAAUACAUUAUACAUUUCAACAUAUCAGGACAUAUCACAUAAAAAUUAUACAAAUAAAUAUAUUAUGUAGUCCUAAACCCCCUCAAUAUAUAAAACAUUCCAAUUAUUGAACGCGCUCACCUGCUGGAUAAAUGUGGUAGUCACUGUCUAAAUCAUUCCAGCAGUGGUGAGUACAGGUUGGCAAUACAACUCAUACCGAAUGAAAAUACAUUAAAAAUAUUAUUUAUUUUUUCAAAAAUGUAUAAAUAUUUGUAAUUGUCCAAAUAAUGUAUUUCACUGAAAAAAUAUUCAUACAUUUUAAAUACAUUCCAACAUAUAUUAGGGAAUAUAUAAAAAAAAGUAUAAAUGUAUGUAAAAUGUAUAUCACAAUAUAUGUUAAAUGCGUCAGAAAAGUUAUUUAAUGUAUUUCAAAUUACAUUCUGAAAUAUAUUCAAAUAUGUAUGUAUUUUUGAAUAUAUUAUGUUCACAUGUAUUUAUCAAUAUAUUUGGUAAAUAUUUUUAAAUGUAUUCUGAAAUGUUUCGUAAAAUAUAUUCCAACAUGCAUUUAAAUGUAUUUGUAAGAAAUACACUACCAGUCAAAAGUUUGGACACACCUACUCAUUCUAGGGUUUUUCUUUAUUUUUACUGUUUUCUACAUUGUAGAAUAAUAGUGAAGACAUCAACACUAUUAAAUAACACAUAUGGAAUCAUUUAGUAACCAAAAAAGUGUUAAACAAAUCAAAAUAUAUUUGAGAUUUUAGAUUCUUCAAAGUAGCCACCCUUUGCCUUGAUGGCAGAUUUGCACACUCUUGGCAUUCUCUCAACCAGUGUCACAAUUCUUUAAAGCAGAACCCAGAAGCAGACCAGGACAAGGUGAGUAGAACGAAGGUGAGUAUUUAUUUACAGACUCAAAUGUGGAAGCAGAAUAAUCCAGGAGACGGAGCGGGCAGCGGAGGUGAGUUGGUGGGAGUGAAUAGGCAGAUCCAAUGGUGUCACAGAAGCCACCGACGACCAGGCAGGGGUGGGGUGAAUUGUUCCGGGAAAAUGAUGUUCAUGGCUAACGAUCCGGCAGGGAAUGGAUGUCAGGUCAGAGCUUAUGAAGUGGAGAGGUGAUGAUCAGGACCAGGUGUGCAGAUAGCUGAUGAGAUGCAGGUGCGGGUAAUCAAGAGAUCUCCCGCCUAGCCUCGUCGCCCGGCAACCAGACAGAAACCUCAGGAAACAGACUCCAAGACAGAAAACAGGCAACUCAGGCAGAAACAGACUCAGGAAGCGGGAUUCAUGACAGUACCCCCCCUCCGACGAACGCCACUGGGCGGACUACCCGGAGCGCCAGGAUGGAAGCGGUAGAAGUCACGAAGGAGGUCAGCAUCAAGGAUCUGACGCCGGGGAAUCCAACUCCUCUCCUCAGGACCAUACCCCUCCCAGUCCACGAGAUACUGGAAACCCGACCCCGCCGUCUGGAAUCCAUGAUGCGGCGCACCGUGUAGACAGGACCACCUCCGAUCAUCCGGAGGGGGCAGCAGUGGACUGAGGAGAACAGGCUUGAGGCAGGAGACAUGAAAGGUGGGAUGGACUCUGAGCGUUCUAUGCAACUUGAGUCGAACCACAACAGGAUUAAUCACUCUCUCCACCACAAACGGACCAAUGAACUUCGGUGACAGUUUCUUUGACUCAGUCUGCAGAGGAAGAUCCCGUGUAGCCAACCAGACCUUAUCUCGAAUAGCAUAAGCGGGGGCUGGAAUAUGGUGACGAUUCGCCUGGAGCUGAUACCGGUCAGAAACUCUAAGGAGGGCCUUUCUGGCCCGAUGCCAGGUCCGGUGGCAAUGACGAAUGUGGGUCUGGACAGAGGGAACCGAGAGAUCCUUCUCCUGAGAAGGAAACAAGGGAGGUUGGUAGCCGUACAGGCACUGGAAGGGAGACAUCCCAGUGGCAGAUGUAGGGAGAGUAUUGUGGGCAUACUCAAUCCAUGGCAACUGACAGACCCAAGAGGUGGGGUUGGAGGAGACAAGGCAGCGCAGCGUGGAUUCCAUCUUCUGGUUGGCUCUCUCCGCCUGACCAUUAGAUUGGGGGUGAAAUCCAGAUGUGAGACUGACUGUAGCUCCAAUGGCCAAACAGAAGGAUUUCCAGACAGCAGAGGUAAACUGAGGACCACGGUCGGAAACUAUGUCACUGGGCAACACGUGGACCCUGAAAACCUCCCUAACCAGGAUCUCUGACGUCUCAGAGGCAGAGGGAAGCUUGGAGAUGGGCACAAAGUGGGCGAACUUGCUGAAUCUGUCCACAAUAGUCAGAAUGACAGUGUUCCCCUCAGAAGAGGGAAACCCAGUGACAAAGUCCAGGGCCAGAUGCGACCAUGGUCGCCGGGGAAUAGGUAGGGGGUGAAGAAGUCCAGAGCUGGGCCGAUUGGCACUUUUAUUCUGCGCACAAACUGGACAGGCAGCAACAAACCUCCGGGUAUCUUCUCCCAUGGCAGGCCACCAAAAUCGUCUGCGUAGUAACGCCAUCGUCCGAGCCACGCCAGGGUGACAAGCCAUCUUGCUGGCGUGGGACCAUUGGAGGACAGCAGAACGGACAGACUCUGGCCCAAACAACCGACCGGGUGGACCAUUACCAGGACCGGGCUGCGUCCGAAGGGCCGCCAUAACCUCCUCCUCAAUCCUCCACGUAACUGCUCCCACGACGAAGUUCCGGGGAAGAAUCGUCUCAGUCUUGGCCCCACUCUCCUCCGUCUUGGAGAACAUCCGGGACAAGGCGUCCGCCUUGCCGUUCUUAGACCCAGGUCGGAACGUCAGGGAAAAAUUAAAGCGUCCAAAAAACAAAGCCCACCUGGCCUGACGGGAGUUGAGACGUCUAGCCGAUUGCACGUAAGCAAGAUUCUUGUGGUCAGUCUUAGAUAAUAAAUGGUUUGCUCCGCCCCCUCCAACCAGUGGCGCCACUCCUCCAAGGCAAGUUUCACCGCGAGAAGCUCCCGGUUACCCACAUCGUAGUUCCUCUCCGCAGACGAAAGACGACGAGAGUAGAAGGCGCAGGGAUGGAGUUUACCGUCAGUGGAGCUUCGCUGGGACAGGAUGGCGCCAACCCCCACAUCAGACGCGUCCACUUCAACGACAAACUGACGGGCAGUGUCAGGUUGAGAGAGAUUCGGGGCGUUGGUGAAUCGACUCUUCAAAUCCAGAAAUGCUCGGUCUGCCUCAGGAUUCCAACAGAAGGUUCUGGUACUAGAAGUCAAGGCAGUUAAUGGCGCGGCCACACGGCUGUAAUCAUGGAUAAAUCUACGAUAGAAAUUCGCAAACCCCAAAAACCUCUGGAGCUGCAAUCUCGUACCGGGCUGGGCCCAAUCCAGAACUGCCCUAACCUUCUCUUGGUCCAUCUUAAUCUCUCCCCUGGAGAUGAUGUACCCGAGGAAGGAUGUAGUGUGGGCGUGAAAUUCACACUUCUCGGCCUUCACAAACAGGCGGUUCUCCAACAAUCGCUGCAGAACCUGCUUGACAUGCUGGACGUGGCUGGAAAGCUCCUUAGAGAAGAUAAGAAUAUCAUCCAGGUACACGAACACAAAAAGACCGAUCAUAUCUCUCAGUACAUCAUUCACCAUACUCUGGAACACUGCUGGAGCAUUGGUCAGUCCAAACGGCAUCACCUGAUACUCGAAAUGACCCAUCGGUGUAUUGAAACCAGUCAACCACUCGUCCCCCUCUCUGAUCCGGACCAGAUGAUACGCAUCGCGUAGAUCCAGCUUAGUGAACACAGUAGCACCCUGUAAGAAGUCGAAAGCAGAGCUCAUCAAGGGCAGGGGAUACUUGUUCUUGACCGUAAUAUCAUUCAAACCCUGAUAAUCAAUACAAGGUCGAAGAGAGCCAUCCUUCUUACUCACAAAAAAGAAUCCUGCCCCCAGGGGUGAUGACGAGGGACGAAUGAGACCAGCAGCUAGAGACUCCUUUAUGUAGGUCUCCAAAGCUUCACGUUCAGGUCGAGAGAUACUGUAUAACCGUCCCUUGGGAUAGGCAGCUCCAGGAAACAGGUUAAUGGCACAAUCAUAUGUUCGGUGGGGAGGAAGUGACAGAGCCUUCUGCUUACUGAACACUUCACCCAAAUCGUGAUAUGUUUCAGGAACCAGGGACAAAUCUGGGCGGGUAGAAUCAAUGACCUGACUUGGAACAGAAUGGGAACAGGCAGUCUUAAGGCAGUUAGCAUGACAUUCAAUGCUCCAACUAGUUACCUUGCCAGUAACCCAUCGAACGUGGGAUUGUGUUCUCGCAGCCAGGGGUAUCCAAGAACCAGAGGAACAUGGGGAGAAGGCAGAAUGAAGAAGGAGAUAACCUCUGAAUGAUUCCCUGACAACAGCAUCUUAACCGGUUCAGUCCUCAUAGUGAUACGUGCCAGACUACUGCCGUUCAGAGUGGUAGCUUCAAUGGCUUCCGGUAAUCGCUCCUUGGAAAGCCCCAGCUGUUCCACCAAGUCGGCAUCAAUAAAGCUGCCAUCGGCACCUGAAUCGAUAAAAGCUUUAAUCGCUAAGCUCUGAUUCUUGUUCAUGAGGGUUGCAGGAAAACGGGGUCUGACAGGGCUAUUGAGAGGUUGAAACUGGCUCGCUAAAAGUCCUCCCAAACUUAGCGAGCCGGGCAGUUUAACGGGCGCUGGGGACAAGCGGAGAUGUAAUGUCCCGAGCUACCACAGUAGAGGCAGCUGUUGGUCUCACGUCUACGUUGGCGCUCCUCCUUGGUUAACCCGUGCCGCCCCACUUGCAUGGUUUCAGGAUCUGGAGGCAGGACCUCUCCACUAAUCCCGUGUGGUGAAUAAUGAUCGACUCGUUCUGGUCCAAUUCCUGACCCGAAUGGUAACCGAGUAGCUGAUUGAUUGGACGGGGCCCAUUGCUUCUCCCUCCUUCUCUCUCGGACUCUGUUAUCCACCCGAAUAGAUAAUGCUACCAAACUGUCCAGGUCACUAGGCUCCGGAUAGGAGAUCAGCUCAUCCUUGAGUUGCUCCGACAACCCCUGAUAAAAAACUGCUUGUAGUGACUCCUCAUUCCACCCACUUUCCACAGCCAAGGUCCUGAAUUCGAUAACAAUGUCUGCCACACUGCAAGCUCCUCGGCGAAGAGAGAACAAACGCUUAGCUGCGUCCUUACCUCAGGACUGGAUGGUCAAAAAGCUUCCUCAUCUCUGCCGUGAACUCCUGGUAUGACGCCAUGCAGGUGUCCUGUCGUUCCCAUACGGCUGAAGCCCACUCCAGAGCUCUUCCACGCAGCAGUUCAAUAACAAAAGCUAUCCUAACCUUGUCUGUGGCGUAAGAGUGGGGCUGCAGAUCAAACACUAAUCACACUGCAUAAGAAAUGAACGGCAUCUUCCCAAAUCCCCUUCAUACUUAUCUGGCGUCGGAACCUUGGGCUUACGGAAGGAAACAGCUCCAGAAGCGGCAGGUGAGAGGGGUGAAGCAGGUGGUGGAUCCGCCGGCAAACUGAGCUGAGCCUGGAUACUCGUCAGACUAGCAGAAAAGUUCCGAACCGAAAACGCUAUCUCCUGUAGCGCCGUGCUGUGUUGUCCCAACAUCUUCUCCUGAUGGGUAAUGGCAUGGCGAACGGAGUCCAGGUCCGCUGGGUUUAUCCUUGGCCGGAUUGUUCUGUCACGAUUCUCUAAAGCAGAACCCAGAAGCAGACCAGGACAAGGUGAGUAGAACGAAGGUGAUUAUUUAUUUACAGACUCAAAUGUGGAAGCAGAAUAAUCCAGGAGACGGAGUGGGCUGCGGAGGUGAGUUGGUGGGAGUGAAUAGGCAGAUCCAAUGGUGUCACAGAAGCCACCGACGACCAGGCAGGGGUGGGGUGAAUGUUCCGGGAGAAUGAUGUUCAUGGCUAUUGAUCCGGCAAAAAAUGGAUGUCAGGUCAGAGCUUAUGAAGUGGAGAGGUGAUGAUCAGGACCAGGUGUGCAGAUAGCUGAUGAGAUGCAGGUGCGGGUAAUCAAGAGAUCUCCCGCCUAGCCUCGUCGCCCGGCAACCAGACAGAAACCUCAGGAAACAGACUCCAAGACAGAAAACAGGCAACUCAGGCAGAAACAGACUCAGGAAGCGGGAUUCAUGACAACCAGCUUCACCUGGAAUGCUUUUCCAACAGUCUUGAAGGAGUUCUCACGUAUGCUGAGCACUUGUUUGCUGUUUUUCCUUCACUCUGCCGUCCAACUCAUCCCAAACCAUGAACUGAACUCUCGUUUUAAUAUGGCGAAACUAGCAUCUAGUAGCCAAAUCAUAGUGUAAAAGCAGUUCAGCUGGAUCUAAACUUUUUGGCAAUUUUCUGGUGUUUUGAGGUGAAAAGCUGAGCGGGUUGAGCAUAACACAUCAACCCUGUUACCCAUAGAUAGACAGGCUAGAAUUUUUUAACAAUGUAACAAUUUUUGUGAAUCUUGCAUUCAAUUGCCCCUCCCUGUUGCACACAAGCUUCCAUUCAUCCUGUCACAAGGGGAUUCAUGGCUAAUUUGACUAGUAAUUACAAGUUGGAGGGCUGUUCAAGUGGAUUUGUAAAUUCCCCUUUCCCACUUGGUUACGAACGCACCCUAACACUGCUAACACUGCUAACCAUCCAUUGUAGAGACAUACACUGAGUGUACAAAACAUUAUAACACCUUCCCGAUAAUAUUGAGUUGCACAGAACAGCCUCAAUUUGUCAUGGAAUGGAUUCUACAAGGUGUCGAAUGCGUUCCACAGGGAUGCUGGCCCAUGUUGACUCCAAUGCAUCCCACAGUUGUGUCAAAUUGGCUGGAUGUCCUUUGGGUGGUAGACCAUUCUUGAUACACACGGGAAACUGUUGAGCGUGAAAAACCCAACAGCGUUGCAAUUCUUGACACACUCAAACUGGUGCGUCUGGCACCUACUACCAUACCUACUCUGUGGCUUUAAUGGUGGUGGUGAUUGUGGCUGCUGAGAGCUAAUCUGAGGGUUAGGCUGCUGAGAGCUAAUCUGAGGGUUAGGCUGCUGAGAGCUAAUCUGAGGGUUAGGCUGCUGAGAGCUAAUCUGAGAGGUAGGUUGCUGAGAGAUAGCCUGAGAGGUAGGCUGCUGAGAGCUAAUCUGAGGGUUAGGAUGCUGAGAGCUAAUCUGAGGGUUAGGCUGCUGAGAGCUAAUCUGAGAGGUAGGUUGCUGAGAGAUAGCCUGAGAGGUAGGCUGCUGAGAGCUAAUCUGAGGGUUAGGAUGCUGAGAGCUAAUCUGAGGGUUAGGCUGCUGAGAGCUAAUCUGAGAGGUAGGUUGCUGAGAGAUAGCCUGAGAGGUAGGCUGCUGAGAGCUAAUCUGAGAGGCUCAAUGAGCCUGAGAAAACUACUUCCUGACUUUGUGUCCUCUCCCCAUGACAUCCCUGCAGGAGUGGGGCUGUAGUGAAGGGCCCUGGAGAGGAAUGUGUGUGUGUGUGUGUGUGUGUGUGUGUGUGUGUGUGUGUGUGUGUGUGUGUGUGUGUGUGUGUGUGUGUGUGUGCGUGCGUGCGUGCGUGCGUGCGAGUAUGGGCGUGAGUUCGUGUGUGUAUGUUUGUGACUGUGUUUGUAUGCCUGAUAAGGGGACAGGUCUAUGCAUCUCUCGUCAUUGCUCUCCUUUCAGAGCUCCUCCAAUGGCGUGAAACUGGGGACCCCCAACAGAGCCACUAUCACCAUCCUGUCCAAUGACAACGCCUUCGGAAUCAUCUCCUUCAACUCCGUAAGAAACACCUGUCUGUCUAGCAUUGAUUCUUGCUUAUAGCAUACAUUCUGUUUCAACCAGUUUAAGACAAUCAGUUCAACCUUCAGUAAAUGUAAAGUGAAUCCCAGGUACUGAGCAUUCGGUAUUUAAAGUUUUAUUUUACAGUAAAACUUAAAUCAUUGAACACAACAGGCACUUAUUAGAGACAGGCUUCUAUUUGAGCCAGGCUUCUAUUUGAGCCAGGUGUCUAUUUCCUUAAUGCGCACAGCUUUUGCUCAUUUGCAUAGUUAAUGAGCAAAAUUGUAAUAGAUAUAUUCAUUUCCUGCACUAAUGUGUUAUCAUUUAAACACGGUGUCACGUUUCCUUUGCCUUAGUAUGCCUUUAUUUAUGGAAAAAAAAACCUUUUCCUGACAGAAUAAUUAUUCUCCUCUUUGACUGUGCAUAUUCGGCUGUUCUUACUUUCGCACACUAGAGGGCGAUGGGCUGUUUUCUGGGGGUCUGUACUCCCAAAGUUGUUGACUGUUUUUGUGCUUGCCAGUUAGCUAGAAGUUCUCAGCUGUUAGAAGCCAAUGGCUAGCAGUUUCCUACUGGCGAUAAAAACAGAUGAUUGCCAUCAUUCUUUCGAGUCGUUACUGAAUUAUUUAAUGUAACAAAUCAAACAUUAAACCUCAUAAACAAUUAAUGGUAAUUCAUGUUAACCUCGUAUACAAUUCCUUCAGACCCAGGGUCUAUUUGAAACAGGUGUUUAUUUGCUGAAAUGUGUGCCUGUUGCCCAACUAUUAAAAGGGACAGGCGGCUAUUUGAGACUGCGUUUUAUUGAAGUUUUAUGGUAGUUUCAAUUUGUCUCACUCUGCAGUCUUGUUUAUUAUUAUCACAGAGAAUUUGACAAGAAAGCACAUAGGGAGUAUAAUUUGGCUACCUAAUACAGUACCAUGUUAGAUGUUUUGAGAGGGAAGGCUUUGCCACUGUCAGGAUAAGGAAAUUAGGUUUUGGACAGGGGUGAGGUGGGUCAGGAGUGGGGGUCAAAUGCCACAGAGGGAAUCCAUGCAGAUGGUUGUGCAGGAGGAUUCUGGGCUUGCAAGGGGCAGCACAACCACAAUGGCAGCUGUUUGCUCCUAUGAUUAAUUUGUCAGUGGGAGUUUUGGUGGUUACUAUGGUAACCAUCGUAUUGGGUCUUGCCUGCGCCCCCCCUUAGGGUCUUAUUCUGGAUCAUUAUUUUGCUUCAAUAAAGGACUCUGCCUCUGGAAUUAUGAUUCUGAAUCAUGUUUUUUUGUUGUUUAGUUUCUCCUGUCUGAGUCAAUAUGCUCAUCGUGUGAUCAAUGAAACUUGUCGUCUUGUGGAGAGAAACUAAUUAAUUUCAUAAUCACUGAAGACAAUGUUCAUGGUGUGAAACAUAAAUAAACUUACCAAAGCUGCCUUACCCUGAAUACUGGGACUGAAUUUGAUUCAACAGGACCCUUUGUCUAUUAGGUGAAUCAAAAGACAAUUAAAGCUCUGACUGCCUUUGACUGCCCCUUCAUCUUUCUCUCUCCUCCAGACUAAACAGAUCGUUGUGGACGAGCCUAGAGGGAGGAACCAGUAUGUGCCUCUCAGCCUGGUCAGAGAGAAGGGGACGUAUGGGACAGUGACGGUCAACUUUGAGGUGAGAUCACUGUAACUGACCCCUGUUUGUCCUCCCUGUGGUCAGGUCACGUUAGGUCAUUAGGCCGUUUUCAUUUUAAUGUGGAUGUGUAUCGGUUACCCGGUCUACUUAUGCCAGCCACACAUGCACACACACACACACACACACACACACACACACACACACACACACACACACACACACACACACACACACACACACACACACACACACACACACCUACCUUUCAGGUAAACUUAUUCCAGAACUGUCAUUAUGACAUUAUGGUUUUUACACGGGCAGAUCUCUGGAGGCCCUAACUCUGCCCUGGAGGACCUCAGCCCAGCCCGGGGGAACAUCACCAUCCCACCUGGACGGGCUGUGGUGGUCUUCAGUAUCCUCAUCCAGGAUGACCAGGUACCCUGUCCUCUUUCCCCCUUCUACAUGUUACAAUUACACCUUUUACCAGACAGCUUCACAUCAAACACAUGGAUCAUCAUCUUUAUUUUGCUAGCUAAGUAAACCAGGAGUUACUAAACCACUGAGAUAACACUAUCUAUUUACUGUAUAUAUUUCUAUAUGGUAACACGUCACUAAACCAUUGUUCCUGUCAUCUCCCUCAGAUCCCUGAGGAUGACGAGGUGUUCACAGUCAGGCUGACGGGCGUGGCGGGCGGGGCGCUCCUCAACCCCAACGGCAGCAGCGUGGAACUGAAGAUCCGCCGUAACGACAGCCCCCUGCGCUUCUCCCUGUCCCUGGUGGCCGUGGCCGAGGACGCCGGGGUCAUCUCCCUGACCGUGACCCGCGGCAGCCUGACCGACCACGGCCGUCUGGUGGGCUCCGACGACACGGAGGUCUCCGUGGACUACGUGGUCGUCAGUGGCGACGCGGCGGGCAGCGCCACACCGGUAGUGGAUUUCGUGGACCUGCAGGCGGUGCACACAGUGACGUUUCCCCCGCAGGUCUACGAGGUACAGCUGCUCUUCAGAGUCAACGAUGACAAGGUGCCGGAGAUCGCAGAGUCAUUCCAAGUGGUGCUGCUGGAGGAGACAGUGAGAGGAGACGCCGUGCUGAUCCCUCCCAACGCUGUCCUGGUCACCAUCGAACCCAAUGAUAAGCCCCACGGGGUCCUGUCAAUCAGCAGCAGCCCCCUCACUCAGCCAAUCAGUAUCAACGAGGAUGUGACGGGCCGGUGGGUUGAACUACAGUCAGGAGGAGAAUGGCAUUGGAUCAGUUUGAAGUGGCACACACAAUUAUCCUGUUUUCUCUUACAUUCAUGGAAACACAUUUUACAAUGACAUUUAUAUAUAAUAGUUUCCAAACACAUUGACCCUCAACUGUUUCUGUGUCUGUGCUAUUCUCACAACCCCACAACCUCUCUUGUUCCAAAAGAUUUGAUGGUAUCUCCAUUGUGAGGAACGGUGGGAACUAUGGCGACGUCUCCGUCAACUGGACCAUCAGUCGGAACUCCAGUGACCGCUCGCCCGUGUCAGAUGACCUGAGCCCAGAAAGGGGUACGCUGUGGUUCAGGGCAGGUCAGAUGAGUGCGGUCCUGCUGUUGAACAUCAUAGAGGACAAGCUUCCAGAGGAGGCCGAGGCCUUCGUCCUCCGACUGCUGCCGGACACUGUGCAGGGAGGGGCCGAGGUGGACGAGCCUACGGAGGUCAGUCUGGCCUGGCCACUCACACUACAACUAUAGAUUAGGAUUCUACUGCUUUUGAUUAAUUGAUUGAUUGGCCAACAGUAUGGUUAUGUCAUUUCAGUUUCUGUUCUAAUACUAAAGUUUUUGUUUUGUAUACAGCCAAAGGUUUUUCUAGUAUUUCUAAAUCAGAUUGUAUGUUCCGCUCUGUCAUGUUGCUGGUGGGAGGGCUGCUGGGGAGGGCUGCUGGGUAGGGCUGCUGGAUAGGGCUGCGGGGAGGGCUGCUGGGUAGGGCUGCUGGGUGGGAGGGGGGCUGCAGGGGAGGGCUGCUGGGGAGGGCUGCUGGGGAGGGCUGCACUUGUGGGGGACACAUCUGCAGAGCCGUCCCCUACCCUCUAAAGAAUGUGGUCGUGCGUGCCUGUGUGCGUGCGUGCCUGCGUGUGUGUGCGUGUGUGUGGUUGUGUGUGAGUGUGUGUGUGGGGCUGUGAUGUAUUUGUCACAGCUUCCCAUCUUAACUAUGUGUGAAAGGAGUGACUAGAUCUAAACCUUGUUUAUGUUUAUUGCAUUAGAACACACACACACACACACACAGACACACACACACACACACACGCAGUGGUUGGACUCUCAGCGUGUGGUAUCAGCUGUCCAUGUGUGUGUAGGGAGUUGAUUCAGAACUGCUUGUAAGCAUUAGAAGAAAACUCUUGUAGUUGAAGGAGUUAAUCACUGUAUGUGUCAAGUUGAUGUAAACGAUUUAGCAUACGGUCCAAUUGCUGCAACACCUGAAACCUGUCAGACAGAUGUGAGUCCUGGACAAAUGACUACAUUAAGCCCCAGUAGAAAUGUAGUUAAAGAGGAUGCAUCGCAGGGCUCCUUUUUAUGACACAGAGUCUGAUGCUUUCUCCUCCUUUCCCUCUACUCUUCUUCCUCUUAUCCCUCCUUCCACAGAUGGUGUUCUACGUCCAGGACAGUGAUGAGGUGUAUGGCCUGUUCCUCUUCCACCCUGAGAAGACGCAGACCAUCCAGAGUCGGCCCGACGGCCGCUUCCUGUCCCUCAACUUUCUGCGGGAGGGGGGCACCCUGGGGGAUGUGGCCCUGGGCCUCACCGCCCUCUACAUCCCCGCCGGGCCCGUGGACCCCGGGCUGGCCCGGGACAGGGUGCUGAACACUAGCCGCUCUACUACCGUGCUGUUCACUCAGGGCCAGGACCAGGCCAGACUCACCCUGCCUAUCCGCAACGACGCCUUCCUGCAGAACGGAGCCCACUUCCUCAUCCAGGUGGGGUGAGAGGUCACGGACCAGACCUGUUUUAACUAUGCUUUGUGAAAAGUUGGAAAAAAAUGGGUCCACAAAUAGUUACUUUGGAGGUGACUACAGCUAUUUGAAUACAGAUCUCAGAAAGUGACUACUUUUUACAAAUAUUUUAAUACAAACGUCAGGAAGGGACUACUUUUCAGGAUUGGCUGCCUUCAACUAAUGGCAGGGCUGUAUCUCAAAUCAAAUCAGAUUUUAAUUGUCACAUGCGCCGAAUACAACAGGUGUAGACCUUACCGUAAAAUGCUUACUUACAAGCCCUUUACCAACAAUGCAGUUUUAAGAAAAAUAAGAGUUAAGAAAAGUUGUUGGAAAGUUGUCAGCCACUCCAGCUUUGGGAAAUGUUGGUUGGUUCUUGGUUUAGUCAAGCUUGUCCAGAGACAUGAUCCCUCAUUUGCAUGUGUGAGUGACUUGGACCUGAGAACUGUAGUCUGGCCCGUUGCCAUGGGAUCUGUCCAAGGGUCCAAACAAACAGCCCUCAUCAAGCAGCACAUAAAAACAAACACUAAAUGGAAGUACCUCCUUCACAUUCAAUGGGUCCCAAAAUGCUUUCUCACACACUCACUCACACACACAUGCGCACACAUGCGCACACACGCGCACACACGCACACACACGCACACACACGCACACACAUGCACACGCCCGCACGCACGCCCGCACUCUCACACGCACACACUCACAUACACACACUCACACACUCACACACACACACACUCCCACACUCUCUUUCACACACACACUCUCUUUCACACACACACACACGGCCGCACUCAUAUGCCUCUACUUAUAUAUGGCAUAUAUGAGAGUCAUGGAGGCUAUGUAUUUUCUUUCCUCCUUUUUUAAAGACAUUUUUCCUCCCGAGUGGCGCAGUGGUCUAAGGCACUGCACCGCAGUGCUAGCUGUGCCACUAGAGAUCCUGGUUCGAAUCCAGGCUCUGUCGUAUCCGGCCGCGACCAGGAGACCCAUGGGGCGGUGCACAAUUGGCCCAGCGUCGUCCAGGGUAGGGGAGGGAAUGGCCGGCAGGGAUGUAGUUCAGUUGGUAGAGCAUGGCGUUUGCAACGUCAGGGUUGUGGGUUCGUUUCCCACGGGGGGCCAGUAUGAAAAAUAAUGUAUGCACUCACUAACUGUAAGUCGCUCUGGAUAAGAGCGUCUGCUAAAUGACUAAAAUGUAAAUGUUUUUAAAAAAUGGUUUCAUUUCCAAUUUGACUAACACAACAACAAUGUCACCUACUGGUAUUAAGGUUGAGUCAUGUAUUUCUGAUGAAGGUUUGUGCUUAAUGAUCAUUGCUGUCUCUCUCUCAGCUGGACAGUGUGGACCUGGUCAGUAUUAGCCCUCCCAUCACAUCUGUGAGUCCUCGCUUCGGAGGGGCGGUCAACCUCACCCUCACAGUCACCCCCGACAUCGCAAAUGGGGAGAUCGGCUUUACCAGUAACACUACGGUGGUGGUGUAUGAGCCAGAGGACACCAACAGUAGCACGGUACGCUAACCCUCUGUCUGCAUCAAUGGCACACAUGUUAGCAUGAUAUGCUAACCAUUUGUCUGCAUCAAUGGCACACGUUAGCACGCUACACUACACUAACCCUCUGUCUGCAUCGAUUUUGCGAUGGCAAUUUUUUUGGCAAAAUCAACAAUUGCCCUCAUAUAAUGCAAGGGCUUGCAAAUUUAACCAAUCACCACACUAUUACUGCAUAAAAACAAUGAAAUCAUCACAAUAUUAUCGCAUAAAACUGACCGAUCACCUCACUACAAAAGGAGGGCUCGCAAUUUCAACUAAUCUGCACAUUUACCCCGUAAUGUGGUUCAAUAAAGCCACACGUCAACAAACUUUUUCCCUCGUCAGCGCAUUUCCGUGACAAAUUGGACAAAAUCAUUGCAUAUUGCCAUGCAAAAUGUCAGAAUUGCUGCAGCGAAAUCCUGGAGGGACUGGAAUGAUCACUACAGUAUUUCUGAACAGCAGGUCUUGUUACAUGUAAGGUAGCUACGGUGUUUGAAAUGGAAAGGGUAUUACUUAUUGUCAUAAGUUUGUUGAAGUCUCAAAUAUGACUGCUGAUGGUUGAGGGUUAAGAUAUUUUGCCUCCUAUCAUAGGUGACCCUCAGCCUGCGGCGGGAUGGGACAGAUGGACAGGCUGUGGUAUUCUGGAGCCUUCGACCAAUCGGAGACAACCAGGCUGACGUCACCCCUGAUGACCUGAAACCCCUGAGCGGCUCGGUGGUGUUCCUGACUGGACAGAGUGACUUGGUCAUCAACGUCACCGUCAUGGCCGACAACAUCCCAGAGGUCAACGAGACCCUUCUCCUCACCCUGGACAGGUACUGCACUGCAACCCUGAGGAGUUUUGGUUGGCCAACAUAUUUUCAUUCAGUUAAUCAGUGGCAAUGUGACUUCAUAAAUAAGUGCCUGUGUCUGAUUAUCCUCUGUUUAGGUACCACACACCAUUGCCAUAUGAUAUGUCCUACCUGGGGUUUGAUUCAGUAGAUUACUGGCCACUAGAUAAUUUACUUAACAAUACGUGGCUGACUUAAAAUGAUAACACAAAUUAAAUAGUCUAUUCUAAGAAUUGCUAAUACGAACAGUGAGACCAGGGUGGCUUUUAAGGAGAGCUCAUCCCUCACCCCUAACCCUACCCUACCCUACCCCACCCCACCCCUAACCUUUACCCCAUCCCCUACCUCACCCUUACCCUACCCUUAACCUUUCCCCUACCUCACCCCUAACCCUACCCUUACCCUUUCCCCUGCCUCACCCCUAUCCUUACCCUUACCCCUACCCCUACCCCUACCCUUACCCUUACCCCUUCCCCUACCUCACCCUUACCCCAAUCCCUGCCUGUCAUCUGUUACCCAUGAGUUGUGACGGGAACCUUGGCUCUCUCUCUCUCCCUCCCUCCCACCCCUAUCCUGCAGAGUGGAGACUGCGCGCUUUGUAGUGUACUUUGUGUAAGUGGAGAGUGGAGUGAGCCUGGACCCUUUGUGUGCUGUGAAUCAGGACUUUCUCUGGGGAAAAGGGACCACUUUAGGAUUUCUGUGGCCUUUGGUUGAUGGGAGAGGGGGUUGUUGUGGUGGUUGUUGUGGGAAGAGAGGGUGUGGGGAGUAAGGAGGGAUCUUCUUUGUGUUGCACCUAAUUUAACCAUUCUCGAUGCCCUCCUGUAAAGACAUCAGUGUUUGUAUGCAUGCUGCACAUUGGCUGCAAGUGUUUCUUUGGAAUGCUUUACUCUGUCCUGCUUUCGUUUUACAUUUACCCGUUAUGUGGUCACACACACACACACGCAUGCACACACACACACACACACACACACACACACGCACACACUGCUCAUCAGGGGCCGCUGAGUGACACGGUUAAUCAGAGCAGUCAAAACAACAGGCCUCUCUGGUCAAUACUGAACAUGACACAAUACAAGGAAUUACUGGAUUAAAAUACAUGUCCCCUACUUUGAUUCACUCCUUGUUGUUUUACACACAAAAUAUGAUGGUUUUAAAAGUCCACUGCAACCCCCAUUCCCCUGGUAUACAGUGCAUUCGAAAAGUACUCAGACCCCUUGACUUUUUCCACAUUUUGUUACGUUACAGCCUUAUUCUAAAAUGGAUUAAAUAAAUAAAAAUCAAUCUACACACAAUACCCCCAUGUGUAUUCUAACCCCACAGUGUUAGAAUGGCGCCGGAGGAGAUGGCUGCUGUUUUACGGGCUCCUAACCAAUUGUGCUGUUGUGUGUGUUUUUUGUACAUAAUGUUUCUGCCACCGUCUCUUAUGACUGAAAAGAGCUUCUGGAUAUCAGGACAGCGAUUACUCACCUCGUACUGGAUGAAGAUUUUUUCUUUAACGAGUCGGACGCGAAGGAUUUACUUCAGACACCCUACAAGGCCCAAAUCCCUGUCAUUCGCAGGAGAAAGAGACGGAGAUAUCGUGGACGUAGGUCGGGAUGCCUUGUAACGAUCUGACGGCGAGUGGGUAAUCAGCCUCUACCAUCAGUCCUAUUAGCCAACGUACAAUCAUUGGAUAACAAAAUAGACGAGCUACGAUCACGAAUAUCCUACCAACGGGACAUUAAACAUUUUAAUGUUUCACAGAGUCGUGGCUGAACGACGACAUGGAUAACAUACAGCUGCCAGGGUUUAUGCUGCAUCGGCAAGAUAGGACAGCAGGCUCCGGUAAGACCACGGGUGGCGGUCUGUGUAUGUUUGUAAACAACAGCUGGUGCACAAAAUGUAAUAUAAGGAAGUCUCAAGGUUUUGCUCACCUGAGGUAGGGUAUCUCAUGAUAAGCUAUAGAUCACACAAUUUACCAAGAGAGUUUUCAUCUAUAUUUUUCGUAGCUGUCUAUUUACCACCACAAACCGAUGCUGGCACUAAGACCACACUCAAUGAGCUGUAUAAGGCCAUAAGCAAACAGGAAAACGCUCAUCCAGAGGCGCCACUCCUAGUGGCCGGGGACUUUAAUGCUGGGAAACUUAAAUCCGUUUUACCUCAUUUCUACCAGCAUGUUAAAUGUGCAACCGGAGGAAAAAAAUAACUUAAGACCACUUUACUCCACACACAGAGACACGUACAAAGCUCUCCCUCACCUUCCAUUUGGCAAAUCUGACCAUAAUUCUAUCCUCCUGCUUACAAGCAAAAACUAAAGCAGGAAGCACCAGAGACUCGGUCAAUAAAGAAGUGGUCAGGUGACGCAGAUGCUAAGCUACAGGACUGUUUUGCUAGCACAGACUGGAAUAUGUUCCGGGAUUCUUCCGAUGGCAUUGAGGAGAACACCACAUCAGUCUCUGGCUUCAUCAAUAAGUGCAUCGAUGACGUCUUCCCCCCAGUGACCGUACGUACAUACCCCAACCAGAAACCAUGGAUUACAGGCAAGAUCCGCACUGAGCUAAAGGGUAGAGCUGCCGCUUUCAUGGAGCGAGAAUCUAACAGGGACACUUAUAAGAAAUCCCGCUAUGUCCUCCGAUGAAUCAUCAAACAGGCAAAGCGUCAAUACAGGACUAAGACUGAAUCGUACUACACCGGCUCCGAUACUCGUCGGAUGUGGCAGGGCUUGCAAACUAUUAGACUACAAAGGGAAGCACAGCCGCGAGCUGCCCAGUGACACGAGCCUACCAGAUGAGCUAAAUUACUUCUACGCUCGCUUCAAGGCAAGCAACACUGAAGCAUGCAUGAGAGCAUCAGCUGUUCCGGACGACUAUGUGAUCACGCUCUCCGUAGCCAAUGUGAGUAAGACCUUUAAACAGGUUAACAUUCACAAGGCCACUGGGCUAGACGGAUUACCAGGACAUGUACUCUGAGCAUGCGCUUACCAACUUCCAAGUUGCAAGUUGGUCACUGACAUUUUCAACCUGUCCCUGACUGAGUCUGUAAUACCAACAUGUUUCAAGCAGACCACCAUAGUCCCUGUGCCCAAGAGCACUAAGGUAACCUGCCUAAAUGACUACAGACCCGUAGCACUCACAUCUGUAGCCAUCAAGUGCUUUGAAAGGCUGGUCAUGGCUCACAUCAACACCAUUAUCCCAGAAACCCUAGACCCACUCCAAUUUGCAUACCGCUCCAACAGAUCCACAGAUGAUGCAAUCUCUAUUGCACUCCACACUGCCCUUUCCCACCUGGACAAAAGAAACACCUACGUUAGAAUGCUGUUAAUUGACUACAGCUCAGCGUUCAACACCAUAGUGCCCUCAUAGCUCAUCACUAAGUGAAGGACCCUGGGACUAAACACCUCCCUCUGCAACUGGAUCCUGGACUUCCUGACGGGCAGCCCCCAGGUGGUAAGGGUAGGUAACAACACAUCUGCUCAGUCGCCUCCUUCCAACAGGACAACGACCCUAAGCAUACAGCCAAGACAACAAGACAACGCAGGAGUGGCUUCGGGACAAGUCUCUGAAUGUCCUUGAGUGGCCCAGCCAGAGCCUGGAUUUGAACCUGAUCGAACAUCUCUGGAGAGAACUGAAAAUAGCUGUGCAGUGAUGCUCCCAAUCCAACCUGACAGAGCUUGAGAGGAUCUGCAGAGAAGAAUGGGAGAAACUCCCCAAAAACAGGUGUGCCAAGCUUGUAGCGUCAUACCCAAGAAGACUCGAGGCUGUCAUCACUGCCAAAGGUGCUUCAACAAAAUACUGAUUAAAGGGUCUGAAUACUUAUGUAAAUGUGAUAUUUCAGUUUUGUAUUGUUAAUACAUUUGCAAAAAUGUCUAAAACCUGUUUUUGCUUUGACAUAAUGGGGUAUUGUGUGUAGAUUUAUGCGAUUUAAAAAAAAUGUUUUUAAUCCAUUUUAGAAUAAGGCUGUAACGUACCAAAAUGUGGAAAAUGUCAAGGGGUCUGAAUACUUUCUGAAUGCACUGUAGAGGCCUGUGAGUUCCUUCCUGGUCUAGUCACUUAGUUCCCCUCUGUGUUGCAGGACUAACGUUGAGAACCAGAUCCUGAAGCCUGGCUUCACCAGUCGAGAGAUUGUCAUUGUGGAGAACGACGACCCAGGUGGAGUCUUUGAGUUCUCCUCCUUCUCCAGAGGACCCUGGUACAUCAACGUACGUCUGACACACACACUUAGACAUCAUGGCUGUUGAUGCUCAUCUGUUUCAUCCACUGGACUGCAUGUUGAAAUGACCAACCAGGUCAUUUUCCCGGAAGACCAUUGCUGUAUUCACAAAGCAUCUCAGUAGGAGUGCUGAUCUAGGAUCAGUUUUGCCUUUUAUAUCACAAUGAAUAAGAGGCAGGACCUGAUCCUAGAUCAGAACUCCUACUCUGAGACUUUCUAAAUACGGGCAAAAUCAAUGGCUAACCUAAAUCAAUAACAGCAACACUUCUGACCCAUAGUUUGUCCCUUUGGUUUGCCCUGUGAACUUUGCCCUGUAGGAGGGUGAGGCGGUGGAGAUGCGUGUGAUCCGGGCCCAGGGGCAGCUGCUCAGACAGCUGUUGCAAUACGCCCUCAUACCCUCAGGCAACACAGAGUUCUAUGGCGCCACCGGUAUCCUGGAGUUCAAGCCCGGGGAGAGUGAGGUGCUGGUGGCGCUGGUGGCACGGCCUGACGGGAUCCCUGAGGUACAGCUAUACUGCUGUCUGGCCCUCCUUUAUGGUAUCAUGUAUGGCAUGGACACUUCUUCCUGACUAUUAGGGUGUCACUGGUCCUACAGUUUCCAGUUUUAAUUGCCUUUGAAAUUCAAAAUCAGUUUUUUAGUUUUGAUAGUUAACACUAUAUGUGUUUGAGUGUUGAGCACAGUGGGCAGAUUACAGUGUGACAGUCCUGUUGAAGUGUGUGUGUGUGUGUGUGUGUGUGUAGCUGGAUGAGACAUUCUCGAUGGAACUCAGCAGCUACAGCACUCCACCCAGUCGCCUUGGUAACCACAGAGUGGUCAACAUCACGGUGCGCAGGAACGACGACCCCUUCGGGGUCAUCGAGUUCAUCCGUUCUGGACUGGCAGAGGCCAUCAACGAGAGCAAAGGCUCCCAGUCUCACUCAGGUACAAUGGUGCAGUGGAGGAACAGUGUCUACCAACUAUACAACACUUUAAGACUAUGUAGUACAACAGAAGAAACAUAACAGUUGUGAUCAUAUUUGAAGUAAUUUUAAUUCUUUAAAAGAGGAUGCAGUAGAGAGAUGAUAAAGGAACUAAUAGGAUUGAGUGUAUUGUAUUGUAUUGUAAUCAGUGUGUUCUGUUGUGGGUCUGCUUGGCAGUGGCCUAUCCCCUGGUGAGGAACAGGGGUCACUUCGGGACGGUGUCUGUAUCCUGGGUGCUAGAGCCCCACAUGUCUGCUGACGUCAACCCCGUACAGGGAUACAUUGUGUUUGCUGAGGGGGAGUAUAUGAAAAACCUCACCAUCUUCUCUGUACCAGAUGAGGUAAAGCCAUCUCUCAAAUACAACGGCAUCUGGCCAACUGCCACAAUCAGGGCUCCUUGACAUAAUAUACUGUGUGAUCUAUGUCAAUAGAGUUUCAUGAUUUGGAUGGUACUGUAUCUUCUAUCUUUUCUACACAACAGUGACAGUGUCUUGUUUCCCCCAUAAGAUCCCAGAGGACAUGGAGAAUUUCACCAUCACUCUCCUUAAUGCGACGGGGGGAGCAAGACUUGGGAACAUACUCAACGCCAGCUUGCACAUAAACAAAAACGAUAACCCGAUUUCCUUUGCAGGUAAGAUCUCUUGGAAUUACAUCCUAAUACUGUCUGUAAAGCACUGGUGCGUUUCUUCAAGUUCUGCUAUGUGUUGUCAGACAUAAAGUGGAUAUAUCAAGUAACAUAUUUUUAUGCCAAGUGACAUAGUUUUUAUGUCAAGUGACAUAGUUUGUCAGUUGACAUAAGGUGACAUAAGACUCUGUCUCUCUGUCCUCCAGAGCCUGUGGUUGUCAGGCUUCAGGAGGGGGGCGUGGCUAACUUCACCGUUUUGAGGGCUGGUCCAGCUGACUUUGUUGCCACGGUGAUGUAUCGCGUGGACUACGGCGAGGCAUCACCUCGUGACUUGGCCCGGCUGAGUAACGACACUGUGCUGGUGUUUGGCAUGGGACAAUGGAUGAAGAACAUCUCUGUAGUUGUGGAGGAUGACGAUAUACCUGAGACCGAAGAAUCCUUCUACAUCAUUCUCUACAACACUACAGGUGUGGAAGGCUGCCACAUUUUCUCUGCACUGAAACAGACAAGAUAUUUCUCCUGACCUCGUGAUCUGAACAGGAAAAACAGUGGGCCCAAGUUUUAGCCAAUAGCUAGAAUCCAGAAUGUUGCCUGGUCUGGUAAUGUCACAUGGCCAUGAAACCCCCCUGGCCAUUCUUAUGUUUGAUAACAUUCUAUACAAUAAUUACUCAAUCUAAUUUAUACUCUCAAUACAAUAGCACAAAGUUAUGUUGGUCAAGUCAUUUUGGAGGCAACUGUAGCACAAAACAACCAGCCACAUUGCGUUGACUGUAUUUCCAUGUGUAGUAGCCGUAGCGUCAGUCUCUUUGACAGUUGUUUCUGUACAUUGGUGAGUAACUGGGUUGAUUAGCAUUGAGUCUGAUGACUCUGAAAAGCCCUUCUAAUCCCAGUAUUGUGUGACACAGACAGGGAUGAAAGCCUGUGGGGGAAGUUAAUUACUGAACUCAGACUCACUCUGCAGCCAGCCAGCCAGCCAGCCCGCUACUCCAGUGCCUGGAUGGUUGUAUGCGCAUGGACCACUUUGAGAGAAAAUACGGGUUAACCCACUCUGCUCCACUCCAAGCCUUAGUUUAUGAGAGGGCUCUUAUUGGGGUUUUUUCAUGGCGGACAUCUGCAUGUGGAACCUUGACCCUAUCUGCUGGUUAGCGGUGAUUACUGUGUGUUAAUGAGAACACUCUUUCCUUUUUGUUAUGAGAUUUAGCAUGACAAUAACAAUGUGGGUAUUAUAAAGCAACCUCGUCCCUUUCUCUUGUAAAAAGCAGAACCACAUGCUGAGGACAGAUUUAAAAUAGAUUAUUUUUUAAAGAAGACAUUCUCGUGUCGUUUUUUUCCAACGUAUAAUAAAAAAUUAAAAAAUCAAGAUGUUAAGUUCAAACAAGAACAUCAUAUUAUUUUGACUGACUUGAAGGACAUUAAAUGUUUUUUUUUGUCUUCACGUGUUAUGUUUCUCUCUUGUUCAGUACUUUGUUAUUGAAUAAAAACAAAGGGACAGAGUUUUAACAGGCAUUGUAACUGUAUUCAGUGACUGCAUGCGUUGAAAGCGAUUAUGUGUAAAUUGCUGGCCUUGACACCCACCAACUAACUGUGUAAUUUCACAUUGUGACCCUGUGUGUGUGUUUGUGGGUACAGGUGACGCUGUUGUGUAUGGGGCGGACACAGCGACAGUGUUGAUUGAGGCCAAUGAUGAGGCCAAUGGAAUAUUCUCACUGGAAUCGACAGAGAGGCCUGUGAAAGAGGGCAAGACCAACAACUUCUAGUAAGGAACCAAAGCCUUAAUACACCAUAAACCUAACCCUGAUGCUUACCCAGCCUCUGGAAUAAUUUAGCAGCUCUAACUAGUGCUGAGCGAUUAGUGCUUUUUGAGGUCGGUUUGGUUUUUGUUCAAAUCAGUUUAAGAUUUCAGUUUCAAUAAUUUAAAAAAACAUUAAAUGCACUAUGCAUUAUAUGAGUUGAAUGCUGUAACAACACAGAAUAAAUCAAUUAAUAAAAGUCCCAUGAUGGUAGUGACUGCCGAUUACUGCUUAUCACUUAUUAACCAUAAUUUAUUCACAUUACUUUAAUAAUAUAUUUCAGUUGUUGUGUUUAUUACAUUUGUUUUAUUGGAUGACUAUUAUUUCAUUCCAUGUCAUCAUCUCAUCUCUAUAGAGCUGCUCUGCCUAUGCUGUCUGACAAAAUCACUAUUUUAGUAGUUCUUCAAAGUAAACAAGGCAUACUUUUAUGACUGCUGAAUACCAACUAUCAGUGACUUAGAUCAUGUAUUUUCAGAUAGAGAUACCUCACAAAGCAACUGCUCUCUAUCCCUCUCAAUCACACGUUCUUCUGUCUCUUCUCUCCCUCUCCGUGUCUACCCACCCCACACAGACCGGACAAGUAGGCGCGCAAUGGAUUAUGGUCAUUGUAGUUAAUUACCACGUUUUCUGCGCUAAACUAUGUAGAAUAUUGGCCUGUUGGAAACUACAACUCCCCACUACAUCUCACAGUUUGGGCUUGAUCUGAUUUGUCUCUAGAGAAACCAAACGAAAUGGAAUUCAAAUAAUUGAACUGAUGUCGGUCAAUUAGUUGUUUAAAAAAUGAAAAAUAAGACAUUUCUGUUCAUCUCUCAGAACUAGAUCUAACCAAACUUCUUCAGUUGAUGAUUCUAGCAACUGCUGUAAUAAUUUAAUCAUGGGGUGUGUCAGUUUGGGUCCUUGGGGGUCGUAGUGUCUGCUGGCACUCUUCUCCCUCAGUCCCUCAUACAGUCGUUUCAUCUCCUAGUGUUAUCAGGGCCAGGGGACACUUUGGCAAUGUGACGGUGUUCUGGCGCCUUUAUGCCAAUGACACAGCCCUGGAGCCUGGUCAGGAGUUCAUCAACACCUCUGGCUCCAUCACUUUCACCACGGGAGAGGGGACCAAAUCCAUCGUCCUGGAGGCCAUCUCAGACAAACUCCCGGAGUUCAACAAGUUCUAUGUCCUCAGGCUCAUCAACAUCUCAGGUAGGGGAAGUGAGGGAUGAGGCAGGUAUGCUCCAGGUGAGGGAUGUGGAAACAGACCUACAGUAUCUUCUUCUUGACUGGAACAUGAACAUCUGAGAUUGCUACCUCUGUUCUCUAAGUUGAAAUGGGAUGGUAUGGGUUAUUCCUAAAUUACUCUGUCACAUUACACAUGUUGUUGACAUUAAAACAUGAACCAUUUUCUGUCCGGUGAUAUUUCAUAGGUGGUUACCCCGGACAGGGCGGCCGAUUGGCUACUACAUCCCUCAACGCAUCCGUCCUGAUCCCCUUCAACGACGACCCCUUUGGAGUGUUCGCCAUAGCUGAUGACAACCUGGACCAGGAAGUGGCUGAGGAUGUCCUGUCAGAACUGGACAUGUCUGAUGUCACUUCCUUCAAUAUACUGCGGCAGCAGGGCACCUUCGGGGAGGUGCGGGUUGCCUGGGAGAUCGUAUCCGGCCGUUUCCCUCUCGGCCUCCCUCCUAUGCAGGACCUCCUCCUCAGCGCCUCCUUCCCCAAGGAGGUGGAGCUCAGGCCCCAUGACAGGAGGCAACACUCAGGCACCGACGCCUGGCUCUUCUCAGGCCUCCAGGGGGCCUACGGCAACAUCAGCCCAGAGGACGGGCCUGGCAGCCUGGCUAACUUCACCUUCUCAGCCUGGCUGGUUCCCAGGCCAGACACCAACGGCUUCAUUGUGUCCAAGGGCAACAGGAACAGGACGUUGAACUAUGGGGUGAAGGUCCAGACUAAUGAGUCUCAUGUGUGCGUGAUGCUGUACUACACAGCCCUGGGGGCCAACUACACCCAGGUGGCCCAGGGCCACGGCAGAGAGGUUUGUGGGGGACAACGUGUGGCUCCAUGUGGUGAUCACGGCGGAUGAUGGGAUUAUUGAGUUCUUCCUGGAUGGGAACCCCAUGCCCGGAGGGGUAAAGAGUCUAAAAGGAGAGGCCAUCACUGACGGUGAGUUCCAUGAAUUUCAUUAUCUCUUAAAGACAGGAAUCCUAAUACUUAUUAAGACAGUAUCUUAUGGGAUUGUCUUGUAUAGGAGUUACAAGCUGAACAGGGCUUCUACUCCACUAGCUAGAGUUAAAUCCUCUUCCUGUAGCUAUGACAACCAUCUCAAUCCUGUAAAGGGUAUAUUAUGUAUCUGAUUAACGAUAAUAAAGGUAUAACUGUUCAUUAAAGAUGUCCAAAAUGAAAAGUUUGAAAUGAUUCUUAUAGUUGUGUUAUUGUAUAGGCCUAACCUACACCCCCUGACUACAGUAACUUCCAUGAAGUCUAGCCUCUCUAAGCUUGUUCCACUGAGCUUCCUCACUCUCAGCAGACAGAGACCUCACCAUAGUGUAUAAACGUCUCCUCAGAUGUCAAUGUCUUCAACAAUCUGACUGGUGGUCUGUAGUGAGCGCUGUGGGACCCUGCUCCUCUCCUCACUCUCGUGGCCCACAUCUGGUCAGGGAGGCUCUAGUUAAAAACCCCUCCAUGCAUUCCUCUCCCAUUGUUUGGACUUACACAGAGACCAAUGAGCGAGCGCUUAGCCACCACACUGCUGGACAUUGUUACAGGCAGAAGAAAGCUGGUGGCAGUUUUCGGUCUCCCCCCAAUAACUGAAGACAAUGUGCUUUCUGUAGGGCAACCCCCCCCCCCCCCACCCCCCCACGAUGGGACUAUUUGUUUUGAUGGCUCUUCUUGGGUUAACUUCAAUCAAAGGGGUAUACACGUCAACCAGUGUUCCAUUGUUUUUUCUGAGAGCUUUGUCUGAGAGCAUUGUCCAUGGUCACCGUGGCGAGCUUCCUCUACUUGUCAAUUUUUCUGCUGUUGAAAUGCUCGCUGGUGGUCUGUGUGUGGGGUGGGGGGGGGGCAUUAAUGAAGCAUUCUGGAAUGGUCACACUGUACAAUACAUGCUUCUCAGCUUCUCUGUAUACAAAAAGCUUUUUUUUUACAGCAGCAUGAUCACCUACUGCUUGAUGUUUUUCUGAGUGUAUUCUUUAUUUUUUUUAAUGUUUUUUUUUUUAUUUCUUCUACCUCCUGUGUGUGUUGCAGGUUCAGCUCCGGUGUGGAUCGGCUCGGACCCCUACGGAGAGGAGCGUUACACGGGCCUCCUGCAGGACGUGCGUCUCUACCAUAGCAGGCUGAACCGUUCAGAGAUCCACGAGCUCCACGCACAGCCCGCCAAGACGGACCUGAGGAACAUCUCUGGCUACCUGCAGUACAGGCAGGGCGAGAGGCAGAAGGCCUUUGUGGUGAAGGUGCGGGACGAUGAGGAGGAGGAGGGGGAGGAGGUGUUCUACCUGCAGCUGGUGGCGACCCACGGGGGGGCGCGCCUCCCCCUCCCCCGGCCCACCGCCACCCUACGGGUGAUGAAGAGUGACAACGCCAACGGCUUCUUUGGCUUCACCGGCGCAUGCAUACCAGACGUAAGACAAACACACACACACACACACACACACACACACAAGGGUCGCGUUAGCUUUCAGAAAUCUGCAUUUUCAAAAAGCAGACCAUAAAACAACCUGCAUUUUGAACCAUUUCACCUGCGUCUUAAGUCAACAGUGUUUUUUUGCUUCAAUAGAGUGAUCGGGGUGAGCAACUAUAGUUUUUCUUCACACAAAACACAUUCGGCAGAAAGUACAAUGCUAUUUGGCUGGCAGCCACACAUAAGUACAUUAACUUACAAUUAAAAAGUAAGGUAUUAUUUGGCAAAAACUAUGUAUUGCCAUCAUAUUUCUAAUAUUUAUCAUUUACAUUACAUUUUAAUCAUUUAGCAGACGCUCUUAUCCAGAGCGACUUACAGUUAGUGCAUACAUUAUUUGAUCGAACCUACAACCCUGGCGUUGCAAACGCCAUGCUCUACCAACUGAGCUACAUCCCCUGCCGGCCAUUCCCUCCCCUACCCUGGACGACGCUGGGCCAAUUGUGCGCGCCGCCCCAUGGGUCUCCCGGUCGGGGCCGGCUACGACAGAGCCUGGAUUCGAACCAGGAUCUCUGGUGGCACAGCUAGCACUGCGAUGCAGUGCCUUAGACCACUGCGCCACUCGGGAGUUUAUCAUAGAAAGAAUGUAGCCAGCUACAUUUCCUAAUGUUUUGCUUGAAGUUAAUCUUGUAUUUUAACAUGCUACCAGAGGAUAAACUGCACCGGAUGAAAGUACCAGAUAAAAGUAGCCUACACAUCAGUCAGAGCUGUCUGGUGAUCCAAUGAGGAGAGCAAAGAUAUUUCAUCCUGGUGGAGAAGUGCAACUGAAGCACGAAAUUAGUCAUUUUACAUUCAUGACCCUGAUUGAAGCCGAGCAGAAUUUACAAUAAAAUAUCUGCUUUUACGAAACAAAAUAUUUUUGGGGUGUUUUAUCUUUCCUUUUCUGUAUGAAAAACACAGAAUCCUGCGUUAACACCACCCCUGAUACAUACACGCACGCAUAUAUACGCAUGCACACAUACAGUAUCUUACAUGCUUUACAGUAUAAACGAGACACUGUUGACACUACUGAGAUGAAAUGUAGACCACAGUUGCCAACUAUGGCAGUCAUUCUUACAGCUCUGAACUUGACGGACACAUCAGCAAAAUGGUGUAAGACACACAGCAGACUGGAGAACAGCACAUUAUUGUCACAUUCUAGCUUUGAUCCAGCAUGUAUCUUGAGAAUAUGGCUAUUUGGUUACCUAGAAAGACAUGUAAUUUAAGCCAGUGGUUUGUGAGCGCAUGUCCUCGUGCAUAUUUAACCAGUGUUCACGCCUGGGUGGAGGGAGUGUGCGCUCAGCCCCUUAGAGAGAUUGGACUCUGAUGGCUCCUCUCAGGGAGAGCAAAAGGUGGUAGACCAGCCAUGGGCAUUCCUGUGGACGUAGAGUCCCAGUAGCACAACAGGUGGUAGAACAGGGGAUGGCAUUCCAUCAGAACAAGGGUCCCUCUAACCGUGCAUGGGGACAAAGGGACUCAUCUGGGGCUAUCGGGUGGUCUCUCUGCAAAUCACAUCAUGACUGUGCAGGAAUUAGAGGAGGGCUGUCCAUGAAAGUAUUUAUCAAGAGCAAAGGUCAAUUUUUUGGAAUGAAUCGUGUCAGUCUUGAAUUGAUAACGAGCUAUCGUGCAGUAGAAUAAAACAUAUAUUUUUUUCAAGUUUGUGAUAUCUUGUCAGUGUUUGUCAUUAAAUGAAAGUUUGUUUACAAUUUUGAUGUGUAAUGUGACUAUACGGUUUAAAAUGGCCCAAUGUCCAGUUGCUUAGUUUAGGGAGCAUCAUUUACAACCAGGCUCUGUGUCUGUUUUCUCUGUACUUUCUCUAUGGCCAGAUGUCAGAGGAAGGUUCCACCAUCUCCUGUGUUAUUGAGCGGACACGCGGGGUUCUGGACCACGUCUAUGUCAACUACACGGUCACUCAGUUGGACUCAGACAGCCAGGCUGCGGCCCACCAGGACUUUGCCAACGCCAGUGGCUCAGUGUUCUUCCUGCCCGGUCAGCGCUCUGAGGUGUGGGGGAACACCCAGAGUCAGAUAUCCACACACACACACACACACACACACACACACACACACACACGCACACACACACACACACACACACACACUGACACACACACAGACACACACACACACACACAGACACACACACACACAGACACACACAGACACACUCUGACACACACACACACACACACACACACCACACAGACACACACACACACACAGACACACACACACGCUGACACACACACACACACACACACACACACACACACACACACACACACACACACACACACACACAGACACACACACACACACACAGACACAGACACACAGACACACAGACACACACACACACACAGACACACACACACACACACACACACACACACACACUCACAGACAUACACACACACACACAGCUCUGAGAAGACUACCCAUGCACUCCUCAAUCACACAUGAACCAGGGAAACCCCACUGAACAAUGAGCAUGCUCCUUGGUACAUCUGUAGAGUAACACUACACACACACACACACACACACACACACACACACACUCGCACAUGCACACACAUGCACAUAAACACAAAAACACACUGAAAUGCAAGGAGGUCAGACAAACAAGUCAAGAUAAAUGUUUUACCAUUCAUCUACAUUUCUGGCCAUAUUUAAUCCCAGAAAACUAUUUUCAUCCACUCGGUGGUGUUGUUGACUUGUAGCCCCACCUAGGGGCUGAGAGGAAUAUGUUGUUGUGGUUAACGGUGUUUGCUAAUGAUUAGGCUAAGCUUCAAAUCCACUACAGACACCAAAACCUGCAAACAAACACAUUAUGAAUAUCUGGACUCUCUCUGAGUUAAUUUUAGAUUGAAAUCUUGACUAUCCCUCAUGUGUUAUGACAUCAUCUCCCUGCGACUCCCAGGUCCUGAACCUGCUGGUGUUGAAUGAUGACACCCCUGAGUUCGCAGAGUCCUUCCAGGUCACUCUGGUGUCAGCGGAGUCAGGCGACGGGAAGCCAGGCUCCACCCCCACCAGUGGGGCCAGCAUUGAUCCUGACAACUCAGCCACCACUGUCACCGUCACGGCCAGCGACCAUCCCUAUGGUGCAGAGAGAGAGAGACACACAAACACACCACUGUACCACACCAAUAUAACCUCAAACAGAUUUGCACAUCAUAUCACCUAAUGUCAGUUCCCGUCCAGAGUACAUGAAUCAAGAACUGCAGAUAUCUGUAAAAACACAUAGUUGACAGACACAAUAAGUUCUGCUUAUAACCUGCUGGAAAUAGGUUCAGUUUGUGGCAUAAUGUGAAAACACUGUAGCAAACUGUUGUUGGUGUGAGUCAAUCAUCAACUGUUGAUAUACAUUUGUCACAGACACAAUUAGAUCACUCAUAGUUAUGGAUGUUCCGUGAAUGUAUAUCAGUAACAUGUCAUGGAUUGAUCCUCUCGCUGAUCAUCUCUGACCAGGCUUAUUGUUCUAUGAAGCUAGAUGAGCAGCUGUUGUGAGUACUGGUCUCCCUCUCUCCCAGGUCUGCUCCAGUUCCAGCCCGGCCUGCCAGCUGAGGGCAUGAUCCGCCCAGCAACAGAGCCUGCCCACGUCACGGUCAACGAGGAGGAUGGCGUGGUUCGCCUGCUGGUGGCCAGGGCCCAAGGCCUCCUGGGAAGAGUCAUGGUCGGCUACAGGACCUCACCAUUUACUGCUGCCAGCCCCGAGGACUAUGAGGUCAUUUCCUGCCGUCCUUGUACUGUAGAUCAGCAUCUCAGCCAGACACACGGAUGGAUGGUCACUUGAGCUCUGUGAAUUUUCCCAAAAAAUCUCCUAAUACAUGAAUUAUGUGUGAUUUAUGAUUUAGGUAUGUGUGUUUAGUUAGGAUUUGACCCAUAAUAACUUCCUAUUUGAUCCUUAUACUUGGCUAUCUGCUGCGCUUUUAUUUUGAAAUGAUGAAGAGAAUAAUAAUUGAUGGCUGUUUUAUAGUCUGUCACUAGAUUAACUCCUUUGAUGACUGUUUGAUAGUUUGUCACUAGAUUAACUCCUUUGAUAGCUGUUUGAUAGUUUGUCACUAGACUAACUCCUUUGAUGGCUGUUUGAUAGUUUGUCACUAGACUAACUCCUUUGAUGGCUGUUUGAUAGUUUGUCACUAGACUAACUCCUUUGAUGGCUGUUUGAUAGUUUGUCACUAGACUAACUCCUUUGAUGGCUGUUUGAUAGUUUGUCACUAGACUAACUCCUUUGAUGGCUGUUUGAUAGUUUGUCACUAGACUAACUCCUUUGAUGACUGUUUUAAUAAUUUGUCACUAGACUAACUCCUUUGAAGGCUGCUUGAUAGUGAGCUUGUGCUAACUCCCCAAGCUAACCCCUUGUUCCCUACCUACUCUGCUUGCACCUGUUCCAUGGCCCAUACAGGACUCAGACGGCAUGCUAGACUUCCUGCCAGGAGAACGCUUCAAGUACAUCAGUGUGACAGUCAUAGACAACCCCGUCCCUGAGCUGGACAAGGUGUUCAGAGUGGAGCUCUACAACCCUGACGGAGGUGGUAAGACAAAUACCAUUGGUUGAUCGAUUGAUUGAUCGGCCAAUUGGUGAUGAUCUUCUUACCAACUCUUCUCUUAUUUCUGAUCUUUAUAAAUAGGCCACCUUCCUAUCCUGUAAUCAUAUCUUUCAGUGUUUCACAUCCCUGAAAUCCUGUUCUAACUGAUCCUUUGCCUGUGUUCUGUCACAUUGUGUCCUUAUGUGCUCCCGUGUGCUCCCGUGUGCUCUUGUGUGCUCCUGUGUGCUGUGCUCCCCAAUGAUCCCCACUACUCUGGUGUGAUCCUGUGUGAUCCCAAAGUGGAUCAGUUCCUUCGGAGUGAAGGCAGUGGCAGUGGAGAAAGUGACACUGACCUCUUCCUCCUGUCCUCUCACCACCAUGGUAAGACCACCUCCCCUACGUGCUUACGCCUGCAUGGGUGCUUUUGCAUGGGUGUGCGUGUAUGUGGGGUAUUUCAAUUUCAAUGGGUCCAGUGAGCAGUGACCGGGGAGAGUGAUGUGGCAAAUAGGCAUUCUAUUGAGAUGAGGGCAGCAGUGGUAAGUGGUGAACAGAAAAUGUCCCAGAUCCCAGGGCUCAUUGUUCUACAUUUCCACCAUGUGGCACAAUGCUAUUUGGCUGGUAGCCACACAUAAGUACAUUAACUUACAAUUAAAAAGUAAGGUAUUAUUUGGCAAAAACAAUGUAUUGCCAUCAUAUUUCUAAUAUUUAUCAUUUACAUUACAUUUUACAUUUUAGUCAUUUAGCAGACGCUCGUAUCCAGAGUGACUUACAGUUAGUGAGUGCAUACAUUUUUCAUACUGGCCCCCCGUGGGAAUCGAACCCAGAACCCUGGCGUCGCAAACGCCAUGCUCUACCAACUGAGCUACACGGGGCCUGUGUAGCACAAUAGGAAGCACUCAUUGAUUUUGGCUAUGAAAAUAAUGGCAAGGUUUACAGUUGUGUGUGCUAAUCCCCUGGCUGCCACACUUUGUAAUGUCCCCAUAGUUAAACACCUGUAUGUCUUUCUAGCCAGCUUGGGAGUCGCCUCCCACAUCACUGUGACCAUAGCUGCCUCUGAUGACGCACAUGGAGUGUUUCAGUUCAGCCUGGACUCUCUGUCUGUCAACGGCACCGAGCCUGAGGAGGGACGCAGCACUGUGCUCCUGCAGGUCAUUGUGUGUGUCUCUGUGUUUCAGUGUGUCUGUGUGUGUCUGUUUCAGUGUGUGUGUCUCUGUGUGUCUGUGUUUCAGUGUGUGUGCGUAUCUCUGUUUCAGUGUGUGUCUGUGUUUCAGUGUGUGUGUGUGCGUGUAUCUCUGUGUUUCAGUGUGUGUGUGUGUGUAUCUCUGUUUCAGUGUGUGUGUCUGUGUUUCAGUGUGUGUGUGUCUGUGUGUAUCUCUGUGUUUCAGUGUGUGUGUGUAUCUGUGUGUAUCUUUGUUUCAGUGUGUGUGUCUGUGUUUCAGUGUGUGUGUGUUCCCCUGACAGUAGACGGUAUAUUCAACUCUCUCUCUGGACCCCCUCUACUCUCUCUCUGGACCCCCUCUACUCUCUCUCUCUGGACUCCCUCUACUCUCUCUCUCUGGACUCCCUCUACUCUCUCUCUGGAACCCCUCUACUCUCUUUCUGGACCCCCUCUACUCUCUCUCUGGACCCCCUCUACUCUCUCUUUGGACCCCCUCUACUCUCUCUCUUUGGACCCCCUCUACUCUCUCUCUGGACCCCCUCUACUCUCUCUCUGGACCCCCUCUACUCUCUCUCUUUGGACCCCCUCUACUCUCUCUCUUUGGACCCCCUCUACUCUCUCUCUUUGGACCCCCUCUACUCUCUCUCUGGACCCCCUCUGCUCUCUCUCUGGACCCCCUCUACUCUCUCCCUCUAACCGUCUCAGGUGAUGCGGUCGUUCGGUGCCUUGUCCAACGUGACUGUAUUCUGGGAGGCUGAUGUCAGCUCUGAGGAAGACCUCAUCAGCAGGGGCGGGAACAUCACCUUCCAUGUGGGCCAGACCAGGGGGGAGAUUGAGCUCCAGGUGGCCCAGGACGAGGUGCCGGAGCUGGACAAGAGAUUCGGUGUGUCCCUAGUCAACGUCUCCCAUGGGCGUCUGGGUGUAAGGACUGAGGCCACUGUGACUGUUCUGGCCAGUGAUGACCCCUAUGGAGUGUUUGUGUUCUCGGAGAGCAGCAGGCCGGUCCGCCUGCCUGAGGGCCACACCCUGGUCACCCUCACCAUCCACAGGCAGAGGGGGCUGAUGGGAAGGGUGCGCGUGACGUACGGGACCCUGAGUGAGGCUGACGCCGCCCCCUUCAUGACCCCGGGGGUGGGCCGGGCCAGCGAGGGGAACGACUUUGUCCCCCUCCUGGAGUCGGUGGUGUUCGCAGCCAAUCAGAGUGAGGCUAAAGUAACCCUUCGAGUGCUGGAUGAUGAAGAGCCUGAGAGGGAUGAGUCUGUAUUCAUGGAGCUGAUCAGUGUCAAUCUCAUAGGAGGAGGACAGCAUGAGAGAUUAAGUAAGUCACUGCCACAUGUUCACAUCCCCACUAUGAAUAUCCAGCCUUAUAGUCGAUACAUGGUCAACAUACAGUGGGGAGAACAAGUAUUUGAAACACUGCCAAUUUUGCAGGUUUUCCUACUUACAAAGCAUGUAGACGUCUGGUACACUUCAACUGUGAGAGACGGAAUCUAAAACAAAAAUCCAGAAAAUCACAUUGUAUGAUUUCUAAGUUAUUAAUUUGCAUUUUAUUGCAUGACAUAAGUAUUUGAUACAUCAGAAAAGCAGAACUUAAUAUUUGGUACAGAAACCUUUGUUUGCAAUUACAGAGAUAAUACGUUUCCUGUAGGUCUUGACCAGUUUUGCACACACUGCAGCAGGGAUUUUGGCCUACUCCUCCAUACAGACCUUCUCCAGAUCCUUCAGGUUUCGGGGCUGUCGCUGGGCAAUACAGACUUUCAGCUCCCUCCAAAGAUUUUCUAUUGGGUUCAGUUCUGGAGACUGGCUAGGCCACUCCAGAACCUUGAGAUGCUUCUUACGGAGCCACUCCUUAGUUGCCCUGGCUGUGUGUUUCAGGUCGUUGUCAUGCUGGAAGACCCAGCCACGACCCAUCUUCAAUGCUCUUACUGAGGGAAGGAGGUUGUUGGCCAAGAUCUCAUGAUACAUGGCUCCAUCCAUCCUCCCCUCAAUACGGUGCAGUCGUCCUGUCCCCUUUGCAGAAAAGCAUCCCCAAGGAAUGAUGUUUCCACCUCCAUGCUUCACGGUUGGGAUGGUGUUCUUGGGGUUGUACUCAUCCUUCUUCUUCCUCCAAACACGGCGAGUGGAGUUUAGACCAAAAAGCUCUAUUUUUGUCUCAUCAGACCACAUGACCUUCUCCCAUUCCUCCUCUGGAUCAUCCAGAUGGUCAUUGGCAAACUUCAGACGGGCCUGGACAUGCGCUGGCUUGAGCAGGGGGACCUUGCAUGCGCUGCAGGAUUUUAAUCCAUGACGGCGUAGUGUGUUACUAAUGGUUUUCUUUGAGACUGUGGUCCCAGCUCUCUUCAGGUCAUUGACCAGGUCCUGCCGUGUAGUUCUGGGCUGAUCCCUCAUCUUCCUCAUGAUCAUUGAUGCCCCACGAGGCGAGAUCUUGGAUGGAGCCCCAGACCGAGUGUGAUUGACCGUCAUCUUGAACUUCUUCCAUUUUCUAAUAAUUGCGCCAACAGUUGUUGCCUUCUCACCAAGCUGCUUGCCUAUUGUCCUGUAGCCCAUCCCAGCCUUGUGCAGGUCUACAAUUUUAUCCCUGAUGUCCUUACACAGCUCUCUGGUCUUGGCCAUUGUGGAGAGGUUGGAGUCUGUUUGAUUGAGUGUGUGGACAGGUGUCUUUUAUAUAGGUAACGAGUUCAAACAGGUGCAGUAAAUACAGGUAAUGAGUGGAGAACAGGAGGGCUUCUUAAAGAAAAACUAACAGGUCUGUGAGAGCCGGAAUUCUUACUGGUUGGUAGGUGAUCAAAUACUUAUGUCAUGCAAUAAAAUGCAAAUGAAUUACUUAAAAAUCAUACAAUGUGAUUUUCUAGAUUUUUGUUUUAGAUUCCGUCUCUUAGAGUUGAAGUGUACCUAUGAUAAAAAUUACAGACCUCUACAUGCUUUGUAAGUAAGAAAACCUGCAAAAUCGGCAGUGUAUCAAAUACUUGUUCUCCCCACUGUACACUAUAUAUACAUACACUAUAUAUACAAACACUAUAUAUACAUACACUAUAUAUAUACUAUAUAUAUAUAUAUAUAUAUACUAUAUAUACUAAAGUAUGUGGACACCCCUUCAAAUUAGUGGAUUCGGCUAUUUCAGCCACACCCAUUGCUGAUAGGUGUAUAAAAUCGAGCACACAGCCAUGCGAUCUCCAUAGACAAACAUUGGCACCAGAAUGGCCUUACUGAAGAGCUCAGUGACUUUCAAUGUGGCACUGACAUAGGAUGCCACCUUUCCAACAAGUCAGUUCGUCAAAUUUCUGCCCUACUAGAGCUUCCCCGGUCAACUGUAUUUGCUGUUAUUGUGAAGUGGAAACGUCUAGGAGCAACAAUGGCUCAGCCACAAAGUGGUAGGCCACACAAGCGCACAAAAUGGGACCACCGAGUGCUGAAGCGCGUAAUGAGUAAAACUCGUCUGUCCUCGGUUGCAACACUCACUACCGAAUUCCAAACUGCCUCUGCUUCAUGAAAUGGGUUUCCGCAGCCGGGUUCACCAUGCGCAAUGCCAAGUGUCGGCUGGAGUGCUGUAAAACUUGCCGCCAUUUGACUCUAGAGCAGUGGAAACGCGUUCUCUGGAGUGAUGAAUCACUCUUCACCAUCUGGCAGUCUGACGGACGAAUCUGGGUUUGGCAGAUGCCAGGAGAACGCUACCUGCCCGAAUGCAUAGUGCCAACUGUAAUGUUUGGUAGAGGAGGGAUAAUUGUCUGGGGCUGUUUUUCAUGGUUCGGGCUUGGCCCCUUAGUUCCAAUGAAGGGAAAUCUUAACGCUACAGCAUACAAUGAUAUUCUAGAUGAUUCUGUGCUUCCAACAUUGUGGCAACAGUUUGGGUAAGGCCCUUUCCUGUUUCAGCAUGACAAUGCCCCUGUACACAAAGUGAGGUCCAUACAGAAAUGGUUUGUCAAGAUCGGUGUGGAAGAACAUGACUGGCCUGCACAGAGCCCUGACCUCAACCCCAUCAAACACCUUUGGGAUGAAUUGGAACACCGACUGCGAGCCAGGCCUAAUCGCCCAACAUCAGUGCCCGACCUCACUAAUGCUCUUGUGGCUUAAUGGAAGCAAGUCCCCACAGCAAUGUUCCAACAUCUAGUGGAAAGCUUUCCCAGAAGAGUGGAGGCUGUUAUAGAAGCAAAGGGGGGACCAACUCCAUAUUAAUGCCCAUGAUUUUGGAAUGUGAUGUUUGACAAGCAGGUGUCCACAUACUUUUGGGGAUGUAGCGUAUGUAGUGGGAAUAGGGAUAUGUUUUUUUUUUGUCAAACCAUACAGAUUCUUCUCUUUCCUAGUUGCCCAGUCUCCUCGUCUUGGUCCGAAGGCAGAGAUCGUGGCCCAGGUCAUAGUAGAGGCCAGUGAUGAUGCCUUUGGGUUUCUGCAGCUGUCUGCCCCUGCCGUCAGUGUGGCUGAGAACUAUGUUGGACCCAUUAUCAAUGUCACACGCAUCGGGGGGAUUUUUGCUGACGUGUCCGUCAAGUUCAGGGCUGUACCAAUGACUGCCAGAGUUGGUAAGUGUGGUCUACAUCAUCUCAAUAGUGUAAAUAGUGUCUCAUAAAUACUGUCUUAUAUAUAUAUAUAUAUAUGCUGUAUAGCAGGUACUGUGUGUGCGCGUGUGUGUCAAUGCAGGUGACGACUACAGCGUAGCGUCCUCUGACGUGGUCCUCCUGGAGGGGGAGACCAGUAAGCCUGUUCCCAUCUACGUCAUCAACGAUGUGAUUCCUGAGCUGGAGGAGACCUUCCGCAUCGAGUUGCUCAACGUCACCACAGGGGGCGCUAAACUGGGGGCGCUCACCCGCACCAUCAUCACCAUCCUGCCCUCUGACGACCCCUUUGGGGCCUUCGGUUAGCUCACGUCUCUCUCCUCUCCCUCACAGACAUGCCUUCACAUGCGUCCUAGAAUGUACAGUUGCUCAUUCAAAUCAGAUUACAGUGCAUGCACGAUGACUGACUACAUUAGCCAAUAAUCUAUUGUAUUUUAGUCUAAAAGAGCCCAAUGAAACAUCCUGCAUUGUUCCUUUAUUAGUAAAUGACCCAUUAGACCUCAUCAAAGUACUGUUUGUGUUCCCUAGUAUUUCAGGCUGCUAACCCUAACCCUAGUAUUUCAGACUGCUAACCCUAACCCUAGUAUUUCAGACUGCUAACCCUAACCCUAACCCUAGUAUUUCAGACUGCUAACCCUAACCCUAGUAUUUCAGACUGCUAACCCUAACCCUAACCCUAGUAUUUCAGACUGCUAACCCUAACCCUAACCCUAGUAUUUCAGGCUGCUCCUGUCACCAUAGAGGAGCCAGGGGUGAACUCAUUCCAGGUGACACUGCCCAUCGUGCGUAAUGCUGGGGCCAUAGGGACCGUGGCUGUCCAGUGGCGAGCCACAGUGAACGGCAGAGCAGCAGUAGGGGACCUCCGGCCUGUGUCAGGAGAGGUCACCUUUGCGCCCGGAGAAACUGGGAAGACGUUGAAAGUUGAGGUCCUAGCAGAUGAUGUGCCGGAAAUUGAGGAAGUAAGAAACACAAUCUUAUUUUUCUUACAUUGUUGUUAUUUUUUGCCAAACAACAUAUUUGUAUCAUAAUAUAUGCUAUAUAAUAUAUAGGCCUAGAAUAUAAUAUAUGCCAUUUUCCCUCUAAACGUUCUGUGCUUUUCAGAUAAUCAAGGUGGAAUUGAUUGGUGCCACUAAUGGAGGAAACAUUGGAGGAGACACAACAGUCAAUAUCAUUGUCCCAGCCAAUGACAACCCGUAUGGGACGGUCUACUUUGAGCAGUCUGUGUAUCGAGUGCAGGAACCUCUCGAGGGAAUUUUGGUGGCCAACAUUACUGUUCGUCGAAGGUUUGUCCUUUAGUUCAGUCUACAUGAGUUCUAUCCUCUUGCAUUAUUAUUGCAAUUCCUUACCUUGGCAGUGAAAUUACAAAUUGUUACUUUUCUAUUCUUUGACUUGGAAUGCUCAACUAACUAUCUAACUAACUCUCUCUCCCUCUCUCUCUCCUUCAUCUUAACUCUGUCUCUCUCACUCAUCUUGUCAGUGGGGGUCAUUUUGGCCAAGUGGAGGUCCUCUACAGCACCUCAGAGAUAGACAUAGUGAGCAUGGCCCAGACUGAGGGCCAGAACCUGCUGUUGUACUACAGCCCCCCGGUGUCAGGAGUACCCUCUGGCGCCCUCCGCAGACCUGUCAACAUCAGCUCCCAGGGAGACCCACUGGCUGCCUGUGCUGCUGCCUGCCUGAGGGAGCGAGCCUGCCAGGCCUUCUCCCUGUCUCCAGCUGGGGGCUCCUCCCCCAUGGCCUCCUGCACUUGGGUGACCAGCGGGGCCGCCCAGCUGACCACGUCCGCCCAGACCCUCACCUACACUAAAAACACCACGGCCACCGAUGCUCUCUUCAGCUCGCAGGCCGUGGCGGGGAGCGACUACACCACCAUGACAGCACAGACGGCCAUCUUGGAAGACGGCUCAGGUGUAGCCAACCUGACCGUGCCGAUUCUGACGGACAAACUCCCCGAGAUGGACGAGAGCUUCUCCAUCCGCAUCCUGAAGGUGGCGCUGGUCAACUUGACCGUGGCUCAGAAGAACCUGCCCUCCAUAGGGCAACCGGACAAGGCAGUGGUCACCAUAGGCUUGAACGGGGAUACCUUUGGCGUGUUUCUCAUCUACAGCCUCAGCCCCAACGCUACACAGGACGGCCUCUAUCUGGAGGUGAGGGAGGAGCCACGUGUGUCAGUACCCCUGGUCAUAGAGCGGAGGGGGGGCAGCCUAGGGCAGGUGGCUGUGGAGUGGAGGUUCGUGGGUGGAAUGGCUACACCAGGCACUGACUUCACCGGGACUGGAGAAACACUUAUCUUUGCCGAUGGUAGGUUUGAAAUCUAGUACUACAUAAUGCUUUUUGGGAAUGAAUGUCUUUUUUUAUAUGCAGUAUAUUGUGUCCCCUCCAUCCCAAGGCGAUUUGAAGAAGAACAUCGAGAUAGUGAUUGCGGACGAUUUGGAGCCCGAGGACAGCGAGACCCUGAUGGUUGGCUUGGUGAAAACUGAGGGAGGCAGUCGGAUCCUGCCCAGCUCAGACACGGUCACCAUCAUCAUCCUGGCUAACGACAACGUGGCUGGGGUGGUGGGCUUCCACUCAGCCUCACGCUCUGUCAUCGCCAGAGAGGGUGAGCAUGGUAGAGGGGCCCCUGUCAGUCACUUCAAUGAAGCAAGCCUCAAUGUUAAUCACUCUGUGAAGUAUUAUUAUGUCUCUGCACCGAGCCAGUUUACCAAGCAGCCACUAAUGACAAAAUAACCUACCCUGAUAGUAACGAUAUUAACACCUGUCAAAAUGCAACCGUUUCGUACUGAAUUAUGCUGAACAUUUUAUUUAUCUUCUGUUUAUUAUCAUGGAUUCAUGAUCACACAUUCAUACGAGUGCUGUUUGCAAUGGGCAACAUUGUUACCAUAGCUCAACACCGUUACCAUAGCUCAACACCGUUACCAUAGCUCAACACCAUUACCAUAGCGCAACACCACUACCAUAGCUCAACACCGUUACCAUAGCUCAACACCAUUACCAUAGCUCAACACAGCUACCAUAACUCAACACCACUACCAUAGUUCAACACCGUUACCAUAGCUCAACACUAUUACCAUAGCUCAACACAACUACCAUAACUCAACACCUCUACCAUAGCUCAACACCGUUACCAUAGCGCAACACCACUACCAUAGCUCAACACCGUUACCAUAGCUCAACACAGCUACCAUAACUCAACACCUCUACCAUAGCUCAACACCGUUACCAUAGCGCAACACCUCUACCAUAGCUCAACACCGUUACCAUAGCUCAACACCGUUACCAUAGCUCAACACAGCUACCAUAGCUCAACACAGCUACCAUAGGGCAAUACCAUAGCUCAACACAGCUACCAUAGGGCAACACCAUAGCUCAAAACAGAUACCAAUGCUCAACACAGCUACCAUAGCUCAACACAGCUACCAUAGGGCAACACCAUAGCUCAACACAGCUACCAUAGCUCAACACAGCUACCAUAGGGCAACACCAUAGCUCAAAACAGAUACCAAUGCUCAACACAGCUACCAUAGCUCAACACAGCUACCAUAGGGCAACACCAUAGCUCAACACAGCUACCAUAGCUCAACCUCAUUCAACACAGCUACCAUACGGCAACAGAGCUAACAUAGCUCAACACCAUAGCUCAACACAGCUACCAUAGCUCAACACAGCUACCAUAGGGCAACACAGCUACCAUAGCUCAACACAGCUACCAUAGCUCAACACCGUUACCAUAGCUCAAAACCAUUACCACAGCUCAACACCGUUACCAUAGCUCAACACCACUACCAUAGCUCAACACAGCUACCAUAACUCAACACCACUACCAUAGCUCAACACAGCUACCAUAGCCCAACCUCAUUCAACACAGCUACCAUACGGCAACAGAGCUGCCAUAGUUCAACACCAUAGCUCAACACAGCUACCAUAGGGCAACACAGCUACCAUAGGGAAACACCAUAGCUCAACACAGCUACCAUAGGGCAACACCAUAGCUCAACACAGCUACCAUAGCUCAACACAGCUAACAUAGCUCAACACAGCUACAAUACGGCAACAGAGCUACCAUAGCUCAACACCAUAGCUCAACACAGCUACCAUAGGGCAACCUCAUUCAUCACUUUGCUCUCCGUGGGAUUCGGAGACAACCAAUUCAUUAAUGAAGGAAUACAAGGGAUAGUAGGAGGAGCAUGUGGCAACAGGUGGCUCAUGUAGUUAGUUCCAGGCAUGGCUCAUUGGGUAGGCAUGACAGAGCUCGUCCACUCUUAUCUGUGGCGAAUCCUUACACCCCUUACUGAUGGACUGAGUCUCUGAAGCACCUACGGUAGCUAAGGAAGGACCUUCAUAAGGUCCUAUAUCCUGGUCUACUAAUCUAAAACAGCAGACUAUGGCUAACAUUUUGCACAAGGAAAUGGCAAUGAGAAAUAACCUUCACAUUAGAAAUAAACAGGAAGACAUACUGUAUAAUCAAAUGCAAGUUCCAAAUACUGGCUCUCAUCACAUCCAUCGCACAGUUUAAUAAACCCAUGUUGAACAAUAGUCUCCUUAUAAUCAGUGGUGUGGAAUCUGCUCUGAAAAUAUAGUUUACCAAGCUACCAAUUACUUCAUACUGGAAGAAGUUAAGCUACACUAAAGCUACCCUUAAAGUGGCAAUCAGCAGUUGAAACAAUAACAAAGCUGAGGGAUAGGGCUGGAGAAGUGUAACCACUCUCAAAUUCAUAGACAGAGCUAUGGAUGCAAGGACUUACCAUUCAUGAUAUCAAAAUUAUAGUUUUAACCAUGUUUUGAGGAUAUAUAGUGUUUGUUUACAUUUACUUUGUUUACAAACAUUGGAAACAAGCUUAUACAGUGCCUUGCAAAAGUAUUCAUCCCCCUCAGCAUUUUUCCGUUUUUGUUGCAUUACAACCUGUAAUUUAAAUGGAUUUUAUUUGGAUUUCAUGCAAUGGACAUACACAAAAAAGUCCAAAUUGGUGAAGUGAAAUGAAAACAAUUACUUGUUUCAAUAAAUUCUAAAAAAUAAAUAAUGGAAAAGUGGUGCGUGCAUAUGUAUUCACCCCCUUUGCUAUGAAGCCCCUAAUAAGAUCUGGUGCAACCAAUUACCUUCAGAAGUCACAUGAUCUCAGUAUAUAUACACACCUGUUCUGAAAGGCCCCAGAGUUUGCAACACCACUAAGCAAGGGGCACCACCAAGCAUGCGGCACCAUGAAGACCAAGGAGCUCUCCAAACAGGUCAGGGACAAAGUUGUGGAGAAGUACAGAUCAGGGUUGGGUUAUAAACAAAUAUCUUAAACUUUGAACAUCCCACAGAGCACCAUUAAAUCCAUUAUUAAAACAUUUAAAGAAUAUGGCACCACAACAAACCUGCCAAGAGAGGGCCGCCCACCAAAACUUACAGACCAGGCAAGGAGGGCAUUAAUCAGAGAGGCAACAAAGAUAACCCUGAAGGAGCUGCAAAGCUCCACAGCGGAGAUUGGUGUAUCUGUCCAUAGGACCACUUUAAGCCGUACACUCCACAGAUCUUGGCCAGAAAAAAGCCAUUGCUUAAAGAAAAAAAUAAGCAAACAUGUUGGGUGUUCGCCAAAAGGCAUGUGGGAGACUCCCCAAACAUAUGGAAAAGGUACUCUGGUCAGAUGAGACUAAAAUCGAGCUUUUUGGCCAUCAAGGAAAACUCUUUGUCUGGCGCAAACCCAACACCUCUCAUUACCCCGAGAAUACCAUCCCCACAGUGAAGCAUGGUGGUGGCAGCAUCAUGCUGUGGGGAUAUGCACGCUCAAGUUUUCUUUUUUUUGGUCUUAUUUCUUGUUUGUUUCACAAUAAAAAAUAUUUUGCAUCUUCAAAGGGGCAGGCAUGUUGUGUAAAUCAAAUGAUACAAACCCCCAAAAAAUCAAUUAUAAUUCCAGGUUGUAAGGCAACGAAAUAGGAAAAAUGCCAAAGGAGGUGAAUACUUUCGCAAGCCACUGUAUUUUGGGGUUCUGAUGGGGUACAACAACAGUUGAACUAAGCUCAUGAGACAUUUAUAAUGUAUAUUCUUCAAGAAUCAAAGGGUAUAUGUCAUUAAUUCAGAAGUCCAAAAAUGGAUGAAGCAACUGCAGAUUGCCCGUUUAAGAAACAUAUAGUUUACUUUGAAAAAGUAGUUCACUCUGGAAUCAGAUGUUAAUAGAUUGUAUAAUUUAGCUAUUAAACACACAAACUAUGUUUCAAUUGGGAAUAAAGCAGGUCUGAUGAAGAAAAAGAAACAAUCUUGCCUACUUUACGCAUAUUUUAUUCAUAUUUUUGUAAAAAAUAGUAGUGUGUAGUUCCAGUAGUUAGCUACACUGCUACAGUGAGGGAAAAAAAGUAUUUGAUCCCCUGCUGAUUUUGUAUGUUCUCCCACUGACAAAGAAAUGAUCAGUCUAUAAUUUUAAUGGUAGGUUUAUUUGAACAGUGAGAGAGAAUAAUAACAAAAAUAUCCAGAAAAACGCAUGUCAAAAAUGUUAUAAAUUGAUUUACAUUUUAAUGAGGGAAAUAAGUAUUUGACCCCUCUGCAAAACAUUACUUAGUACUUGGUGGCAAAACCCUUGUUGGUAAUCACAGAGGUCAGACGUUUCUUGUAGUUGGCCACCUGGUUUGCACACAUCUCAGGAGGGAUUUUGUCCCACUCCUCUUUGCAGAUCUUCUCCAAGUCAUUAAGGUUUCGAGGCUGAUGUUUGGCAACUCGAACCUUCAGCUCCCUCCACAGAUUUUCUAUGGGAUUAAGGUCUGGAGACUGGCUAGGCCACUCCAGGACCUUAAUGUGCUUCUUCUUGAGCCACUCCUUUGUUGCCUUGGCUGUGUGUUUUGGGUCAUUGUCAUGCUGGAAUACCCAUCCACGACCCAUUUUCAAUGCCCUGGCUGAGGGAAGGAGGCUCUCACCCAAGAUUUGACGGUACAUGGCCCCGUCCAUCGUCCCUUUGAUGCGGUGAAGUUGUCCUGUCCCCUUAGCAGAAAAACACCCCCAAAGUAUAAUGUUUCCACCUCCAUGUUUGACGGUGGGGAUGGUGUUCAUGGGGUCAUAGGCAGCAUUCCUCCUCCUCUAAACACGGCGAGUUGAGUUGAUGCCAAAGAGCUCCAUUUUGGUCUCAUCUGACCAUAACACUUUCACCCAGUUCUCCUCUGAAUCAUUCAGAUGUUCAUUGGCAAACUUCAGACGGGCAUGUAUAUGUGCUUUCUUGAGCAGGGGGACCUUGCGGGCGCUGCGGGAUUUCAGUCCUUCACGGCGUAGUGUGUUACCAAUUGUUUUCUUGGUGACUAUGGUCCCAGCUGCCUUGAGAUCAUUGACAAGAUCCUCCCGUGUAGUUCUCUGGCUGAUUCCUCACCGUUCUCAUGAUCAUUGCAACUCCACGAGGUGAGAUCUUGCAUGGAGCCCCAGGCCGAGGGAGAUUGACAGUUAUUUUGUGUUUCUUCCAUUUGCAAAUAAUCGCACCAACUGUUGUCACCUUCUCACCAAGCUGCUUGGCGAUGGUCUUGUAGCCCAUUCCAGCCUUGUGUAGGUCUACAAUCUUGUCCCUGACAUCCUUGGAGAGCUCUUUGGUCUUGGCCAUGGUGGAGAGUUUGGAAUCUGAUUGAUUGAUUGCUUCUGUGGACAGGUGUCUUUUAUACAGGUAACAAACUGAGAUUAGGAGCACUCCCUUUAAGAGUGUGCUCCUAAUCUCAGCUCGUUACCUGUAUAAAAGACACCUGGGAGCCAGAAAUCUUUCUGAUUGAGAGGGGGUCAAAUACUUAUUUCCCUCAUUAAAAUGCAAAUCAUUUUAUAACAUUUUUUACAUGCGUUUUUCUGGAUUUUUUUGUUGUUAUUCUGUCUCUCACUGUUCAAAUAAACCUACCAUUAACAUUAUAGACUGAUCAUUUCUUUGUCAGUGGGCAAACGUACAAAAUCAGCAGGGGAUCCAAUACUUUUUUCCCUCACUGUACAUGGCAAAAAAGUAAUUAACUACUGAAAACACUACCAAGAUUUGAAUGUAGUUUUGUCAUUUAGCAGACGCUCUUAUCCAGAGCGACUUACAGUUAGUGAGUGCAUACAUUAUAAUUUUUUUUUUCAUACUGGUCCCCCGUGGGAAAUGAACCCACAACCCUGGCAUUGCAAAUGCCAUGCUCUACCAACUUUGCUACACGGGACUAUAGUUCAACUUCCACCAAGCUUAGUUCAACUUCCACCAAGCUACUGCAAAAUGUAGUUAAAUUACUAGUUUAAGUAAAUGUAGUUUACUACUCCCAUCACUGCUUAUAAUGCACAUUGUUAAGGAAAAGUUUUAAAUUAGCAUGUGCUAUCUUGCAUGAUGAAAAUGUUACUCAAUAUGUAUUAUCUUAAAAGGUGACUAAUGUGUGUGCAGUGGUGUAAAGUACUUAAGUAAAAAUACUUUAAAGUACGACUUAAUUCUUUUUUGGAGUAUCUGUACUUUACUAUUUAUAUUUUGGACAACUUUUACUUUUACUUCACUACAUUCCUAAAGAAAAUAAUAUACUUUUUACUCCAUACAUUUUCCCUGACACCCAAAAGUACUCGUUACAUUUUGAAUGCUUAGCAGGACAGGAAAAUGGUCAAAUUCACACACUUAUGAAGAGAACAUCCCUGGUCAUCCCUACUGCCUCUGAUCCGGUGGACUCACUAAACACAAAUGAUUAGUUUGUAAAUUAUGUCUGAGUGUUGGAGAUAGCCCCUGGCAAUCCAUACAUUUCAAAAACAAGAAGAACGUGCCGUCUGGUUGGCUUAAUUUAAGGAAUUUGAAAUUAUUUAUACUUUUACCUUUGAUACUUAAAUAUAUUUAAAACCAAAUACUUUUAGACUUUUACUCAAGUAGUAUUUUACUGGGUGACUUUCACUUUUACUUGAGUCAUUUUCUAUUAAGGUAUAAUUACUUUUAAUCAAGUAUGACAAUUGGGUACUGUUUUCAUCCCCACUGUAUGUGUGUGUGUGUGUGUGUCCGUGUGUGUGUUAUAGGCGAGAGGCUGCCCCUGCUGGUGACCAGGACAGCUCCCGGGCUGGGUAACGUCACAGUAGACUGGGCCAUUCAAGGCCCCCGCGUUGCCAGGACCUUCAUGCACACCUCAGGACUACUAUUCUUCACUGGGGUAAAUUAAACUGACCAGGUUGCUUCCUCUGUUUCACAUGGUUUACAUGGCAUGUAUGGUAAAAGGUUCAUUCGGAAGUAUACAGAAUGAUCAUAUUGUCACUCACACAGGGAACACUGAACACCACCAUAGUCCUCCAGCUGCUUGAAGACUCAAUACCUGAGGAGAAGGAGCUGUACAGGGUGAUCCUGUCCAACGUCCGCACUUAUGGUAAAUCACCUUCUCUGUCCUCUUCCUGUCAAAGUACUGAACAGGCACAUUUCAAACACCUCUCCUGUUAUGUACUUGGAUCUCUGUUUAUGUAACUUCUAUUUAACUAUGCGAGUCAGUUAGCAACAAGUUUUUAUUUGCAAUGACGGCCUGGCAAUGACUCUAUGCAGCAUUGAUCAGGUCAUGUAGGUUACCAUAGCAAAGAGUUUAGUCUGUAAGAGCCCCUAGUCUGUCAGGCUGGGGAUGAGUUUGACUAGUGUUUGUAUGGAUAGUAUCUGUCAGGCUGGGGAUGAGUUUGACUAUUGUUUGUAUAGAUAGUGUCCAUCAGUGUUCUGUUCUCCCUGUCCCCCAGGUGUUCUGGUAACAGGUCACGCAGCGCUGGACGUCCAGGGGAGCGAGGCGGUGGUUACCGUGGAGACCAGUGAAGGGCCGUUUGGGAUGCUGAGCAUCGCCCCGUCCUCCCUCAGUCUGACCACGGAGGAGCGCGACGGCACCUUCAACAUCUUCAUCAACAGAGAGUUUGGAGCUUCAGGUCGGUCUGGGACCUCAACGUCUUCAUCAACAGAGGGUUUGGGGCUUCAGGUCGGUCUGGGAUAGGGACUUGGGGCGACAGAUAGUUUUCCCUGACCACUUGAUAUGACCAGGAAAAACUCCAGGUCUUAAUGAUGGGAAAAGUUCAGACUAUACUGUACAUAAUUAUUAUUAUUUUUUACCCCAAUUUCGUGGUAUCAAAUUGGUAGUUACAGUCUUGUCCCAUCGCUGCAACUCCCGUACGGACUCGGGAGAGGCGAAGGUUGAGAGCCGUGCGUCCUCUGAAACACAACCCAACCGAGCUACACUGCUUCUUGACACAAUGCCUGCUUAACCCGGAAGCCAGUUGCACCAAUGUGUCGGAGGAAACACCCUACACCUGGCAACCGUGUCAGUGUGCACUGCGCCCGGCCCGCCACAGGAGUCACUAGUGCGCGAUGGGACAAGAAGAUCCCUGCCGGCCAAACCCUCCCCUAACCUGGACGACUCUGGGCCAAUUGUGCGCCGCCCAAUGGGUCUCCGGCCAGCUGCGACAGAGCCUUGACGCGAACCAGGAUCUCUAGUGGCACAGCUAGCACUGCGAUGCAGUGCCUUAGACCACUGCGCCACUCGGGAGGCCUUAUACUAUACAUUUUGAUACAUUUUCUCAAAACAACAUCAGACUGUUUGCCACUUAGGCUGCGCUUACACAGGCAGCCAAAUUCUGAAUCCCAAUUUUUGGCAGAAAGAUAUCUGAUUGGUCAAAAGACCAGAAUUGGGCUGCCUGUGUAAACACAGCUUUGUUGACACAUCUAAGUCCGCCAGUAACUGUUAUCAGUUAACUGUUAUGUGAUCUCGUAGAAAAACUAGUAAUGUAUGUGUUAUCAGUUAAGUAUUGUUGGUGUUGUGUUUCCAGGAGUGUUGAAUAUCAGCUAUGAAACGGUCCGAGGAUCCCUCCAGGACCUCUCCCAGGUGGAAGGGGGCGGGGCCCUUGCUGAACCAGGACAGGACUUCCUCCCUGUAUCAGGCUCAGUGAUCCUGCAGGAUGGACAGACCUCUGUGGCCAUCCCUGUCACCAUACUGGAUGUAAGACCACCACCAGGGCUGGGCUCAAUGCCUUUUCAAUUUAGUCAAUUCAGCAAGUCAACCAAUUUUCCUAAAUGCCUCUCUAUGCAUUUUUGGGGAAUUGGAAUUUCAGUUUACUUACGGAAUUGACUGAAUUGAAAUGGAAUUUAACCCAACUCUGGCCCACACAGCAAACUUCUCUCAUUUGGCUCUGUUGGUGCUCUGGAAGGCGUGGAGGAUGUAUAUGGAUUUCAUUGGAGUUUUCUUAGUUUUCAUACACUAUAAAUGUCAUACAAAUUAUAUAAUGGUAUUUUUCCAGGAUGACAUCCCUGAGUUGCAGGAAUUCUUCCUGGUCAACGUAACGUCUGCAGUACUCAUCACCACCAUCACACCUGCUCCUAAACUAGGUACGCUGGUUUGGCAUAGUCCCAAAUGGGCAACUAUGUAAAUCAUAAAGCAUUCUAAAUGUGCAUUUUCCCACAGAGAUCCUACAAAUCACUUUUAGUUCUAAAUGUAAUUCUCCGGGUUUUCCAACUAUUCUGUUGUCUGCCAUAAACCUCCUGUAAUGAACUGCAGAUUCCCCCUUUCCUGUUAAAUGUUGUGUAAUUCUAUGAUUUGUAUUCUGUGUGGUUUUAUCGCCUUCUUUUCUCCUUUAGUCUUUCUGCUAUUUAUUUCUGUUUGAUGAGUAGACGUUGUAUAUUUAAGCAAUAAGGCCCGAGGAGGUGUGGUAUAUGGCCAAUAUACCACAUCUAAGGGCUGUUCUUACGCACAACGCAACGUGGAGUGCCUGGACACAGCCCAUAGCCGUGGUAUAUUGGCCAUAUAUCACAAACCCCCAAGGUGCCUUAUUGUUAUUAUAAACUGGUUAUCAACGUAAUUAGAGCAGUAAAACUAAAUGUUUUGUCAUACACGUGGUAUACGGUCUGAUAUACCAUGGCUUUCAGCCAAUCAUAAUUCAGGGCUCAAACCACCCAGUUUAUAAUUUACACUAAAAGGUAACAUAUACAUGUAUGUAGUGUUUCUUACAUACAGUAUUAUGCAUAGCAUUGUAUAGUAUGGCAUAAUGGAUUAAUUCACUGUAGAUUCAAUACAUUAAACGGGUACAGUUUUGCAAAUAUAUGCAAAAGUUCCUUGCCACUACUGCCUCUUGCAUAAUCCUAACCAUAACCCAUUUUAUGAAUGGGUAACUUAAGAAAAUGAUGAGUAGACAGAAUACUACACAGACUGGAGAGACACAGGCCCAUGUGCCAGCACUCAACGGUUACAAUUCUUAUGAUUGAUAUCUCCCUUGAGGGGCUGUUGGGAUUUGGGUUGAGCUGAAAAACACUGGGUGGUGAGCAAUGGGAUGGCCAAACCAAACGCUUUAAAUGGCCCUCAUGCAACCUGUGCCCAGAGUGACAGACAGACAGACAGACAAACAGAUGGAGACAGACAGACAGACAGACAGACAGACAGACAGACAGACAGACGGACAGAGACGGACAGACAGAGACGGACAGACAGAGACGGACAGACAGAGACGGACAGACAGACAGAGACACAAACAGACAGACAGAGGGACAGACAGAGACGGACGGACAGACAGAGACGGAGACGGACAGACAGAGACGGAGACGGAGACGGACAGACAGAGACGGAGACGGACAGACAGAGACGGAGACGGACAGACAUAGACAGACUGACAGAGACAGAGAUGGACAGACAGAGACAGACAGAGACAGAGAUGGACAGACAGAGACAGACAGAGACAGAGACGGACAGACAGAGACAGAGACGGAGACACAGACAGACAGAGACGGACAGACAGAGACGGACAGACAGAGACGGACAGACAGAGACACAGACAGACAAAGACACAGACAGAGACACAGACAGACAAACACAGACAGACAGAGACAGCGCUACUAAGGACAUUAUAGAUAAGUCAUAAGUGAUAAAUUAUAAGUCAACACAUACUCCGACUCUCAGCUGACUGCAUGUGAGAAGUGAAUGGCCCUCAUCGCCAGUUCUAAUAGAAUGGUUAGCUGACAAUUUCACAAAAAUGAUGUACACACUUCAAUGGGACAGAAGGCUGUGUGUUGUUGUGAUUCUGGAUGGCCAAAUAGCUAGUAACAAUAACAAAAAGUUUUAUCUUGUUCUUCAUACCAUGUCUUGUUUUGACUGAUGUCAUGUCUAUGCUAAUAUGGCAAAACAUUCGCUAACUAGCUAACCAACAACUGUAAUGAUGUAUUUGAGAGACAACUCAUUGUGCAAAUGUAUUUAAGUUUUCAACAAACAUUGGAGACUAAAUAUAGCUUGUCAACAAUCUAAGCCAACCGCGUCUGUUUUGUCCAAUAGUUGCGCUUGCGUGGGUUUUGUUGCUAAACAACCAACCCGUCUAUGUAGUGUCACAGAAGUGCAUCAUUUCCUCUUUAGAUGCUCUGGCCCAGCUUUUGCUGUCAUAGUGUUCAUGCUGAAGCUAAUGCUAGUUUCUGAAUGAUAAUAUUACUGGAACCAGACUUUAGGAUAUGAGCUACCCUUCCCAUUGUAAUGCUGCCUUUCCUCUUCAGACACCCAGGGUUUGGUGGCAGAAAUCAGCAUUGCUGCCAAUGAUGGAAUUCGAGGUGUAAUUGAAUGGACAAAUACUAAGUAAGUGCCUCCGCCUCUCAUUCAGUAAUUGUUUCCUCCUGUGUUAACCCUACGAUAUGUACUCUGUUUUUAAGAGCACCUGUAGUUGUGUCGAUAUACCCAGAAGCACUCUCUGUACUCUAUAGAAUUCCCCCUCCCACUGACACUGAAUCCCCCCCCCCCCCCCCCCCCCCCCCCCCCUCAGUAGGAUGACUGUUUUUCUGUACCCUUUCAUGACAUUCAAAUUAAUAAAUCACCCAAGUCACUAAAACACAGGGAUCCUUACUCUCAUUUACAUUGACCUUUUAGUCAUUUACUGUAGCAGACGUUCUUAUCCAGAGCGACUUACAAUUUAGUGCAUUCAACUUCAGGUGGCAGACACUUCUGAUGUUUGGUUAUGUGUUUUUCCUUGUAGCUUUGAGGUGAAUGAGACCAUGGGCAUGCUGAACCUGGUGGUCUACAGGAGCUCAGCGACCUACGGAAACGUCUCACUCUUCUUCUACACUCAGAACCUGGAAGCUCAGCUGGGUCUGGACUACAACGCCACCCCAUCGGUGAGGCCAUGCCCCUAACACACUAAACCACCAAUUAUGUAGGGCCAGGGGCGUGUUCAGCAAGACGCAACGUUUUGGAACGAAUCAGAUAGAAAUAUGCUAUGUAGAACAAACAUGCCUCUCUGACGUACACUCUAUUUGUGGUAUUUCUAUCUGCAACGUUCAACCACUUUUGGCUACUGAACGUGGCCCAGGAGUUUUCCCUGACCAGGUGAUCUGACCGGGGAAAACUCUGGGCCCCACCAAUGAGACUGAACACGUCAUGACUCUUGUGAGUUCACACGUUCUGUUUGUUCUUCAGAUGCUCCACUUCGCUGAUGGAGAGAGGCAUCAGUUUGUUGAGGUGCAGAUCAUUGAUGACGUCAUUCCAGAGGGAGCUGAAAGGUUCCAGCUCAUUCUGGCUAAUCCAUCGUCUGGGCUAAAGCUGGGAGCCAAUACCACAGGUAUGAUGUGCUGGAAGCCUGUAGCAUCACACACAUUCACUAAACCUGUUUUCAGUGGUGGAAAAAGUACCCAGUUGUCUUACUUGAGUAAAAGUAAAGAUACUGUACCUUAAUAGAAAAUUUAGUUUAAAAGUAUUUGGUUUGAAAAUAUACUUAAGUAUCAAAAGUAAAUGUAAUUGCUCAAAUAUACUUAAGUAUCAAAAGUAAAGUAAAAUAUAAAUAAUUUCAAAUUCCUGAUAUUAAGCAAACCAGACGGCAACCAUUUUCUUGUUUUUAAAUUUAAUGACUACUUUUGUGUGUCAGGGAAAAUGUAUGGAGGAAAAAGUACAAUAUUUUCUUUAGGAGUGAAGUGAAGUCAAAGUAAAAGUUGUCAAAAAUAUAAAUAGUAAAGUAAAGUACAGAUACUCCAAAAAACUACUUAAGUUGUACUUUAAAGUAUUUUUAUGUAAGUACUUUACACCACUUCCUGUUUUAUAUUAUAUUUUUGUAUAGUCUACGGCAACGUUUCCCAACUCCAGUCCUCCAGUACCCCCAACUGUACACAUUUUCAUUGCAGCCCUGGACAAGCACACCAGAUUCAACUUGUCAACUAAUCAUUAAGCCCUCAAUGAGUUGAAUCAGGUGAGUUUGUCUGGGGCUACAACAAAAAUGUGUACUGACAAGGGUCUGGAGGACUGGAGUUGGGAAACACUAGUCUAUGUACCUGUGGUUUCACACAUGAAAUAUGACACUGUUGGUUGAUUUCACAAGAAUCGACAUGCUCCCUGGUGGAAAACUGCUCUCCCUUUCUUCCCUGUCGCAUGUCUCCUUAGCAACGGUGAACAUAUUGGCCAGCGACGACGGCCACGGUGUCAUAUCCUUCAACAGCAGCCAGUCCUUCCUGCUGAGGGAGCCCACGUCGCUGUCCGGGCUGGGGGAGAGCGUGGCCACCCUGUACGUUGUGCGUGACCCACCCCAGGGCAACUUCGGCACCGUCACUGUCCAGUUCACCAUUACCAACGCCAACGGAACGCUGGCCCAGGGCGACCUCAUACCCUGGCAGGGCUUUGUGGUGCUGGAGGACGGAGUCAAGUUUAAGGUCAGGGGAACCAAGGACCUUGCGAGCAAAACAUUUUAGCGGCCCCUCUCUUGACAGCGAGAGAAAAACAUAAAUGUUUGAGUUUUAGAGCAAUUCUACUAAUUUUUGCAGUGGGGGGUAGUGAACAUUUUGAAGUUUUAAAGCAAGUUUGCUGCAAUUUUACACAUUUUUCCAUGGGGCAGAGAGAAGAUUUUGCAAUUGUAUUACUAAUUUCAUGCAAUUCUACACAUUUUGCCAUAAGGGUGGAGAGAAAUGUUUGCAGUUUUUUAAGUGAUAUCUGAGUGAGGUUGACUAACAAAAUCAAUGCCCCCCUUCAGCAAUUUGACCAUGAUUGCUGCAAGUUCAGAUAGCUGGCUACACUAAUUUACUAAUCUAAAAAAAAAUGUUAGCUGACAUGGGCUAAUUAAGUGACUGUCUGUGGCUGACAUAACAAGAGAAAAAUUGCUAAUGCACAACCAAAUUUCAAAUAUUGCACCUUGUGUAUUCUACUAUUCUAACAUUCAACAGUAAGUUGAGACCCCGACUGGGUUCCAAAUAAAAUAAAUUGAGGAAAUUGAUCCGCGGGCCUACAAAAAGCUGCCAGUUGCCCAAUCCGUGGUCUGGAUAUAGAGGAGAACUGAUUGAAGAUAUAUAUUGGAUAAUUGAUUGAAUAGAUUGAAGAUAUACAGUGGGGAAAAAAAGUAUUUAGUCAGCCACCAAUUGUGCAAGUUCUCCCACUUAAAAAGAUGAGAGAGGCCUGUAAUUUUCAUCAUAGGUACACGUCAACUAUGACAGACAAAAUGAGAAAAAAAUAUCCAGAAAAUCACAUUGUAGGAUUUUUUAUGAAUUUAUUUGCAAAUUAUGGUGGAAAAUAAGUAUUUGGUCAAUAACAAAAGUUUCUCAAUACUUUGUUAUAUACCCUUUGUUGGCAAUGACACAGGUCAAACGUUUUCUGUAAGUCUUCACAAGGUUUUCACACACUGUUGCUGGUAUUUUGGCCCAUUCCUCCAUGCAGAUCUCCUCUAGAGCAGUGAUGUUUUGGGGCUGUCGCUGGGCAACACAGACUUUCAACUCCCUCCAAAGAUUUUCUAUGGGGUUGAGAUCUGGAGACUGGCUAGGCCACUCCAGGACCUUGAAAUGUCUCCUUCGUUGCCCGGGCGGUGUGUUUGGGAUCAUUGUCAUGCUGAAAGACCCAGCCACGUUUCAUCUUCAAUGCCCUUGCUGAUGGAAGGAGGUUUUCACUCAAAAUCUCACGAUACAUGGCCCCAUUCAUUCUUUCCUUUACACGGAUCAGUCGUCCUGGUCCCUUUGCAGAAAAACAGCCAAAAAAGCAUGAUGUUUCCACCCCCAUGCUUCACAGUAGGUAUGGUGUUCUUUGGAGGCAACUCAGCAUUCUUUGUCCUCCAAACACGACGAGUUGAGUUUUUACCAAAAAGUUAUAUUUUGGUUUCAUCUGACCAUAUGACAUUCUCCCAAUCCUCUUCUGGAUCAUCCAAAUGCACUCUAGCAAACGUCAGACGGGCCUGGACAUGUACUGACUUAAGCAGGGGGACAUGUCUGACACUGCAGGAUUUGAGUCCCUGACGGCGUAGUGUGUUACGGAUGGUAGGCUUUGUUACUUUGGUCCCAGCUCUCUGCAGGUCAUUCACUAGGUCACCCUGUGUGGUUCUGGGAUUUUUGCUCACCGUUCUUGUGAUCCUUUUGACCCCACGGGGUGAGAUCUUGCGUGGAGCCCCAGAUCGAGGGAGAUUAUCAGUGGUCUUGUAUGUCUUCCAUUUCCUAAUAAUUGCUCCCACAGUUGAUUUCUUCAAACCAAGCUGCUUACCUAUUGCAGAUUCAGUCUUCCCAGCCUGGUGCAGGUCUACAAUUUUGUUUCUGGUGUCCGUUGACAGCUCUUUGGUCUUGACCAUAGUGGAGUUUGGAGUGUGACUGUUUGAGGUUGUGGACAGGUGUCUUUUAUACUGAUAACAAGUUCAAACAGGUGCCAUUAAUACAGGUAACGAGUGGAGGACAGAGGAGCCUCUUAAAGAAGAAGUUACAGGUCUGUGAGAGCCAGAAAUCUUGCUUGUUUGUAGGUGACCAAAUACUUAUUUUCCACCAUAAUUUGCAAAUAAAUUCAUAAAAAAUCCUACAAUGUGAUUUUCUGGAUUUUCUUUCCUCAAUUUGUCUGUCAUAGUUGACGUGUACCUAUGAUGAAAAUUACAGGCCUCUCUCAUCUUUUUAAGUGGGAGAACUUGCACAAUUGCUGGCUGACUAAAUACUUUUUUCCCCCACUGUAUAUUGGAUAAUUGAUUGAAGAUAUAUAUUGGAUAAUUGAUUGAAUAGAUUGAAGAUAUGUAUUGGAUAAUUGAUUGAAUUGAUAUAAAGGCAAGGGCAAGAGGGGUGUUAUUUGGAGAAUAUCAAAGACUGUUAGGUUUAGAAAUCUUCUCUUGAUGUGUUUCAAUACUUUGGAAGCACAGAGGUCAGGGGUGCUAUAAAGCCCUUUAUAUUCUCAUUAAGAUGUUCUCUGAUGUGUUGAUGUUCUCUGAUGUGUUGAUGUUCUCUGACGUGUUGAUGUUAUAGACUCUGGAGAUCUGGGCAGUUUUGGAUGCUGAACCUGAGGUGAACGAGACAUUCACUGUGACCCUGUCCAGUCCAACUGGAGGGGCACGGCUCGGAGACUCACUCCACACACUCAUCACUGUGCUGCAGAACUCCGCCCCUCUGGGCCUCUUCCGCAUCGCCCCCUCCCUCAACAGGUGAGCGAGCACUGGAACACACCCACACACAUGCAAGCAAGCACACCCACAAACAUGCAAGCAAGCACACCCACACACAUGCAAGCAAGCACACCCACACACAUGCAAGCAAGCACUCCAACACAGCGCUUAAUUUGUAAAUCGGGAGGUGCCGGAACAAAAAGUGAGCGCAAGAGGGUGGUGACCUGGGGAGUUCUGAGGUACCGGAACACAUGAGGGGGAAAAAAUCUAAUUCAUAAUACACCAUUGCAUGCAUAUCAUCACAUUGGCGUAGUGGCGUAGAGUAGAGGCAUCUACAUUUUAGUAGCUUAGGGUCUGGAAAGAAUUGGGUCCGGGAAAAGUUUGGCCUUUUUAUUUCAUUCAAUUCUACAUAAUUUUACAUGACUGGAGACUUUGGCAGAAUCUUUUUUAAUAAGGCACAAGUGAUUGAAAUGACAGGCUACUUUGACACUGACAAACUGAGAAUCUGAAAUCAAUAAAAACAGCCUUGAAUCCAUCAAUAGCCUAGGUGUGGGGAGACAUACUGUAAGCUACAAUAUGAGGAGGAAAUUAUAGUCCUAAACAUGCUUUCCAGUUUCACUGACUCACCCGAUCAUGCGCAGCUCACUCAACGGUGAUGGCCGAUACGUUCGUGCCAAAAGCCUAUAUCUCGCUCUUGUUUUACUUUGUAAAACAAUAUUUGGAAGUUGAUCAAAUAUUUUGCUAGCCUACAGCAGACAGAUUAGAGUCUUCUCUUUUCAGCAGGAGCCAUUUGGUUUCCAACCUGUGUUUUCCCACUAUUGUAUUUGAAAUAUUGCGAAAGGCCUUGUUCUGUCUGCAUGCUGUUCACUGACAGAUUUGCUGCUCGUUCCCGACUGUAGGCUAUGCCUUGUUAUUGGGCUCCACACAAUCCAUAGCUAGGCAGUUUUUCAAAAGAAGCCGUUGAUCCUCUGUGGUUAAAUUAUGGGCAUUUUCAUGGUGUAGUAGGACAUUCUGAAUUAUUAAUUUAUUUCUGAACAGACAGCAGUUAUUCUAUAACUUUGGCAAAUGUAUUUCAAUUCAUCAGGGGUGCUGCAGCUUCUCCAGAACCCUUCACUAUGAUUCUAUAAAUAAAUAAAUGAUGAAGUACAAUGCUGGAGAGAUGAGAGUUGCAGGCUCGUGUCUAUCAGAGCAGAGAGAGGGAGAGUGAAUCUCAUUCUAGUUCUGUGAGAGAUACAGGCGCACUACUCACAGUCACGGCCACGCGUUGGUCUCAAACAUAGGUUACAAUGUUACGCAAACCAUAAACCAGGCCCACCCAACCCGAAUCAACUCUUAGAAUAUCAGGCCUGGGAUAAAAAUCUACUUUUUCACAAAACGUAACGAAGAGGCAACUCGAACAAACUUUGAUCGCUUUUAUUAGAACAUAAUUUUUCAUGACAUGAGAGGUACCGGUCCCGGAACAAAACAGUCCAGGACUGAGAGGUGCCGGAUCCUGUUCCAAUUAAGCACUGCUCCCACACACAUCCAAGCGCACAUACAAACAUGCACACACACACACAUGCUCACACAUCUACACACACACGCUCACACACACGUCGUACUUCUAUCUCUGCAGGACUGACAGCUCUGUGGUGGGGAAGGAGGGCGGUAGGACUGUGUUCUUGACUGUGUCCCGCAGUAACGGUCUGGAGGCAGCGGUGAGUGUGGAGUGGGAUACCCAGUCGGACACAGCUGUUGCCAUGGGUAAGAUGGGCUAGGAACUUCAUUUCUGCAAGCAGUUAAUGUCAUAUACCCUCAGUACACAAUCCAGUGGUCAUUUCAGUUCCAGGUCUGUGUUCAUCUGUUCACCAUAAUAUACAGUGAUUAUACUAGUCUAUUUUCAGAGGGGAGUCUUCCAGUGAUGGCAGUGUAUCAGAUCUUCCCAGAGACCCCCACCUCAGGCUGGUGUUCCCUGGCUGGUGGAGCCUCUCCUCUGGCCAUGAGGCUGGACAGGUCCUCCCCUGGCAACUCCAGCCAGACCCACGCCACUCUGUACAGGUGGCAGGGGGUGUUGGUGCCUAUACAGGUAAUCUAGUGAUGUAUCUAAACAUCAUCCUAUGGCCCAAUCCCAAAUCGACCCUUAGACCCUAUGCCCUAAGUACGUGGAGAUCGGAGAGGUGUGACAGCUGUAAGCAAUAUGGUAAUUGACUAAGCAAUAUGCUGCAUCUUGACCUCUGAUAGGCUAAGCAAUAAGCUCCAUCUUGACAUCUGGUAGGCUAAGCAAAAGAUCCAUCUUGACCUCUGAUAGGCUAAGCAAAAGAUCCAUCUUGACCUCUGAUAGGCUAAGCAAAAGAUCCAUCUUGACCUCUGGUAGGCUAAGCAAUAAGCUCCAUCUUGACCUCUGAUAGGCUAAACUACAUAGGUACGGUAGUUGAACUACAUACAGUGCUUUCAGAAAGUAUUCAUAUCCCUUUACUUGUUAUUUUCUCACCCAUCUAUACACAAUUCUCCAUAAUGACAAAGUGAAAACAUAUUUCUAGAAAUGUUUGCAAAUGUAUUGAUAAUGAAGUACAGAAAUAUCUCAUUUACUUAAGUAUUCACACCCCUGAGUCAAUAUAUGUUAGAAUCACCUUUGGCAGUGAUUACAGCUGUGAGUCUUUCUGGGUAUGUCUCUAAGAUCUUUGCACACCUGGAUUGUACAAUAUUUGCACAUUAUUCUUUAAACCAUCUUCAAGCUCAGUCAAAUUGGUUGUUGAUCAUUGCUAGACAGCCAUGUUCAAGUCUUGCCAUAGAUUUUCAAGCCGAUUUAAGUCAAAACUGUAACUGGGCCACUGAGGAACAUACAAUGUUGUCUUGGUAAGCAUCUCCAGUGUAGAUUUGGCCUUGUGUUUUAGGUUAUUGUCCUGCUGGAAGGUGAAUUUGUCUCCCAGUGUCUGGUGGAAAGCAGACUGUACCAGGUUUUCCUCUAGGAUUUUGCCUGUGCUUAGCUCUAUUCCGUUUCUUUUAAUCCCCAUAAAACUCCCUAGUCCUUGCCGUUGACAAGCAUACCCAUAACACCAUGCAGCCACCACCAUGCUUGAAAAUAUGAAGAGUGGUACUCAGUGAUGUGUUGUGUUGGAUUUGCCCCAAACAUAACGCUUUGUAUUCAGGACAUAAAGUUCAUUUGUUUGCCAAUUUGUUUUGCAGUAUUACUUAAGUGCCUUAUUGCAAACAUGAUGCAUGUUUUGGAGUAUUUGUAUUCUGUAGAGGCUUCCUUCUUUUCAAUUUGUAAUUUAGUUAGUAUUGUGGAGUAACUACAAUGUUGUUGAUCCAUCCUCAGUUUUCUCCUAUCACAGCCAUUAAACUCUGUAACUUUUUUAAGUCAUCAUUGGCCUCAUGGUGAAAUCCCUGAGCGGUUUGCUUCUCUCCAGCAACUGAGUUAGGAAGGACGCCAGUAUUUUGUAGUGACUUGGUGUAUUAAUACACCAUCCAAAGUGUAAUUAAUAACUUCAUCAUGCUCAAAGGGAUAUUCAAUAUCUGCUUUUUUUUGUUUUACCCAUCUACCAAUAGGUUCCCUUCUUUGCGAGGCAUUGGAAAACCUCCCUGGUCUUUGUGGUUGAAUCUGUGUUUGAAAUUCACCACUCGACUGAUAAUUGUAUGUGUGGGGUACAGAGAUGAGGUAGUCAUGCAAAAAUCUGGUUAAACACUAUUGCCACAGAGUGAGUCCAUGCAACUGAUUAAGUGACUUGUUAAGCACAUUUUUACUCCUGAACUUAUUUAGGCUUGCCAUAAGAAAGGUGUUGAAUAUUUAUUGACUCAAGACUUUUCAAUUAAUUUGUAUGUCACGAUCGUCUAAAACAGGCGACCAAUGCGCAGCGUUGUGAGUGAACAUGAUGACUUUAUUAAAUAAAGCACAACACGAGAAAACAAAACAAAUGACGAUACGUGAAGUCCUCUGACACCGACAGAAACAUAGAAACACUGGAACAAUAACCCACAAAACAAAGGAGAAAACACACAGAAUAUAUAUGGCUCCCAAUCAGAGAUAACGAGCCGACAGCUGACACUCGUUACCUCCGAUUGGGAGUCAUAUGACUAAACAAGCACAAAACCCAAACAUAGAAAUGAAACAACUAGAUCCCCAACAUAGAAAUACCCUCAAACAAACGAAAAUGAACAACCCUGGCUCAAAUAUCAAAGUCUAUGGAGCCAGAGUGUCACAGUGUAAACAUUUCUAAAAACAUAAUUCCACUUUGACAUUAUAGGGUAUUGUGUGUAGGCCAGUGACAGAAAAUCUAAAUUUAAUCAAUUUAAAAUUCAGGCUGUAACACAAAACAUUUUGGAAAAAGUCAAGGGGUGUGAAUACUUUCUGAAAGCACAGUAGUUGAACUGCAUAGGAGGCCAGAAAGGAUGAAGGGGUAGUGAUCAACGAGGGAAGGAAGACAUUAACCACUCACCCAUAAUAGCUUUUAGAAAACUGCCUUGCUUUGUGUUGCAUAUACAGUGGGGAAAAAAAGUAUUUAGUCAGCCACCAAUUGUGCAAGUUCUCCCACUUAAAAAGAUGAGAGAGGCCUGUAAUUUUCAUCAUAGGUACACGUCAACUAUGACAGACAAAAUGAGAAAAAGAAAUCCAGAAAAUCACAUUGUAGGAUUUUUAAUGAAUUUAUUUGCAAAUUAUGGUGGAAAAUAAGUAUUUGGUCAAUAACAAAAGUUUCUCAAUACUUAGUUAUAUACCAUUUGUUGGCAAUGACACAGGUCAAACGUUUUCUGUAAGUCUUCACAAGGUUUUCACACACUGUUGCUGGUAUUUUGGCCCAUUCCUCCAUGCAGAUCUCCUCUAGAGCAGUGAUGUUUUGGGGCUGUCGCUGGGCAACACAGACUUUCAACUCCCUCCAAAGAUUUUCUAUGGGGUUGAGAUCUGGAGAAUGGCUAGGCCACUCCAGGACCUUGAAAUGCUUCUUACGAAGCCACUCCUUCGUUGCCCGGGCGGUGUGUUUGGGAUCAUUGUCAUGCUGAAAGACCCAGCCACGUUUCGUCUUCAAUGCCCUUGCUGAUGGAAGGAGGUUUUCACUCAAAAUCUCACGAUACAUGGCCCCAUUCAUUCUUUCCUUUACACGGAUCAGUCGUCCUGGUCCCUUUGCAGAAAAACAGCCCCAAAGCAUGAUGUUUCCACCCCCAUGCUUCACAGUAGGUAUGGUGUCCUUUGGAUGCAACUCAGCAUUCUUUGUCCUCCAAACACGACGAGUUGAGUUUUUACCAAAAAGUUAUAUUUUGGUUUCAUCUGACCAUAUCACAUUCUCCCAAUCCUCUUCUGGAUCAUCCAAAUGCACUCUAGCAAACUUCAGACGGGCCUGGACAUGUACUGGCUUAAGCAGGGGGACACGUCUUGCACUGCAGGAUUUGAGUCCCUGGCGGCGUAGUGUGUUACUGAUGGUAGGCUUUGUUACUUUGGUCCCAGCUCUCUGCAGGUCAUUCACUAGGUCCCCCCGUGUGGUUCUGGUAUUUUUGCUCACCAUUCUUGUGAUCAUUUUGACCCCACGGGGUGAGAUCUUGCGUGGAGCCCCAGAUUGAGGGAGAUUAUCAGUGGUCUUGUAUGUCUUCCAUUUCCUAAUAAUUGCUCCCACAGUUGAUUUCUUCAAACCAAGCUGCUUACCUAUUGCAGAUUCAGUCUUCCCAGCCUGGUGCAGGUCUACAAUUGUGUUUCUGGUGUCCUUUGACAGCUCUUUCGUCUUGGCCAUAGUGGAGUUUGGUGUGUGACUGUUUGAGGUUGUGGACAGGUGUAUUUUAUACUGAUAACAAGUUCAAACACGUGCCAUUAAUACAGGUAACAAGUGGAGGACAGAGGAGCCUCUUAAAGAAGAAGUUACAGGUCUGUGAGAGCCAGAAAUCUUGCUUGUUUAUAGGUGACCAAAUACUUAUUUUCCACCAUAAUUUGCAAAUAAAUUCAUUAAAAAUCCUACAAUGUGAUUUUCAUGAAAAGAAAUUCUCAAUUUGUCUGUCAUAGUUGACGUGUACCUAUGAUGAAAAUUACAGGCCUCUCUCAUCUUUUUAAGUGGGAGAACAUGCACAAUUGGUGGCUGACUAAAUACUUUUUUUCCCCACUGUACAUAUGCAUCAGUCUAUCUACAGUAUAUCAUGAUGACUGAUGAUUGCAAUAUGGGGCGGCAGGUAGUCUAGUGGUUAAGAGCGCUGGGCCAGUAACCGAAAGGUUGCUGAUUCGAAUCCCCAAGCCAACUAGGUGAAACAUUUAAAUGUGCCCUUGAGCAAGACACUUAACCCUAAUUGCUCCUGUAAGUCCCUCUGGAUAAGAGCAUCUGCUAAAAGAUCAAAAAAUAAAUAUAAUACCAUGAUCUCUCUCUUGUUUUCAGUCGGUGACGAUCCUGGACCCUAGGGUGUGUGUGGGCUUCUCUGUGAACGGCUCAUCCUAUGUAGCGAUCACACACACCGCCCACCCUGACUCCCCUGCUGUCAACCUGAGCCUGUUCAGAGUGCAACAGGACCUCAAUCUAACCUUGGUGAAGCCUGUUACUUUUUGUACUUGACUCUUGUCUUUUCAUUUGUGGUCCUUAUGAUGUGUUUUCUGCCUGUAGAGAUGAUGUAAGAUCUACAUAGUAAUCAAUGACUUACUAUAAAUCAAUCACUCAUUGGCCUUCUGUUCCUAUGAUUAGUUCUCUAUGACAGUCACUCCAUGUCAUUGGCAAAUGUUGAGUAGUGUAUUCAUUCUAUUCAAUAUCAAACUUUUUCCCCAUAGGAACAAACACUGGCUGUUGAAGCUCUUAAUGUUAAACACUUCUCCAUUGAAAGAAGAGACUACUUGAUUGCCUCAAGCCAGGUGAGUUUGGGGGUUAAAAUGAACUUGCUAUAACCUGUGAGACAUACCUGUCCAGUACAGGUGCUCUAGGACAUGAUAUCCAUAAUAGAACAGGUUCAAUAGACCCAAGGGAGAGCCAGGUUAGCACAUCACCACAUUACGAUUGCCAUUCUAAUCAAAACGGCCAAUGGAUAGAGACCACACCACCUGGAGUUGAUCUCAACUAGCUAGUAGCUAACUCGUCUUGUUUCUACCAGGUGUUUGUUCGGACCGGAAGUGUCUUUGCUGUCCAUCAGAGCCUGGAGCUUCAGGGUGUCCUCAGCGUGUCUCCCUUCUCCCAUGGAACCAGCCUCUACCUGUCUGUCUGUGUGAGGAGAGAGACGGGGGACGGCUGUAUGCUCUUCCAGUGGAGUGAAGGGCGCUUCCAGAACCCUAGGCCUCUGCCUGUCGGCAGCAGAGCUCAACAAGUGGAGUCUCUCAACAAGGGAGCAGACACUCUCCUAUUGGUCGUCACUGAAGGUGACCUCACGUGACCUUCUCUAAGAACCACGUCCUCUGUAUUUGUGUUUGCAAUCUACAAUCUUCUAUGUUGACAUUUUGCUACGGUGCAUUUUGUUUGCCGUUCUCGAAGUGGCUAUCUGGUGCAGAGAGCUAACAAGUGGUCUUCAAGGGGCAGAGAGAAGUGGCUUAUGUGUGCGAGCAUGAAGUGGCUACGUGCUUCCAGAGAUGAAGUUCUGUAAGUGUGUGCAGAGUGAAAGUGCUUAUGUGUGCAGAUUUAGUGCUAAGGUGCAGAGAUGGUGAGUGCUUACUGUGUGCUAUGAAGUGGCUUAUGUGGUGCAGAGAUGUUAAGUGGCUUAUGUGGUGCAGAGAUGAUGAAGUGGCUUAAGUGGUGCAGAGAUGAUGAAGUGGCUUAUGUGGUGCAGAGAUGGUAAAGUGGCUUAUGUGGUGCAGAGAUAAGUGAUUUAGUGGCAGAUGUGAAGGUUGUGGUGCAGAGAUGAUGAAGUGACUUAUGUGGUGCAGAGAUGAUAAAGAGGCUUAAGUGGUGCAGAGAUGGUGAAGUGGCUUAUGUGGUGCAGAGAUGAUGAAGUGGCUUAUGUGGUGCAGAGAUGUUAAGUGGCUUAUGUGGUGCAGAGAUGAUGAAGUGGCUUAAGUGGUGCAGAGAUGAUGAAGUGGCUUAUGUGGUGCAGAGAUGGAAGUGGCUUAUGUGGUGCAGAGUAGUGAUUAUGGGCAAGAUGGAUGCUUAUGUGGUGCAGAGAUGAUGAAGUGGUUUAAAGUGGUGCAGAGAUGGUGAAGAGGCUUAUGUGGUGCAGAGAUGGUAAAGGCUUAUGUGGUGCAGAGAUGGUAAAGUGGCUUAUGUGGUGCAGAGAUGAUGAAGUGACUUAUGUGGUGCAGAGCUGAUGAAGUGGCUUAAGUGGUACAGAGAUGAUGAAGUGGCUUAAGUGGUGCAGAGAUGAAGUGUUUAUGUGGUGCAGAGAUGAAGUGACUUAUGUGGUGCAGAGAUGAGUGAAGUGUCUUAUGUGGUGCAGAGAUGGUAAAGUGGCUUAUGUGGUGCAGAGAUGUAAGUGGUUAUGUGGUACAGAGAUGGUGAAGUGGCUUAUGUGGUAGCAGAGAUGAUGAAGUGACUUAUGUGGUGCAGAGAUAAUGAAGUGACUUAUGUGGUGCAGAGAUGAUGAAGUGGCUUAUGUGGUGCAGAGAUGAUGAACUGGCUUAUGUGGUGUGAUGUGUAUUAUUUAAUGAAUUAGGAGAUAGAACUGGGUUAAUCACGGACAUUGAGUUAGAAUUGUGUGUUACCGGGCUAGGAAUUUAAUUGGGACAUUUCACUGUGUGUGUGGGGGAGUAGAGAGGAAAUCUGCCCUAGGGUCAAAUUACUUGCUCUUACUUAAAUCCAUGGCUGUCUUAUCUGAUGAGAGACUGAAACUAGCUUGUGGCCUUUUGACUCUCUCUUCAAACACAGUGAAGGGAGCGGCACCAGGGUUGAAUAGAGUUUGGGCUAGACCUUUGUCUCCCUGGUAUCUUCUUGAUUGAUUACAGCAUGAGGGGGUGAGGUUUGUGUAAUUUAGGGCCUUGUCAUGUUUAAACUAAACAUGAGUGUGUGUGCAAGACAGGGGAGCGAGUGAUUGGUUGGAGUAAUAGUUCAGCCGUCUUCAGGGAGAAAGGAAGUGGGUGUGGAGCAAUAACAGAGCGGGAAAACUGAAGAGGACUAUAUAAGAUGGAGGGAGACCGUAAGGAUGUGUGCCACUCUGCAGACUGGUAUCGGCUUCGUUGAAAACUUUAAUAAAGUCAUUUCUUGAUGCAACAAAAACUCUGUAAGACCUUAUUUGUAAUAAAGUAUAGUGGUUAUUUUCCACAACAGGUGCAGAGAUGAUGAACUGGCUUAUGUGGUACAGAGAUGGUGAAGUGGCUUAUGUGGUGCAGAGAUGGUGUACUACAGAUAUGAUACUUACCAGGCAUAGUUAAUGUGUCCCCAAUCCACUGUUGACAGAACAUGGUUUGUGUGCACAGACGGGAGGGUGUAAGGUCACAAAAGUCCUUAUGUAUUUGGAGCAUGUAGUUAUGGACGUUUUGAUGAAACACCACGGACCACAAUCCACAUAAGUGAAGUAGGUAGCCUCUAUGAUGUGAGUCUACUGGAAGGCUCACUUUAGUAGGCCAUUGGGAAACCACAGGCAGGCUCAGGGGAUGUCAUUUAUAGUAGCUGGUUGUGUCUGCCUGGCCCAUAAGUAACAGAACCGCCUGUGGAAGAAAGAACAGACUGCUAACAUAAAGCUGUGUCCAUCUGUCCAUGUGUGUGUUUUUAUUCCCAGGUUCCUCUUCCUCCUGUGAGGUGUUUGUAUGGGGACCCCAGCAGCAGUUCCCCCAGCACAGCCAGUCUAUCCCCUACCCUGGCCUGGCCUCUGCCCAGCCCUUCACUCUACCCUCAGGGAUCAGUGAGUACACACACACACACACACACACACACACACACACACACACACACACACACACACACACACAGCUGGUCGUUGUUCUCCACACGGGUCAACUCUGUGCCCUAAUUAUCAUUCAAUCAAUAUAUCAGAGUUGCCACAAAUUAUGACAAUCAUGAUGAUGAUGAUGAUUAUUAAAAUGAUAAUUAUGAUGACGACGAUGACCAUGUUAAUUCAAAGACACCUAAGUACGUGAUGCUUAGCCAAAAUGUGAGUUAUUCUCACUCAGACAUCUCUUUAACAUUUUGACUCCUGGUUACCCCACUAAAGGCAUGACACUGUAUCACUCUCUGUAUCUCUCUCUAUAUAUCUCUCUCUAUAUAUAUCUCUCUCUAUAUAUACAUUUCUCUCUCUGUAUCUCUCUCUCUCUCAAUUCAAUUCAAUUCAAAUUAAGGGCUUUAUUGGCAUGGGAAACGUAUGUUAACAUUGCCUUAGAAAGUGAAGUAGAUAGUAAACAAAAGUGAAAUAAACAAUAAAUAUUAACAGUAAACAUUACACUCAGAACUUCCAAAAGAAUAAAGACAUUUCAAAUGUCAUAUUAUGUAUAUAUAUACAGUGUUGUAACAAUGUGCAAAUAGUUAAAGUACAAACUCUCUCUGUGUCUCUCUGUGUGUCUCAUAGCCCAUGUCCUGCUGGCAGGGAGGAACGGCUCAGCGCUGUACACGUGGAGGUCUGACAUCAGCCUGUUUGCCCUGGUGCUCAGGUCUCCUCCAGCCUCCAACUUCCUCUCUCUCCCUCUCCCCUACUUCAACACCACCAAGAGCUUCCUAGCAGCCACCGAGCCCUCAGGCACCACCAUGUAUGAGCUGACCUCUGUCUCCAACCAUUCUGACUUCAUACCCAGGUACGGAUGUGCCCCACUGUUCCCAUGGCAACCCUUUACAUUCAGACCAGAGGCAUUGGAGAUAUGUUUGAUCAAACUUUGAGGAAAUUGUCCUUUACGUCAUCACUUGAGUCUGUUGUUCUUUGUUCAUUCUUCAGUGGCUGUCUUCUCUGACCGUAAUGCAUUUCACUCUCAGCUAUGGCGAGUUGCGUUUUGCGCCCGGUGAUCGGGAGUUGGAGAUGGCGGUGAACGUCAUCGACGACGAUGUCCCAGAGGAGGAAGAACAGUUCCGGGUGGUCCUGAAGAAUCCCAAGGGAGGGGCUGAGAUUGGCUUUGGUGGUCAGGUGACCGUGCUUAUUCCAACCAAUGAUGACGCCCAUGGAGUCGUAGGCUUCACACAGGUACCCUCUGUUGUUUAACUCUGAUUUACAGUGAAUUUCUAAAUAGGUUUAUGUUGCUUGAAUUUAUAUAUCUAUACAUACAUAGUAUUUAUAGUGCUAACGCUCUAUGUUCAUAUUUUUAUACCGUGAUGUUCCAAUACAGUUGAAUGGGAAACAUCUUUAUGAUAUUACAGUACGCACUGACAUUGAUGCUGUCUCUCCAGGGAUCUCUAUCUGUGGAAGUGGAGGAGUUGGCGCAGGGCAACCCUAUCUCUCUGAGUAUUGAGAGGAGGAGAGGGACAUUCAGGAGACUGACCGUCCACUGGGGAGCCAACGGCAGUCUGGAAGACAUCUUUCCCACGUCAGGAGUGGUGAGUCUCUCUCUCUCUCUUUGUCUCUGUCUCUCUGUGUCUCUCUCUCUCUUGCUGUCUCUCUCUCUCUCUCUCUCUCUCUCUCUCUCUCUCUCUCUCUCUCUCUCUCUCUCUCUCUCUCUCUCUCUCGCUCUCUCUCUCUCUCUCUCGCUCUCUCUCUCUCUCUCUCGCUCUCUCUCUCUCUCUCUCUCUCUCAUGGCUAACUUCCAGAGCAUGUGUUAGAAAUAGAGAAAUAGAAGAGAUACAAAACAACUCACUGAUGUGCCAUUUCUAGUUUAGUUCAUUGGUUGCGAAUUAACUUCCUGGAUUGGCUGAGCUACAGAGGAACAGACAUCCACCCUGCUGUCCUCUACCGUGUUUCUCAGGUGACGUUUUCCCCGGGCCAGGUGGUGGCUACCAUCUCUCUGACCGUGAUAGCGGAUAUCAUCCCUGAGCUGAGGGAGAGGGUCACCAUCACCCUGCUGGAUGUCAUCACUGUGGGCCUAGACCAGCACUCCAGGGGGGCGUUGAUUGACCCCCAGAGAGCACAGGCCCUCCUCACCAUCCUGCCCAACGGCUCGCCCUACGGGGUGAUAGGCUGGCACCUGGACUCCCAGUACCUCCUCACACAGGAGCCUCAGAGUAAGAGGCCAGCUGUUUGUAUUGUUAUACAGUGAAAAAAAUAUUUUCUAAUGUGUAUAGUUAAAAAUAAACCAUAUUUGAACAAUGAACAUUUUUAAAGCUACUGAAGUGUUUGGUUACUUGUGUAAAAUAGGUUGUCAUGAGCGAUCACAACAUGAUUUGACAGGCACUAUGACGUUGAUGUGACUCAUUACUACAUAUUAUCCAAUCUGUUUCUGUCCUUGCACAGGCUAUGAGGUUAAGGUAAGUUGUCUAAUGCUCCUUGUCCAUGUUUAUCUCUGCUUUCACCCCAGAGAGUCCCACUAAUGUCACCCUGACCAUUAUGAGGGAGCAGGAGGCAUCUGGGGAGGUGGCAGUGCACUACCAGACAGGACCAGCCCUAUCCAAGCCCCCCUCCAACCAGGCCAGCGCCCCACAGGACUACACACCCCGGGAGGGCACCGUCAUCAUGAAGGAGAAUGCCACCCUUGCCCUCAUCACCAUCACCAUACUACCGGUACGAAUAGAAUAGAAUAGAAUAGAAAUGUAUAGAAUAUUACUUUUUCGACAAACCAUCACCAAGACUCAUCCUGGGAUGACUGGGGACAUGGCCCUAUAAUCCUCCUCUCCCUCUCCUCUUCCACCCCAGCAGUGUAAAUCUAGAUUGGUUCAGCAGACAGCAUGGCUUUCUGCCUCUUCUGCCUGCUUUCUGCCUGUUCUGGCUGCUUUCUGCCUGUUCUGGCUGCUUUCUCCCUGUUCUGGCUGCUUUCUGCCUGUUCUGGCUGCUUUCUGCCUGUUCUGGCUGCUUUCUGCCUGUUCUGGCUGCUUUCUCCCUGUUCUGGCUGCUUUCUGGCUGCUUUCUGCCUGUUCUGGCUGCUUUCUCCCAGUUCUGGCUGCUUUCUGGCUGCUUUCUGCCUGUUCUGGCUGUUCUGGCUGCUUUCUGCCUGUUCUGGCUGCUUUCUCCCUGUUCUGGCUGCUUUCUGGCUGCUUUCUGCCUGUUCUGGCUGCUUUCUCCCUGUUCUGGCUGUUCUGGCUGCUUUCUGCCUGUUCUGGCUGCUUUCUCCCUGUUCUGGCUGCUUUCUGCCUACAGCUAAGGCCUAUACUAGGUCUAAAACCAUCAGUGUUGGCCUGCCACUGAGGAAACCAAUGACUUAUCUCCCAUCAGAAUACAUCUGUUCCUAGUAAAUUGCAGUGCUGAGUGGCUAUUUUAAUGGUAACUAUUAUUGUGUUUUGUUAAGAGUGAGAGGAAGUUUUGAAAACAUGGCCUUGGUUUCUAUGUGCUCUGAAACUGCCAGCAUUCAUGGGUUGGGCAUUAGAAAUUGUUUUCCUUUCUCCUGAUUUAGCAGGCAACCAUAUCCCACAGUGUUGGUCAGGUCCUCCAUAGCUGAGGGCUGUGUGUGUGUGUGUGUGUGUGUGUGUGUGUGUGUGUGUGUGUAUAUAUAUAUAUCAACCAGGAUGAGGCUCCGGAGCUGGCUGAGAGUUUCCUGGUGAACAUCACAGGCGUGGAGCUGGUGGGGGGGUUGACUGGGGCGGCCCAACCCAGUGUGAAGAGGCCUGGCAUGGAGGUGGCAGAGGUCACUAUCCAGGAGAACGAUGACCCACGGGGGAUCCUGCAGUUCAACAUCUCCCAGGUAAUACUUUACACUACUACCUCUGCCCAUAUGCUACACAAUUGUCCUUCAAUAUAACACUCCAUUCCUUUAUUCUCCUUGAAUAUAACACUCCAUUCCUUUCUAAAGUAUAUCACAACACCUUACAACAGUAACUACAUGAUGCUCUAAGGUUUAGAGAUUAACAUACCUAUUAACAUACCUAUUUGAAAGCUAUGCCACAAAUAGGUAUGUUAAUGCUUCAACUCUGUUUCUGUGUCUAAUUCUUAGGAAGAGCCCGGAGAGGUGCUGGCCUAUGAGGUGGCUCCGCCCGGAAACGUCCUCCGUCUAGCAGUGGUGCGAUUGGCUGGCAGGACUGGGAGAGUGGUGGUGUACUGGGAGGCUCGGCCAAUCACUGCCAGUCUCGAUGACUUCACUCCCGCUUCUGGGAAUAUCACCUUUCAAGAUGGCCAGGUAAUUUCAUUACAACUAGGGUUAGAGAGUUUCUCCGGUUAGGUCACAUAGUUACAGUGCUGCUUGAAAGUAUGUGAACCCUACAGGGCUGGUCAUUAUUUUGCUAUAAAAUAAACAUAUAAAAUCCUUAUCUAAACCCCAAUUCGUAAUAAAGACAUUCCAAGUAAAUGACAGAAACAAAAAAAUAUGAUAUUUUCAUUGUUUAUUUAACAAAAGUGGUUUAUUCAACAGAAACUCAGAUUUGAUGUGUGCAAAAAUAUGUGAACCCCUUCAGUAAAUAGCUUGUGGCACCUCCAUUAGCAGCGAUAACUUGGACUAAACGACUCCUAUAGCCAGUAAUCAGUCUCUGACAUCUGUUUUGAGGGAUUUUUGCCCACUCCUCCUUACAGAACUCAGCCAAUUGAGUGAGGUUUGAGAGGUGUCUGGCAUUAACUGCCCGCUUCAGGUCCUGCCACAGCAUCUCCAUUGGAUUUAGGUCAGGACUUUGACUUGGCCAAUCCAAAACACAAAUCUUCUUUCUCCUGAGCCAUUCUUUGUUAGAUUUGCUUGAAUGCUUUGGGUCGUUGUCUUGUUGGAAGACCCAUUUUCGGCCCAGCUUUAGCUCCUUAACUGAUGGCCUUACGUUCUGUUCAAGAAUCUCCUGGUAUAUCUCAGAAUUCAUGUUUCCCUUAAUCAUGUGGAGUCGUCCAGGUCCAGAGGAGGAAAAGCAGCCCCAGAUCUUGACAUUCCCAUCACCAUGCUUGACCGUUGGGAUAAGGUUAUUUUGGUGGUAGGCAGUGUUGGGUUUUCGCCAAACAUUGCAGUGUUGAUUGUGACCAAAAAGGUCAAUUUUGACUCAUCGGUCCAGAGAAUGGACUUCCAGAAACCUUCAGGUUUGUCCAGGUGGUCUCUGGCAAAGUUAAGACGGCAGUUUGGUUCUUUUUUGACAGCAGAGGCUUCCUCCUAGCAACCCUCCCAUGAAUGGCAUUUCGAUUCAGUGUUCUUCUAAUUGUUGAAGUAUGCACAGUUACCUGAGAUGCAGCAAGGGAGGUCUACAAAUCUCUAGAUGUUAUGUUUGGGUUGGCUUUUAACUGAUUUAUUGUUGUUCUUGGGGAUAUUUUGGAAGGGCGUCCACUUCUAGGCCGAGUUGCUGUCAUGUUAAAUGCUCUCCAUUUGUAAAUUAUUUGCCUCACAGUGGACUGAUGGAGCUCAAAUCUUUUUGAGAUGAUUUUAUAGCCUUCCCCAGACUGAUGUGCUCUCACUACCCUCGUCCUGAUGUCCUCUGAGAUCUCCUUUCCUCUAGGCAUGGUGUGCUUUGCAUUCACCUGGAUGGGUAACACCAAACUGACCAGGUUUCUUAUCUCUAUUUAUCAGAGUCCCACCCAAACUCUUUCCUAAUGAUCUCUCCUUUGAUUGGUUCAUUUGGUAGCUAAGUAUUUACCCACCUGAUUCUACUUACCUACUUGAUUUAACCAAUGCAAUUUUGGGGUGCACUUAUUUUUGCACCUGCACUAAUUCCUUUUUUAUUUAGUUUUUCUACUACACACAUGAUUUCCUCUACACCAACAUAUGGUAUUGGUAAAUAUAAACCUGUUAUGUCAGAUCAAAAAGACUGGUUCUGAUUAAAUGAAGAUUUAAAAGGGAAGGGGUUCACAUACUUUCAAGCAGCACUGUAAGUUAGGUCACCUAACUCCGAUCCACUAAGUCUAGUUGAGCUACUAUGAAGGAUAAGAUGUAUACCUCAGGUAACAUAAACUUUGGUUCUGUUUGCAGGGACAGGCCGUCAUCGACAUCAGCAUCGUGGAUGACACGGAGGUGGAGUCUGUGGAGCGCUUCAGUGUGACUCUAAUGCGUGUGAUUGGUGGAGCCAGGCUGGGGGUGGAGACCUCUUUGACCGUCACCAUCCCACCCAAUGAUUCACCGCUGGGCAGCUUCGGCUUCCAGGAGAAGACUGUGAGUCACAGCUCAUUGUCACCCAACAAAUUGCCCUACAGAGGAUGGAUGCAGUUGUAUUAUCCAAUCCAAUCCAACUUUAUUGUAAACCAUUAUUAUGUUAAAUAAAAUCUCUUUCUAGUUCACUAUCAGCGAGCCAGAGUUCACUAGUGACCCGGCUGCCAUGGCAAUGCUGACGGUGGUGCGAAGUGCGGGAGGCGAGGGGGCGGUGACACUGAUGUGGCGCCUGGAGGACACGGCCCGGGACGACCUUUCACCUCUCAACGGAACACUGGUCUUCAAUGAGGUCAGUAUGGGGCGUGGCUAGGGAAGAUGAUGGGCAGGUCAGUUGACAGUGUUUUACACUAUAUAUGAACUAACUAGGUAACUACUUGGUAGUAAUUGAUACCAAAUGUAAUAAUAGUUGGUGCUAAAUUAACAGUUUAUCUUAUAAAUUGAAACUACAGUUUGUAGAGAAGACACUGAUGUGAGACUUUGUGAACCUCAGACAGAGUCUAGGAGAACGCUGGUGAUCCGGGCGCUGGCUGACGCUGUGUUGGAGGGAGACGAGAGCUUCACUGUCCAGCUCCUGGCUGCCAAGAGUGGUGCUGUCAUCGACCCCAUUAACGGUCAGUGUCUUUGGCUGCCUCAAGGUGUUUAAACAUACAAACAGUCGCUGGUCUAUGGAGAGGGGAGGGAAAAAGUUGCCCCUAGAAGCUGAUCUGAGGUCAGUUUCUGCGUUUUCAAUUCUAAUGGUUACGGUUAAGGUUUGAGGGAGAGUAAGCUGAUCCUAGAUCUACGCCUAGAAGCAACUUGUGUAUAAGGAGCACCGGAGGAGGGCAUUAGACUGAACUGUGUCCCCUGGGUUGGUAUGUGUCUUUAGGGGUAGCCACUGUGACCAUCCUGGGUGACCGUGCAGCCCUGGGAAUAGUGGGCAUCGCUGAGGCCUCCAGGAACGUCCUCAUCGGAGAACCUCAGGGAGACUAUAAUGGGACUGCUCUGGUCAGGUACAUUUACACACAGUUACACACACAUAUCACUGGCUAAUGGGGGAAAGCCUCACAUGUUCAUGGGACAGAAUAUUUUUGUUGUGCCAUUGAGAAAGACAGUCUUGUUUUGGUUAGUAAGCGGUCAACCAAAUGCAUGUUGUAAUGAUACAAUUAUGUGUGUGUGUGUCUGUGUGUACUGCACAUGUUUGCGUGUGUGUGUGUGUGUGUGUUUGUACUGCAUGUUUGUGUGUGUGUGUGUGUGUACUGCAUGUUUGCUUGUGUGUGUCUAUGUGUGUGUGUGUGUAUUGCAUGUUUGCGUGUGUGUGUAUGUGUACUGCAUGUUUGCGUGUGUGUACUGCAUGUUUGUGUGUGUGUGUGUGUGUGUACUGCAUGUUUGCUUGUGUGUGUCUAUGUGUGUGUGUGUGUGUGUGUGUGUCUAUGUGUGUGUUACAGCCUUGUACGAGGCCCUGGCAUCUUUGGAGAGAUCCAGGUGUACUGGAACAUCACUCCUGCUGUGGCCUCUGAGUUUGAGGAGCUGUCUGGCGUGGUGACCAUGCGAGACAGACAGUCUGCCACCACCAUCCGCCUCAAAGUAUGACAAUCUCUCUGACUAUGGAAUGAUAUUCAUCACUAUGGUCUUGUCUUGUUUUAUCGUACUUCAUCUUAUUAUUAAGUGAAAAUAAAUGCAAAAUGAAUAUUUACCAAUACAUUUAUAAAACUGUGUCCCAAUAUCAAUAAUUGACUACUACUUAGAGUGAAGUGAUGUAACCUAUUGUAUUGACCAUGCAUUUUUUUACAGUAUCCUAGUGUGGAUAUUGGGUCACAGGCUGAAGGGAGUGGUGUUUGUUGUUGUAAUUUCAGGCGCUGGAUGAUGACACGGCAGAGGAGCGGCGUGUGUACCAGCUGACCCUGACCUCAGUCACGCCCGGGGCGGGGAUCAGCCCCUCGGCCCAGCGGGCCACGAUCACCAUGGCAGCCAGUGAUCUGCCCCAUGGCCUGUUCUCCUUCCUCCAAGGCCUCGUCAGGGCCUCUGAGGAGGAGGGCAAGGUGAGAGAGCCUGGGCACUCUGGGGCCAUGAUCUAAAACAACCACAGUGUUGGAACUCACUAGAGGAUGUCUAACUGGCUAUAUUUGCCCUAUCAGAGCCUGGGAAUAGUCUGACCUGUCCUAUCCAAUGGAGGGAGGGAUUGAGGAAAGGACAGAGGGAGAGAAGGUGGGCUAAGGGAGCAAUAGAAUGGUUGAAAGUCAGAAGUGGAAUUUAAGUCAUUGGGCUGGUAUUUAGCUGUGUUUUAGUCAAGAGUCAUCAUAUACAGCCAUGACAAAUGGCCAUUAAGUUGAUGAUAUGACUGCCUGUUUUCCCCCCUCCCCCUUCUCUUUCCCCCAGGUCAAUGUGACAGUGGUGCGCUCCAUGGGCAGGUUUGGGAGUGUGUGGGUGACCUACCAGACAGCAGGCAGUGUAGCGGUCAGUGGAGUGGACUUCACCGGGGCCUCGGGUAGGUUACUGUUCGGCCCAGGCCAGACCACCCGUGGGGUCACGCUGAGUAUCCAUGACGACGACCUCCCAGAGGGGCCUGAGGAGUUCUACCUCAACAUCACCACAGUGGAGCUCUUCAAUGACAGGUAGGUGGACCCUAGACACUGAUCUAGAGUCAGUUCUGUGCUUUCUGUCCCCCAGUUAAGGUUAGGGGCGUUGGGGAGGGAAAGCUGAUCCUAGAUCUGUUGCUAAGGGCAACUUCUACCCUGAGCUGCUGGUGUGGGGGUUAGGUGUGGGAGGAGAAUCUCAAACCUGGUUAGUGAUCUAAUGACCUCUGUCGCUCUCCUGUGGUCAGUAAUAUGGAUUUCACUGUAAGCAAGGUGGAAGGUGUGGGUGUCUGGGGUUGGAGUGGUGUGAGCGGUGGUGUAGUGGAGGAUAAACACAGGUUAAUGAUGUUUACCCACCUUUUUUAUUUAGUUUGAACGUUCACCCAUCUUUUGCGGAAAAAUUUAUUGAAAGUAUAGGCAGCGUUACUUUAUUCACAACAAACGGUGAUCAGCGUUUAUCCACCUCCCCCCCCCCCCCCGCUACAUCACUGGGUGUGAGAUGGGGUGGUGUUGUCUCUGACCUCUGUCGCUCUCCUGUGGUCAGUAAUGUGGACUUCAGUGUGAGGGAGCACGGCCUGCAACGAGACCAGCCUCCAGCCAUCGGCAACGUUUCCGCCGUCAUGAUCGUCAUCCAGAAGAGUGACAAUGCAGAGGGCAUUCUGGAGUUCCUCCCUGACUAUGUCAACAUCACAGGUCAGCUUCUAACACACACACACACACACACACACACGUUGACACUAUUCAACAUAGCUAUUAGUAUCAGGCGUCACUUUAGGAAGUGUUAUUUCAUCCUGUUAAUAUGUCCUGGACAUUAUAAAAAUAGAGGGAUUCUGAGAGUGGUGAUUGGAUGAAUGCAAUGUGUAAAGAAUAUUACAAUACAGGUUUAAAGUGUACAUAUUGUCCCUGUCCAUAAUUGCACCCUAUUCCCUAUAUAGUGCACUACUUUUGACCAGAGCCCCAUAGCUGUAGCCCCAGUGUAUUUGAUCCUCUUCUCUCCUCUCUUGUCUCUCUCCAGUGGAGGAGGAUGUGGGCAGUGUGUCCAUCCCAGUGGUGAGGAGGGUGGGUUACUACGGCCUGGUCACAGCAGAGUACAUCUCCAGGGGCCUGACUGCCAGGGCCGGCCUGGACUACAGCCUGAACAACGGCUCGCUCACCUUCCUCCACGGCCAAAACACCAGUCACAUCAACGUGUCCAUUAUAGACGACCAGGACAGGUGAGUCUGUCUCUGUCUGUCUGUCUCUCUCUCUCUCUCUCUCUCUCUCUCUCUCUCUCUCUCUCUCUCUCUCUCUCUCUCUCUCUCUCUCUCUCUCUCUCUCUCUCUCUCUCUCUCUCUCUCUCUCUCUCUCUCUCUCUCUCUCUCUCUCUCUGUCUGUCUUUCUGUUUCUCUCUCUCUCUCUCUCUCUGUCUGUCUGUCUGAUCAUCCAGGCCUGCUGCACCGCAGAUCACCUUUAAACUGUUUCCUGUCCCAGCCACAAAACAAUGUUUAUUCUUUGAUCAUGGUAUUGCUGCACAUAUAAAUUGUUUGAUCAUUCUAUUUCUAUGAGAUUGGUAUAUCUGUUGUGAAAGAAGUCUACAACAUUCUAUUAGAAAAUGGAUGUGAACAUGAGACCUGUAAUAACGCUGUCAUAACUGUUCUCCCAGAGAGUACGCAGAGACGUUUGAGAUCCAGCUGUCGGGCGCCACGGGCGGAGCCAUACUGGGUACUCAUCUGAUUUCCAGGGUUACCAUCGCCAAGAGCGACUCUCCCAAUGGCGUGGUCCGUUUCCUGAACGUGAGCGUGAUCACCCUGGUGAACCCCAACAGCACCCUGAAGUUCAGCCUGUUCCUGGAGAGGGUGGGGGGGUUCGUAGGCAACGCGACGGUAAGCCUACUGGGGCACUCCCCUCCAUAUGCGUCUCUCUCUCUCUCCCCUCUUGUUAGGCCUAUAGACUCAGCCACCUUCAGGAUGGUUUCACAGACUAAAAAGAAUGCUCAAUAGAGAAUCUCCAGUGAAAGUGUGUAGUGUCUAACCGCCAUGUUCUGUCUCUCUGACCCCGUAGUACAAGAGCUUGUUCACUGUCGUCAUUUCUCUGCCAGAUGUCCACCACUCAUGCUAAACUUAAUGACACUGCAAUGCCUAUUAGCCUAUGUAAUGGAUAAUGUCUUGAUCAUGUGUUUUUCAUAAGGGAACGAUUUGUCUGAAACUAUUUGGCAGUAGUGUUAAUCAAUUAUUUUUGUCUUUACAAGCAUGAGGGUGAUGCAUACCAGCCAAUCGGAAUCAUUUAUCUCCUUUCCCCAGAUAACAUGGAGCAUUCUGGGUCCCAACACCAAAGAGGUUUUACCACCCGUAAACACAGACAUUGGUGAACCCGUGAACGGAUCGUUCCAUUUCAGAGACGGGGAGGGGGGAUUGCGCACCAUCGAUCUGAGGAUUCUCCCCCAUGGGGAGGUGGAGGUGGCGGAGACCUUUGUGGUCAUGCUUCAACUCCUCUCAGGCGACAUGGACAUUGACCCCCAAGCUGGCUCUGUCACACUCAAGGUACGUAACCGUCCCAAUGAGUGACAUCUCAAUUUUAAUACGAACCCCAGUUGUAUUGAAACCAUUCUGGUAUCAUAUUGAAAUUACUUCACAGGUUUCUUAUGGAUAUUAAGAGUCUCUGAAUCGUGGUGAUGACAUGUCGUUUUCUCUUGGAUUGGUGUGUUUGUGUGUGCCUCAGAUUGAGAAGUUUGGAGACCCUAAUGGCAUAGUUCAGUUGAUGGAGGAGGACCUUAGAGAGCGUGUGUACAGUGAGCCCACAGACAGCGAGGGACCGCUCAACAUCUCCCUCCUCAUCACGCGCAGACAAGGUGUCAUGGGCAACGUUACGGUAAGACCACCUCGAGGGUGACGUCAUACUGUUACAGACAGAAUGAGGCUUUAUAGGCAAUGCUCAGGCUUUGAGUAUGUACCUUUUGCUCAGGUGUACUGGAAGACUGUAUGAACAGUGCAAGAAGUUUAUAAUACAUUCACACUGUCAUUACACUGUAGGUCUGAUAGCAUACCGCCAAUUCCCAGGUAUGUUAUAGAUGUGUGUGUGUGUGUGUGUGUGUGUGUGUGUGUGUGUGUGUGUGUGUGUGUGUCUUUCUCUCAGGUGCACUGGCAGAUCCUGAGUGACUCUGACACAGCGGGGGACUUCUCGGCCCUCAGCGGCUCUGUGGUCAUCCUGGAGGGUCAGAGGGGGGCAGAGGUGGUCCUCGCUCUUCUACCUGACACCGUGCCUGAGCUGGAGGAGCUCUACAUGCUCCAGCUGAGUGCCGUGGAGGGUGGCGCCACCCUGGACACCAACCGCAGUACCACCCGCUUCAGGGUGCGCGCUAACGACGAGCCGCACGGCGUGUUCGGCCUGGAGGCGGCGCAGCAGGCGGUGGUUGUGGUGGGGAGGGGGGCCGGGUUGGUCAGACUCCUGGCCCUGAAUGUGACGCGCAAGGCUGGGGCCUUCGGCAACGCCAGUGUGGGCUACCGGAUCAGUACUGGGCCUGGGCUGGAUGGACAGGAGCUGCUAAGGGAGGCGGCUGUGGGUAGAGUCCUGAUCAAGCAUGGAGAGGAUUCAGCCUCUGUCUCUGUGCCAAUCAGUAGUCAGGUAAGAGAGGAUUCAGCCUCUGUCUCUGUGCCAAUCAGUAGUCAGGUAAGAGAGGAUUCAGCCUCUGUCUCUGUGCCAAUCAGUAGUCAGGUAAGAGAGGAUUCAGCCUCUGUCUCUGUGCCAAUCAGUAGUCAGGUAAGAGAGGAUUCAGCCUCUGUCUCUGUGCCAAUCAGUAGUCAGGUAAGAGAGGAUUCAGUCUCUGUCUCUGUGCCAAUCAGUAGUCAGGUAAGAGAGGAUUCAGCCUCUGUCUCUGUGCCAAUCAGUAGUCAGGUAAGAGAGGAUUCAGCCUCUGUCUCUGUGCCAAUCAGUAGUCAGGUAAGAGAGGAUUCAGCCUCUGUCUCUGUGCCAAUCAGUAGUCAGGUAAGAGAGGAUUCAGCCUCUGUCUCUGUGCCAAUCAGUAGUCAGGUAAGAGAGGAUUCAGCCUCUGACUCUGUGCCAAUCAGUAGUCAGGUAAGAGAGGAUUCAGCCUCUGUCUCUGUGCCAAUCAGUAGUCAGGUAAGAGAGGAUUCAGCCUCUGUCUCUGUGCCAAUCAGUAGUCAGGUAAGAGAGGAUUCAGCCUCUGUCUAUGUGCCAAUCAGUAGUCAGGUAAGAGAGGAUUCAGCCUCUGUCUCUGUGCCAAUCAGUAGUCAGGUAAGAGAGGAUUCAGCCUCUGUCUCUGUGCCAAUCAGUAGUCAGGUAAGAGAGGAUUCAGCCUCUGUCUCUGUGCCAAUCAGUAGUCAGGUAAGAGGGGAUUCAGCCUCUGUCUCUGUGCCAAUCAGUAGUCAGGUAAGAGGGGAUUCAGUCUCUGUCUCUGUGCCAAUCAGUAGUCAGGUAAGAGAGGACUGCCAAUGUUUUUAUAUGAUUUAGAAGCAUCAACUGGGGAUUAUGCACUUGUGCUAUGAAUGUAUUCAUACAUUUUCUGGCAAUUUAUGAAGAUAACAUUGAAUCUAUAUAGUUUUUCAUAGCUUACAUUUUAUCACACCAAACUUGUCUCUAGUACGUAACCCUUUUGGCUACAGUGCCCUGUCACUGACCCUGCCUCUGUAGUCCUGCUUACCAGGCUGAAUGUCUCUCUCUCGCUGUCUUCUAGGUGUUUCUCUCAGUGGGUGUGAACUUCACUUUUGAGCUAACAGACGUGAGCCUCCUGGGACCUCUCCUCAGCUCCCCACCUCGCCUCCUACUGGAGACCAGGGUCGCCAUAGUGACCGUCCCAGAGGAAGCAGCCAGCGCUGAGGUAUCAGUCAGUAACUUUAUGGAGUAAGGUGAAGUUGCACCUAGACAAUGAUCUUGGGUCAGUUUUGCAUUUUACCCACUAAUGGUUAUGGUUAGAAUUGGGUUAGGGGAAGCUAAUCCCAGAUCUGUACCUAUAGGGGAAACUUGACUCCGGAGCUAACUUUAUUGUCCCAAUGGGGAAGGUGUAUGUACUGCAUGUGUGGCUCCUCUGUUAGCCACUAGGAGGCGUAGUUACACCCAUGUUGAGACCCAGCUCCAUCUCCACUCCAACAUUACAUUGACCCAAGAUGAGGAGGAUGCUCUGUAUCUAACUGAGUUACUGGUCUGUGGUUGGUAGCACCUCCCUGUGAACACACAACCUCUUUCAGUCAUGACCUUUGAAAGGCUCAUGUAACAUGCACUUAUUCUAAGUCAACUGACCAGCUUGGUGCUGACCACGAAAUAGACUUAGCCUUUUGACCUAGCUAGCUACAACAUUUACAUUUUAGUCAUUUAGCAGACGCUCUUAUCCAGAGCGACUUACAGUUAGUGAGUGCAUACAUGUUUUAUUUUUAUUUUUUUCAUACUGGCCCCCUGUGGGAAACGAACCCACAACCCUGGCGUUGCAAGCGCCAUGCUCUACCAACUGAGCUACAACUAAUCUCUCUUCUGCUAACAGACAGUAUUAUAAAAGCAUUACAGCGAUACACAGGGCUGCGGACACUCAUAAUGGCAACUUUGUUUCCAAGUUUCAUUACCUCAUUCUAAAGAGGCACCGUUACCGGGGAAAUGGUCUCGAACACUCAUCUUGUCCUUUUGAUCCGAAUGCCCCGUCUUUAGUCAGCUGUUCUUCAACACAACAUUCUAAAACCUGUGUAGUUUUGCCUCGUCUCUCAGGUUGUUAGAUCUGUACUGGGCUUUAAUGGAACACUUCUUAAUGGAACACUUCUGAACUAUCACACUCAGGUUGUUAGAUCUGUACUGGUCUUUAAUGGAAUACUUCUGAACUAUCACACUCAGGUUGUUAGAUCUGUACUGGUCUUUAAUGGAAUACUUCUGAACUAUCACACUCAGGUUGUUAGAUCUGUACUGGUCUUUAAUGGAACGCUUCUGAACUAUCACACUCAGGUUGUUAGAUCUGUACUGGUCUUUAAUGGAAUACUUCUGAACUAUCACACUCAGGUUGUUAGAUCUGUACUGGUCUUUAAUGGAACACUUCUGAACUAUCACACUCAGGUUGUUAGAUCUGUACUGGUCUUUAAUGGAAUACUUCUGAACUAUCACACUCAGGUUGUUAGAUCUGUACUGGUCUUUAAUGGAAUACUUCUGAACUAUCACACUCAGGUUGUUAGAUCUGUACUGGUCUUUAAUGGAAUACUUCUGAACUAUCACACUCAGGUUGUUAGAUCUGUACUGGUCUUUAAUGGAACACUUCUGAACUAUCACACUCAGGUUGUUAGAUCUGUACUGGUCUUUAAUGGAAUACUUCUGAACUAUCACACUCAGGUUGUUAGAUCUGUACUGGUCUUUAAUGGAAUACUUCUGAACUAUCACACUCAGGUUGUUAGAUCUGUACUGGUCUUUAAUGGAAUACUUCUGAACUAUCACACUCAGGUUGUUAGAUCUGUACUGGUCUUUAAUGGAAUACUUCUGAACUAUCACACUCAGGUUGUUAGAUCUGUACUGGUCUUUAAUGGAAUACUUCUGAACUAUCACACUCAGGUUGUUAGAUCUGUACUGGUCUUUAAUGGAAUACUUCUGAACUAUCACACUCAGGUUGUUAGAUCUGUACUGGUCUUUAAUGGAAUACUUCUGAACUAUCACACUCAGGUUGUUAGAUCUGUACUGGUCUUUAAUGGAAUACUUCUGAACUAUCACACUCAGGUUGUUAGAGCUGUACUGGUCUUUAAUGGAAUACUUCUGAACUGGGGCGGCAGGUAGCUUAGUGGUUAAGAGUGUUGUGCCAGUAACCGAAAGGUCACUGGUUCUAAUCCCGAGCCGAUUAGGUGAAAAAUCUGUCGAUGUGCCCUUGAGCAAGGCACUUAACCCUAAUUGCUCCUGUAAGUCACUCUGUCGUAGCCGGCCGCGACCGGGAGACCCAUGGGGUGGUGCACAAUUGGCCCAGCGUCGUCCAGGGUAGGGGAGGGAAUGGCCGGCAGGGAUGUAGCUCAGUUGGUAGAGCAUGGCGUUUGCAACGCCAGGGUAGUGGGUUCGAUUCCCACGGGGGGCCAGUAUGAAAAAAUAAAAAAAUCAUGUAUGCUCUGGAUAAGAGCGUCUGCUAAAUGACUAAAAUGUAAAUGUAAACUAUCACACUCAGGUUGUUAGAUCUGUACUGGUCUUUAAUGGAAUACUUCUGAACUAUCACAUCAUUCCCUAUUCCUCCUCCUCUGUGUGGUGUGUAUGUAGGUGGGCUUUGUCUCGUUGGCGUUGCAGGUCUCCAGUGUGGAGACGGGUGUGUGUGAGGCGCUGGUGUCCAGGACGGGGUUGUUUGGGGACGUGAGGGUGGAGUGGAGUGCAGGGUACCCCCCCGGACAGGCUCCAUUAGGAUUCAGGCCUGGAGUCAUCACCCCCAGCUCAGGUAAGGACCUCAGAGGGAAACCGUGAGAAGAGGUUUAGUGAAGUGUGUAUCUAAAAUGUCCAGGUCUCUCCUUAUUUACUCUCUCUCUCAAACCACAGGAGGGCAACAAGCUGAGAAGGUCUCCUUUUCUCUAAGUAAACCCUCCAGACAAUCCACCUCUACCUCCUUCAGUCUCAUUUCAUUCUCUCUCUUUCCAAACACCACCACCAAAAAACCACCCUAGAAAAUGACCACGCUGAUAGGAGGAAUUGAUGUGAGCUGUGUUGUCUGAGGGUGUGGUCUGAGGGUGUUGUUUAAGGGUGCUGUCGGAGGGUGUGGUCUGAGGGUGUUGUUUGUGGGUGUGGUCUGAGGGUGUUUGUACUCCUCCUCAGGAUCGGUGACCCUGGCCCAUGGAGAGAGGAGCAAGGCUGUGUCCCUCCGGGCACUCUCUAAUGUGUCUGAGCCAGCGACCUACGCCCUCCACCUCACUGCAGCCGGCUCCAGCUCCCCUGCUCCUGGGGUAGCUAGACUCAGGUACAGUAGCCAGUCUCACCUGCCAGGCUUAUAGUGCUUCUAUAUACUGUAGACAUUCGACUGGGAACAAGACAGCCCUCUGACUGAAGAUGACAUUCUGUAUAUAACAGUACUGUUAGAGAAGUUGAACAGCCAUGGUGUGAUGCUGCUCUCUGUUUCCCUCUCCAGGUCAGGGUUCACAGUGGCAGAGGUUGAGCCCCUGGGGCUGUACCAGUUCGCCCCGGAUUCCCGUCAGCUGGUCAUCGAGGAGGACGUGCAGACCGUCACCCUCUACGUCCAGCGGCUCUAUGGUUUUCGUAGCAACCGCACCCGCAUGUCUUACCAGACGGUGUCGGGCAGCGCCCUGGCCGGACAGGACUUCACUGGCGUACGGGAUGGAGAGCUGUUCUUCGACUCGCCUCACCAGACCUCCACCUCGCUCCGUCUGUCCAUUCUGGACGAUGCACUCUUGGAGCCCGACGAAACCUUCUUUGUCAACCUGACAGACGUCCAGGUACUGAGCGGUGGUGGUGACCCCCACUCGGGUGACCCCCGGCCCCAUCUCAUCCCACAACACAGCGUGGCCACCGUUACCAUCCUGGCCAGCGAUGUCACCGGGGGGGUGCUGAGCAUCAGGCCGGGGCUGGUUGAGACAGCAGAGGACAGGGAGGAGGGGAGCCAGCAGGAGAGGAGGGUGCUCCUCAGGGUCCAUAGGUCUGACAGUCUGGCUGGGCCAGUGAGGGUCAAGGUGCAGGCUUAUGGAGGUGGGAGUGUUGGGGGUCCACCUCUUCCCUUUGCUCCGGAUCCCAACAGGACCUUGGCCCUGGAGUGGCAAGACUUCAAGCUGGAGUCCGCCCUGGUGUCACUGCAGGAGGGACAGAGCGAGGCCGAGGUCAGCCUCAUCAUCCUGGACGACUCUGAGCCUGAGGGACAGGAAGUGUUCUUCAUCUACCUCAGCGACCCGGAGGGAGGGGUGCAGAUCACAGAUGGGACCGACCAGCAGGGCUUCAGCUCCUUUGCCAAAAUCCUUAUCCUAGGUAAAUACUGAAACGCUCAUAUCUGCCUUGUGUUCUCCUGUCAUAUGCUCCUCAGUCUACCCAUUGAUCAGGCAAUUCAAGGUAAUGUCAUGCUCUAGUUUCUCUGUCUAGGUCAUUGUUUUCCAAGACAAUCCCUAAAUUCGGUCACUGGGCAUAGACAUCUGAUUACAGAUCCAGUGAUGUGAAAUCAAAGGCAAGGUUACAAGAGGAUUGGGAAGCUUGAUGCGCUGGUUUGUUGAAUGCUCUCAGUGUACAUACAGUGAAUAGCCUACAUAAGGAAAAAGUCAUAUCUGUCUCUCUCUCUCUCCCCCCUCUCUCUCUCUCUUUCUCUCCCCACUCCCUCCCUCCACUUUCUCUCAGGGAGUGAUUUCCAUAACGGGAUAGUGGGUUUCAGUGUGAGUUCUCUGCUGGGUCAGGUUCUGGACGAGGACUCAGAAGUGAACAGAACAGCUCUACUUUACUUGCAGAGACAACAAAACAGGUAGGUCUCUUACUACAUUUCCUCCAUAUCAACCCUGUUCCCAUAUGAAUGUCAGCAAACCAAAGAGUAGCAACAGUAACCGUCACAUUAGUAACAGCAACAUUAGUGAUAAUGAUACAAGCAUCGGAAAGCUGCAAUGAUCACCCCCAGCCAAUCGUGGUUCUGUGUGUGUGUUUGACGUGUGACCUUUCUGCUUCCCCCGCGCAGGGCUUUUGAGGACGUUGAGGUGAUGUGGCGGGCCACGUUCAGCAGGGCGGGGCCAACCCUGGUCAACAACGGAGUGAACCUGACACGGGAGCUGUGGCAGACCUCAGGCACGGUGCUUUGCAGGAGAGGACAGGUCCUCUGUGUCUUCAGCAUGGAGGUCCGACAGGACCAGGUGAGUCCCAGGUCAUACUAGAGGUCAGAGGUUAUAGGUCAGGGUGGUACCAGAACAGACCCAUGUCACAGUACUUUAAAACUGUCAUAAAAUCCUCUCUGUUUGGACCACUGACUUGAAGGAACAAGCAGGAUGUCCUAAUGUGUCUCUUUCCCUGGAUGUCCUAAUGCUGGGGCUCUCUCGCUGGAUGUCCUAAUGCUGGGGCUCUCUCCCUGGAUGUCCUAAUACUGUGGCUCUCUCCCUGGAUGUCCUCAUACUGCAGCUCUCCCUGGAUGUCCUAAUACUGUGGCUCUCCCUGGAUGUCCUAAUACUGUGGCUCUCUCCCUGGAUGUCCUCAUACUGCAGCUCUCCCUGGAUGUCCUAAUACUGUGGAUCUCUCCCUGGAUGUCCUAAUACUGUGGCUCUCUCCCUGGAUGUCCUCAUACUGCAGCUCUCCCUGGAUGUCCUAAUACUGUGGAUCUCUCCCUGGAUGUCCUAAUACUGUGGCUCUCUCCCUGGAUGUCCUCAUACUGCAGCUCUCCCUGGAUGUCCUAAUACUGUGGAUCUCUCCCUGGAUGUCCUAAUGCUGGGGCUCUCCCUGGAUGUCCUAAUACUGUGGAUCUCUCCCUGGAUGUUCUAAUACCGUGGCUCUCUCCCUGGAUGUCCUCAUACUGCAGCUCUCCCUGGAUGUCCUAAUACUGUGGCUCUCCCUGGAUGUCCUAAUGCUGGGGCUCUCUCCCUGGAUGUCCUAAUACUGUGGCUCUCUCCCUGGAUGUCCUAAUACUGCGGCUCACUCCCUGGAUGUCCUAAUACUGUGGCUCACUCCCUGGAUGUCCUAAUACUGCAGCUCUCUCCCUGGAUGUCCUAAUACUGUGGCUCUCUCCCUGGAUGUCCUAAUACUGCAGCUCUCCCUGGAUGUCCUAAUACUGUGGAUCUCUCCCUGGAUGUUCUAAUACCGUGGCUCUCUCCCUGGAUGUCCUAAUACUGCGCCUCUCUCCCUGGAUGUCCUAAUACUGUGGCUCACUCCCUGGAUGUCCUAAUGCUGUGGCUCUCUCCCUGGAUGUCCUAAUACUGUUGCUCUCUCCCUGGAUGUCCUAAUAACGUGGCUCUCUCCCUGGAUGUCCUCAUACUGUGGAUCUCUCCCUGGAUGUCCUAAUACUGUGGAUCUCUCCCUGGAUGUCCUAAUUCUGCAGCUCUCUCCCUGGAUGUCCUAAGACUGUGGCUUGCUCCCUAGAUGUCCUAAUACUGCAGCUCUCCCUGGAUGUCCUAAUACUGCAGCUCUCUCCCUGGAUGUCCUAAUACUGUGGCUCUCCCUGGAUGUCCUAAUACUGUGGCUCUCUCCCUGGAUGUCCUAAUGCUGGGGCUCUCUCCCUGGAUGUCCUAAUACUGCAGCUCUCUCCCUGGAUGUCCUAAUACUGCAGCUCUUCCUGGAUGUCCUAAUACUGCAGCUCUCUCCCUGGAUGUCCUAAUACUGUGGCUCUCCCUGGAUGUCCUAAUACUGUGGCUCUCUCCCUGGAUGUCCUCAUACUGUGGCUCUCUCCCUGGAUGUUCUAAUACUGUGGCUCUCUCCCUGGAUGUCCUAAUACUGUGGCUCUCCCUGGAUGUCCUAAUACUGUGGCUCUCUCCCUGGAUGUCCUCAUACUGUGGAUCUCUCCCUGGAUGUCCUAAUACUGCAGCUCUCCCUGGAUGUCCUAAUUCUGCAGCUCUCUCCCUGGAUGUCCUAAUACUGUGGCUCUCUCCCUGGAUGUCCUAAUACUGUGGCUCUCUCCCUGGAUGUCCUCAUACUGUGGCUCUCUCCCUGGAUGUUCUAAUACUGUGGCUCUCUCCCUGGAUGUCCUAAUACUGUGGCUCUCCCUGGAUGUCCUAAUACUGUGGCUCUCUCCCUGGAUGUCCUAAUACUGUGGCUCUCUCCCUGGAUGUCCUAAUUCUGCAGCUCUCUCCCUGGAUGUCCUAAUACUGUGGAUCUCUCCCUGGAUGUUCUAAUACUGUGGAUCUCUCCCUGGAUGUCCUAAUACUGUGGAUCUCUCCCUGGAUGUUCUCAUACUGUGGCUCUCUCCCUGGAUGUCCUAAUACUGCGGCUCUCUCCCUGGAUGUCCUAAUACUGUGGCUCUCUCCCUGGAUGUCCUAAUACUGUGGAUCUCUCCCUGGAUGUCCUAAUACUGCAGCUCUCUCCCUGGAUGUCCUAAUACUGUGGAUCUCUCCCUGGAUGUUCUCAUACUGCAGCUCUCCCUGGAUGUCCUAAUACUGUGUAUCUCUCCCUGGAUGUCCUAAUACCGUGGCUCUCUCCCUGGAUGUCCUAAUACCGUGGCUCUCUCCCUGGAUGUCCUAAUACUGUGGCUCUCUCCCUGGAUGUCCUAAUACUGCAGCUCUCUCCUGGAUGUCCUAAUACCGUGGCUCUCUCCCUGGAUGUCCUCAUACUGCAGCUCUCUCCCUUUUUUUAUGGCUGGGGAAGCCCAUAAUCCCAUUUUCAACAGUACUGUAAUCUUAUGGCUGGGGAAGUCCAUAAUCCCAUGUUCAACAGUACUGUAAUCUUAUGGCUGGGAAAGCCCAUAAUCCCAUGUUCAACAGUACUGUAAUUUUAUGGCUGGGGAUGCCCAUAAUCCCAUGUUCACCAGUACUGUAAUCUUUUGGCUGGGGAAGCCCAUAAUCCCAUGUUCAACAGUACUGUAAUCUUAUGGCUGGGGAAGCCCAUAAUCCCAUGUUCAACACUACUGUAAUCUUAUGGCUGGGGAUGCCCAUAAUCCCAUGUUCACCAGUACUGUAAUCUUUUGGCUGGGGAAGCCCAUAAUCCCAUGUUCAACAGUACUGUAAUCUUAUGGCUGGGGAAGCCCAUAAUCCCAUGUUCAACAGUACUGUAAUUUUAUGGCUGGGGAAGCCCAUAAUCCCAUGUUCAACAGUACUGUAAUUUUAUGGCUGGGGAAGCCCAUAAUCCCAUGUUCAACAGUACUGUAAUUUUAUGGCUGGGGAAGCCCAUAAUCCCAUGUUCAACAGUACUGUAAUCUUAUGGCUGGGGAAGCCCAUUAUCCCACUUUCAACAGUUCUGUAAUUUUAUGGCUGGGGAAGCCCAUUAUCCCACUUUCAACAGUUCUGUAAUCUUAUGGCUGGGUAAUCCCACGUUCAUGUCCCAUUUUUAUUUUAUUUUUUAUUCCUUUUCUCCUCUGUUAUGUAUUUCCAUCUAUAACCAGGUAGCCAUUCCUAAACUCCCUCUGUCUGCGUGUUGCCAUAGGAACCUGAGUACCAGGCCUGGUUCCUGGUUGAGAUCUACCAGGUGGGUGUUGGCGCUGCCAUCAACGAGAGUUCCCGCUUUGCUAACGUCACCCUGCUGGAGAGCGAUGACCCGCGGGGGCUAGUCUACUUUGCGGUGGGGUCCAGACUGCCUGUAGCCCACCUCAAGACCACCCACCUCAGUCUGCAGGUGUACAGGGAGGCCAGCACGGCCUCCACCAUCACCGUACUCUACCGCAUGCUGGUGAGAAACACACAUACACACACACACACACACACGCACAGAGAACACACACACACACACAUGCACAGUGAACACACACAUACACUGUACACACACUCGUUACAUACAGUGUUCAUGGAAUAGCCACACAAAUAUUUUUUUUAAAUAAUACUUUUCACAUUUCCAUACAUUCACAUAAAAUAAUACACAUUGUCCUCUCACUUUGUCUCCCUUUGUAACCACUCACAUUCUUCUGGUUGAAAAUUACAUUACAAUUACAAGUCCCAUCUUAUUCAGGUUGUUGUGUUGUCUAACUCACCAAAUCAGAUUUCCAUUCCUCUCCCUGACCUAAUUAUACUGACCUGAUUUUUUUUAACCUUCAAGGUCUAAUGGUGUGUUGGUCAUGGGACAUCUAAGUCAAACUCUAUUGCAAUGCCAGCAAGAGACAACAACACCCAAAAGGGAUUCUUUCUGGUCCCCAGCCCCAAGCUCCAACCCCAGCCCUAGCCACAGUCCCAGCCACAGUCCCAGCCUCAGCCUCAGCCUCAGUCCCAGCCUCAGCCUCAGUCCCAGCCCCAGCCCCAGCCUCAUUCUCAGUCCCAGCCUCAUUCUCAUUCUCAGUCCCAGCCUCAGCCUCAGUCCCAGCCUCAGCCUCAGUCCCAGCCUCAGCCUCAGUCCCAGCCCCAGCCCCAGCCUCAUUCUCAGUCCCAGCCUCAUUCUCAUUCUCAGUCCCAGCCCCAGCCUCAUUCUCAGUCCCAGCCUCAGCCUCAGUCCCAGCCUCAGCCUCAGCCUCAGUCCCAGCCCCAGCCUCAUUCUCAUUCUCAGUCCCAGCCCCAGCCCCAGUCUCAUUCUCAUUCUCAGUCCCAGCCUCAGCCUCAGUCCCAGCCUCAGCCUCAGCCUCAGUCCCAGCCCCAGCCUCAUUCUCAUUCUCAGUCCCAGCCUCAGCCUCAGUCCCAGCCUCAGCCCCAGCCUCAGUCCCAGCCUCAGUACCUUCCCCAGCCUCAGUCCCAGCCUCAGCCUCAGCCUCAGUCCCAGCCUCAGCCCUAGGCUCAGUCCCAGCCUCAGCCCUAGGCUCAGUUCCAGCCACCAGCCCCUCAGCACCACGCUCUCUCCCGCAGCUCCCCAAUCCUCAAUUGGUUUCUGUCGAUGCCAAUCUAUUGAGUUCAAAGAGGGUACUGUGUAGGGUGUCUACCCACUCUGCUCAGAGUGGGUGAAAACGUUAUUUUUUGAUGACAUUUAAUUUCCUUAUGUUAUAAAAUACAUUUUACCAAAACAAAUAUGAUUAUUAAUGUUCUGAAUGAAAAAAGUAGGAUUUCGUAACCUAAUACAUCCGAUAAUAAGCACCGAGCUCUGUUGACAUAGCGGUGCAGGAUUCUCGUAACAACUUUCGAGGAUUUUACAUUUCGUGGUGGUCGUCUUUAAAGUUGUUUCCGUGGGUCGCAAAAAGCAAAAUUAGCAUGACGAGCAGAAUUACAUGUAAAAGGCUUUGAAAAUUAAAAAAACUUGGUAUACGCUCAGUGCUCCGUUGACAUUUCACAGAGAUACUCUUGUUUUUUGUGAGAUAUCUUCUAAAAAUAACAGGAAUUUUGAAUUAAUAUGGAAAACAUAUACUAAAAUAUGGAAGUAAUACAUGUGAUGUCUCAAAAUCAAUAUCCAUCUUCCCUCUAUUGUUUUAUGUCCUGAGGAUUGGAGAAGAAAGAUGACAAGCUCAAUGAGAAAGUGAGCCUGCCAGGUAGCCAGUAGCCUUAAUUCUUGCCCAAAAUCCAACCUAGCUGACGCCAUUACAUUUUCCAGAUUUUUGGCCACUUUUUUCUCUGGCCUUAGUCAGCUUAAUUCUGGCCACCCUACAAGGCUAAGAACCCCAAUAACUUUUGAACGUAUUAUGAUAGAGACAUGAGGUUUGGACCAUUGGUUUUCUUAGAGGAUUAUCUACACAAUUAACAUAUUACUUUACCCAUUGGUCAGAGGAUGCUUUUUGAUUGGCCACCCUACACGGUUCUCCUGCCCCCGCUCUCUCUUCCUCCCUUUAUUUUGUUCCAUUUACCUCCCCUUUCUUUCUUUCCCCCUGGUCUCCUCCUCCCUCUCUCCCAGGGGUGGUGAUGAGCUCUUUGUGUUUGAGCCAGUGCUUAGCUCUCUGUCUGGGGGCUAAUAUUGACAUCCCAGCCUUUGAUAUUGCAGAUCAAAAGGGAGACUAUCUAGUACACUUAAUGGCACUCCAGUCUCCACAUCCUGUUAGAUAUGACCAGGUUACCUCCUUUCAUCUUUCACACAGCAAUGAUGUUCUGAGAAUACAUAUCAAUGGCUCAAAGGUUGCAGAGUCCCUCCACAUUCAUCUGUUCAUCAAUCCAUUCCUUUUCCCUUCUUCUCUUUCUCCAUGGCUCUCCAACCAAUCUCCUCUUCUCUUUCUCCAUGGCUCUACAACCAAUCUCCUCUUCUCUUUCUCCAUGGCUCUCCAAUCAAUCUCCUCUUCUCUUUCUCCAUGGCUCUCCAACUAAUCUCCUCUUCUCUUUCUCCAUGGCUCUCCAACCAAUCUCCUCUUCUCUUUCUCCAUGGCUCUCCAACCAAUCUCCUCUUCUCUUUCUCCAUGGCUCUCCAACCAAUCUCCUCUUCUCUUUCUCCAUGGCUCUCCAACCAAUCUCCUCUUAUCUUUUGACAUGCAGUUUCGCAGGUCCCCCCACUCCCAACACCCAGUUUUAUACAGAAUCUCAUGAUAUUCUACACAUUUUGCCAUGAGGCUGAGAUAAAAUGUUGCAGUUUUACAGCUAAUUUCCUGUUUCAAAAAAAGAAAAAUAGCCAUGUCUUAUAAUGUGUUCAUAUGCUAUUUGGGGAGGCGGGGAGGAGGGGGCAGUGGUAUUUGCAGGGGCCGCGGGGUUGGCUGGUACGCCAGUGGUAAUGACGCAACACCUAUCCCCAAUCCAUUCAUCCAUCCAUCUCUCUUUCUCUCUCUACGUCUUCUUUCCCGACUCCCUCCAUCUUUCCAUCCUACUGUGACCUCACACUCCUGUCUCAUUGUCAUCCAAUAGGAAGUCCCUCGGGCUGAGGCAGUAGGCCCCACCCUGGUCUGGCCUGCCGUGGCCGGGAUGGACUUUCUGAAAGAAGAGGGCCAGCUGACCUUUGACCUGGGCCAAAGGAGCACAGGGCUGGACAUCACCCUCACCCCAGACCAGGCCUCCUCCAACCCCCCGCCGAAGCGCUUCCACGUGGAGCUGUAUGGGGCCAGUGGAGGGGCCAGGGUGCACCCUGAGUACGGCCUGGCCAACGUGACCCUGGUGUCGGGCACGGAGGCCCAGGCGGUGUGGGCCCUGUUGGACCAGCUCCAGCAGCCUCUGGACACCACCAUACUGGACAGGGUGCUCCAUGCUCUGCUCAGCAAGGCCACGGCACAGCUCACACCAGAACAACUGACCGCCGUGCUGGACGCACUGGGGAAGGUGAGAGGGAAGGAGAGCGAGGGAGGGAGCAAGGGGCGAGAAGGAGAAACAAGUAUUUUUCCAACUUGUUUUGUUUGCUAUUAAAAGUGAUCUGUUUGUGUUUUUUUUUUUUGUAUGUGUGUUUUGUCAGUGUAACUUAGUUUGCUCUUGCCAAAGGCAGCUGUUCCCAGUACAAAAUGAUGACGGAUCUACAGAUGAGUUUUUAAAAGGUCUCUGUUGUCACUUAGUGUCUGACUAAAGCAGCGCAUCACGCUACCAACAAUGACAAGAAACUGCCAUGUGGGAAAUAGUAGCUGACUUGUUUCAUCUAGUUUCAUCUUGUUCUUGGCACCAUGUGUAGUUUUGAGGUGUUUGACUGAUUUCAUGUCAAUGCUACAGUUGAAGUCGGAAGUUUACAUACACUUAGGUUGGAGUCAUUAAAACUCGUUUUUCAACCAAUCCACAAAUGUAUUGUUAACAAACUAUAGUUUUGGCAAGUCGGUUAGGACAUCUACUUUGUGCAUGACACAAGUAAUUUUUCCAACAAUUGUUUACAGACAGAUUAUCACUUAUAAUUCACUGUAUCACAAUUCCAGUGGGUCAGAAGUUUACAUACACUAAGCUGACUGUGCCUUUAAACAGCUUGGAAAUUUCCAGAAAAUGAUGUCAUGGCUUUAGAAGGUUCUGAUAGGCUAAUUGACAUCAUUUGAGUCAAUUGGAGGUGUACCUGUGGAUGUAUUUCAAGGCCUACCUUCAAACUCAGUGCCUCUUUGCUUGACAUCAUGGGAAAAUCAAAAGAAAUCAGCCAAGACCUCAGAAAAAAAAUUGUAGACCUCCACAAGUAUGGUUCAUCCUUGAGAGCAAUUUCAAAAUGCCUGAAGGUACCACGUUCAUCUGUACAAACAAUAGUAUGCAAGUAUAAACACCAUGGGACCACGCAGCCGUCAUACCACUCAGGAAGGAGACGCGUUCUGUCUCCUAGAGAUGAACGUACUUUGGUGCGAAAAGUGCAAAUCAAUCCCAGAACAACAGCAAAGGACCUUGUGAAGAUGCUGGAGGAAACAGGUACAAAAGUAUCUAUAGCCACAGUAAAACAAGUCCUAUAUCGACAUAACCUGAAAGGCCGCUCAGCAAGGAAGAAGCCACUGCUCCAAAACCGCCAUAAAAAAGCCAGACUACGGUUUGCAACUGCAUGGGGCAGUCAUGACACUUAAGAGCUUCCACACACUCAAUGAGAGGCAGAUGCAGGCUAACCUAGCCUGUCUGUGUUUGCAUUGUACUGUGUGUAUGUUACAUAACCCACAGAGUACUGUGUUUGUGUGUGUGUGUGUGUGAGAGAGUUUGAUAGGGGGCUUUCAGAUUAUUGGCUACAUUUGUGUUAGUCAUAAACACCUCCAAUUCUGCACAUGCACAAACACAAACUGAGAUUCUCAAUCUGCUUGGCCAGGUGCUCACGGAGGCAGAGCGCACCCCUAUUGCGGACAGCAGCCGGGGUUUGACCUAUGACCUACUCUGUGCCAUGGCCAACCCAAGCCGAGUCGACACAGGGGGCCUGAGCCAACUGGCAGAGGUGGCCGAGCGCUUUGCCUUCUCCCUGCUCACACACACCCAGUGUGGAGCACAGGCUCAAAGGUGAGUCCUGCACCAUGAGGGAUUGUGGGUUAAAAAAAAGUCAAGGAGUAUUGCUGUCUAUUAUUUCUGCCACUGACUAUGUUAUUAUAGUAGAAUUCUUAUUUUAGGGGAAAAAUAUAGAAUGGAUCACCCUUUCCCACUGUUAAAAAGAAGACUGAGUAAAAUAAGUGUGAUUUGCUGGUAUUUUUAAAGGGGGAGGACCAUCCUGGACACUUGUGUCUACAUUUCCAUCUCUUCCUACCACUGGUACCCUACCCAGAUCAACGGGCACACAUUCACGGGCAAGAACUCCGACACCUUUCAGUUGCCAGAGAACCUCCUGGAGGUGCCAGCCUUACCUGCUGGCACCGUCUCCCCCUCAGCCUGCCACCGGGUGCAGCUCACAGAGUACAGCACGGAACAUUGGUUCCUCACCAAUGACAAAACCACCGCGCUCAACGGCAAGGCAAGCAGACCCACAUACACUCAAAGCCACACCAUGACAGCUAUUAGCACUUACCGACUGAUGGGUAACUAGACUGGAGAUGGGUGCGCUCUGCAAUUCUUCCCGGAGUCAUUGUUGUAAAACAUUUAGUAUUUUCUCAUUCAGUCCAUUUAUCUGGUAAAAUAAAGGUAAAUAAAUAUCAAGUUACAGGAGAAUACCUGUGGUAUUACAGGUGAAAAUGUUUGCCUAAAUGGAACUUUGUGCUUGGUGUAAACAGCAGGGAGCAGUGUCGUCCCACUGAAGCUCUGUGCCUGGUCUCUGCCACUCGGUCUUUACAGCUAUAAAGACCUAUAGAGGUUGCCCAUAGCAACUGUAGACACAGAUCUAGGAUCAGCUUACCCCUCCCCCAAUCCUUAGUUGAACAGUAAUAGGAAAAGCACCAAGCUGACUUUAGAUAUGUGUUUCGGGCCAGCUUCAACCGACUCUGUAUUGUAAUGGUAUUUCUCUUGCUGUGUAGGUGUUCUCUGCCAGCCUGCAGGGCCAAGGAUCACAACCCCUGACUGAGGGUAACGAGGUGGUGUACCGUAUCCACACCCCCGGGUUGAGAGUCAAACCUGGCCAGUCUCUGUGCCUUCUGUGGAGCCAGGCUGCUGAGAGGUACGACACUGUUUCCAUCUGAUACCCUCAAUUCCCUCUCCUAUACCCAGUCACUUUCCUUCGCAUAGUACUAUGUAGCUAUAGAACAACAAACAGAGCAUUCAUAAUCACACAUUCUACGUUUUUUAUGAAUUCCCCAAAACGUCUAUUUCUCUUAAUUUCUGUUGCUAUCCUGAACUUGAACCCCAUGUAAUAAUGUGGUGUGUGUGACUAAAAUGACUCUGUAGGACACAACCACUUAGGUGAGUUAAAGGGUCCUCCCCCUUCUUCUCAGCUCUGCUCUGUAGGUGUGAACCUCACACUUCAGGGUCAGCCUCUAGUAGAGAGGUCAGAGGUCAGGGGUCAGGCUUUGUCCAGCCAGGACCUCUUUCUCCAGCCAUGGAUGAAUUGGCCUCCCUCGAUCCCUAUCUGGGCUGUCCCAGACUCCUCUGUGAUGUCUGUGAGGGUUCAGUUUGUUGUGCUCAGAGUUCCCGAACAUUCCCGCCCCUCAGAAGUGUGUUUGAAAGGACAUUAUGGAGGAGGUCCGGAGUGGGACUCUUGGCUGAACAGUCUGUAACAGGACGCAGAUUUCUCCGGUUUGGUUUGGCCCGUGGAGCAGCGGUCUCAACAAUCUAUCUCCCAGAUAACCAAGCAGAUGACAGCGUUGAUAAAGUCAUCCCAAGGGGGAAGAGAGAGAGAGGCCUGUUCAACUUCCUCCUAGUCUCACUGCACUGAUGGCAUGUCUAUUAAAGUCUGUCAUAGACUUAGCAGUCAUGACUAGGACAAUCAGUCUUGUCUGUCAGUCACAAAGUAAAUGAACUCUUCAUUUUCAUAAGGAACAAAUAUGAAUUCUGUGCUCUUAUCUUAUCAUACAUGUCACCCUUUGAAAUGUUCUGAAUUCCCUAACGUAUCUGAGAGUUAACACAUCGGAGCAACCAAUCAAGCAGAGACACUACACAGCUGGAUGUUCCAAUCAGAACGUCAUAACUUCAUAUGAACUUCCUGCCUAAGGCUGACUACUUCCUGUAUUACCUCUCCUCUCCCUCUCCUCUAGCUGGCUGUCAGACGGGCAGUUCUGCAGGGUAGUGGAUGACAGUGGGAACUAUGUGGAGUGUGCGUGCUCCCACCUGUCUGUGUACACGGCCCAUGCCCAGAUGGCUUCCCUGGCCUCCUACAAUGAGGCCUUCUACGCCUCAGGCUUCCUCUGCAUCUCAGGUACAGUAUGGAUGAAGAGUCUCUUUAGGUAUUCAGUACACCUAGUUUAGGUCUUUCAGUCCUCGUUUCUACUACAUCCCUCUUUCUUUUUCUCUCUCUCUUUUUAUCUAUCUAUCUAUCUAUAUCUUCUGUAUAUGUAUAUCUCCCUCCAUUUCCUCUGUCUUUCUCAUUUCAUCUCUCCAUGUCUCCAUUCUGUCUGACUCAUUACUGUUGUUCCUUUUGGAUAUCGCUCUGCCUCUUCCUGUCCUACAAUCCCCUCCCACUCGGUUUUAGAUGGGUUAUCUUAUUGCAAGCAUUUUUGAUCAAGUAUAAAACAUGAUAUGGGUUUUUAUGGUUAAUAUGGAAUGACACAGCAUUUAUUUUGGUCUGAUCCUCAGCUUUCGCCUUGGCCAUCGUAUCCCACCUGCUGUGUUCUCGCUUCCCCAUGUUUGCUGCCAAAUUGCUCACGCACAUGAUGGUGGGCUGCCUCGGGACACAG